CAGCCAACGCAUCGCGAUCACGGGCGCGCGUGCGCACGGGCGCGCCAGGGAGGGGUGUGUGAGUGUGUGUGUAUGUGAGAGAGAGAGGCUGCCGGCGUUAGUGGCAGCUCCCUCAGACCGCUGGGAAGGGACCACCGGUUCGGCGGCGGCGGCGGCGGCCUGUGUGGGGGCGACCGCAAUCCCCCCCUCCCCGCCCGGCUUCUUCUCCACACAUCCACACACGCACCGCCUCCUCCUCCUCCUCCUCCUCGGUUGCCAGGCGAAGCGAGAGGGCGGGUCCGAAGGGGGAGGGACCGGCCCAUGGACCAGCCGGGCCUGGAGCCGAGCCCGGAGGAGCUGCCUCCGCCGCCGAGGAAGGCCUGUGGAAAUGCGGGCGUAGCGCGGAGGCGCAGCGGCCGUCGCCAGCGCCUCAGCCGGGCCCAGGGCGCCGGGUCUCUCGCCGGAGAGCGCUGAGGGAGGAAACAGCCGGAUGCUGCCGCCGCUGCCCAGAGCCUGAGGCGGCGCCUCUUUCCUUUCCUCCCUCUUCCUCGGUCGCCCUCCUCUCUCUCGUCUUUCCCUCCCUGCCUCGCUUCUCUCUCGCUCCCUCGGCCUCGCGGCCUCUCCCUCCUUCCCGCCUGGUGGGCUCGGCCAGCCGCCGCCGCCGCCACCAUGUCGGCCAAGGUGCGGCUGAAGAAGCUGGAGCAGCUGCUUCUGGACGGGCCGCGGCGCAACGAGAGCGUCCUGAGCGUCGAGGCGCUGCUGGACCUCCUGGUCGGCCUCUACACCGAGUGCAGCCGGGACUCGCCGCUCCGCAGGGACAGGCUCGUCUCCGACUUCCUCGAGUGGGGUGAGAGCCGGGGACGCGAGGGGAAGCGAGAGGUGGGGGUGGGGGUGCUGGCUUGGGGAGGGAUCGCCAGGGCUUGCUCUCGAGGAGCUACGGCGAGGCUCGGGCCCUGAAUCUGCUGCUGGGAGCGAAGAAAUACGAGGAAAUCACCGGUGGGGAGCGUAGGGGUUUUUUUGGGGUGGGGGGUGGGUGGCCCGCCGCACAUUUGCUUACGGGAGUUUUCGACGGAGGGCUAGGUAGCCCCAGACCCACGCAGAUGACUUUGUGCAGACCUGUCAGCUGAGGGCUGGGCCCAGGUCUGUUUGGAGAGGACGGGAUAGUUUCGGGGCGGGGGGAGGGUAAGGAAGACAGCAAACUUUUAAGGAAAGGCGAGUUUUGAUCAUACCGGGUUGGGAGUUGGAGAAUGCUUCCGGGUGCUCGGGGGUGGUUUUUCUUAGGGAGCGGAUUGGGAGAGGGAUCUGACAGCGAUGUGAAGGGACAAUGGGCAUGGUGCAACAACAGGGCCUGCAUGGUGGUUGCAUGAAGGAAGUGUUGGCCGGGAUUGAGCAGGGAGAGCUGCUGCUCUUGCAGGGCCUAGCCUAGCCCCAGACACAGGUAUUGGUGUGGAGGGCGGCAUCAUAGCCUGUUGAUGAUUGUUCCAUUAGGAGACUCUGGGAAUGGUGACAACAAUGAGGGUGAGGGAAUGAGUGUUUAGUGGCGCUUGGCAAGCAGAGGACACAUCAAAUUAUAAAGCACGGCGUACAUAAAGGAAGCGACAGCUGAGGUGGUAUCCAGAUUUGGAGUAUGUGUGGGGAUACUUCCAGAUUAUUAAGCAUAAAAUCUUACACAUGGAGAAAUGGGGCUAGGAGCAGCUAAGGGAUAAAUGGCACCUCUUGGGCUUGCAGUGGGAAAUGGGAUACAAUAUUAUUAAGGAGAUGAUGAGUAGCACAAACAUAGGUUAGAGCGAGCCUUGAAAUAAGUCAGUGAGCUGUCCGGCAAUGGGUUUUGUCAGCCUAUGAAUUUGCUGGUGUUGGGGUGAGGAAGUUGGGUGGGGUAGGAAGAGCAUUGACUCAUGAAUAGAAGUAGCAAGGAUAUUGAAGAAAGAUAAUGAUGCAUAUGCCAGAUCAGGAACAGGAACUUUGCUGGGGUGUGGAGGGCUGGAAUUGUAUAGCGGAAUUUUUCGAGAUAUGGAACAAUAAUGCGUGAUCCAGGUAGAAGCAAGGACUGGCCAAGAUCAUGGUCAAGGAGGGUCUUUUGAAGAGAAUAUGUUACGUGGUUUGUGAAAAUUCUGCAUGCUGGUGGCAGUUUGGAUAAAUAUUGUAUUGGAAAUAAUUGAUGCUAUUAACUAGCAGAAGCAGCUCCCAGCAAAGAAGUACUACUGUUCUGUAGGAGUACAGAAAUACAGGCAGAAAUAUAUAUAUAUGGUUGUAAGAAGAAGAUUUUCACCUACUGGCCGAUAAAGUGAUAGAGUGAGGGAGGGAACCUGAUUCUAUCAUAGCAGAGUUGGAUGGCAUAUUGGGAGAGUAAAUUCAGGAUUAGCCUUCAUAUUGGUAAUCUAGAUGGAUGAUUAUCUCCCCUUCCCCAAUUUGGGGAGAAAAAGCCCUCUUGACGGUUGGUUACAGUAAGAGAUGCUUUUCCAAAUUGGGGAACAGGAGGAUAGCAUUUGCCAGAAUUUUGGAUUGGGAGUUAAGCUGUUGUAGCUAAUGGACCUCUUGAUAUAGCUCAGGAUAGCUGAGUAUGAGCCUGGAUAGCUCAGUUGGUUAGACCAUGGUGCUGAUAACACUCAAGGUUGCAGGUUCAAUCCCUGUAUGGACCAGCUGCAUAUUCCCUCAUUGCAGGGGGUUGGACUAGAUGAUCCUCAGGGUCCCUUCCAACUCUACAGUUCUAUGAUUCUGUGACUUUCUCAUAUACAGCAAUAGUUUUCAACUUUUCCAGAUGUGGGACCCACCUUUCAGUCAAACUGUGCAUUUUCUUACCAUACGUGCCAUAUUUGCAUGGUGGAAGUGUUCCUGUUGCAGUCUACCUUAAAUCAGAUCACAAUCCAGUAGUGGAUCCCUACCCAUCAGUUGAAGGCACGUGACUUAAAGGUUGAGAUCGAACUUUUGGAGCACAACUUGAUGGACUGGAUUUCAUAGUUGUUGCAUUACUAAGUAAUUGGUUUACUUAUGAGUUUUGAAACGAUAUGGGCCUAACUGUGUGUAGUCUGGUUGUCUGCAGUUUGGGGCUGCAAGUUGAUCUGGAGGCUACACGUCACAAAUUCUCCAAGUGGGAAGAGAUUCCCUGAAUUAUGGUGGUCAUGUGGCAACUGACCAAGUGAUUUCUUUUGUCAGCUGACCUGCCUGGAAGCAAUAAUGAGCCUGCCUAUCAGCAAGGAUUAGACAGGAGGGGGGAGAUGAAAUUCAUAAACCCCCUUCUUGGGAAAUUCCAGGAUAUGGUACUGAGAGGGAUGCCAGUUCAGAAGUACAGCACCUACAGCUGAGGUGCUGCUGAGAAAACAUAUAGAUGUUGUGGAGAGAAAAAAAGCUUUUGUUUAUACAUGCUUUCAGAUGAGCUCUUCUGUGUUUUGACACUGUUGUUGUGCUGAUACUGUACGUUAUUUAACACUGGUUAAAUUGUUUUGCACCAAAAGGAAUAAAAAAAUGAAGAUAAAUAAAAAUGUACGUAGAAAACACAGCAGUGAAAUAUCCUCGGCUUGGUGCCAGGCUAAGCUUAGCCUGAAAUGCCAAGUUAAUCCCAUGACCUUUCUUAGCCUGUUCUACCUGGAAUGGGUGGAGGGAGAGGAAAGGAGAAGCAGGCACUCAAGUUCCACUGUUUCAACAGUAUUUCAUAUCCUAUUCUGUCAGAUUUUUUAGGGAUAUGUUUGUGAGUAAAUGUUCAAUGCACUAAGUCAGUUUUGCACAAUCCCCAGGAUAUUUUUUGCUAACUUUAUUUUAUUUUUUAAAAUUUUAUACAGAAUACACAAUAAUUGUGUUUUGUGAUCAUAGUUUUAAGCAUGCUGACAGUGAAAAGUGUGCAGCAAUUAAACAGACUGAAGAAGGAAAAAUGGACCGAGAAUUUAUUUUUUUAAGUUACUUUGUAAUAAUAAUAAUAGAAAUAUAAAUCAGCAUACUGUUUUUAAAUUCUGAAUGUUACAUUUUCUUGAUUCUGAAAGUACUUUGUCUGCUUCUAGAUAAGUCCAAAGGAAACUGGCAAUGGUUUCAGAAUUUGUUUUUGACCAAGAUUUAUUGCUAAGGACAGCUAACUUCCAUUCAGUAAAAAGUUGUCAGGUGGAGAACCAACAUUUAAGAGUAUUUAUGCUCCAUUUCGCUUCUUUCAAAAACGAUUCCUUUUCUCCCAAAUGGUUGUUGUUGUUUUGCUUGGUUUUUGUUGGAAGACUUCUUUUAAAAAGUGUCAGAACUUCCCUAGAAAGAGCUUCAUGUAAUUUUGGAGAAGUAUUUCUUACUCAAUCUUAGUGCUCUAAAAUGUGAACAGCUGGCUCUCAAUUUCUGUAGGGACCAUUGCUCUUUGUUAUACAUUAACCAACUAAGAGGAUUCACUUCCUGGAGUCAUCUGUAUUGGCGUCAAUAAUUGCCAACUGAAUAAUUAAACACUGUCCAGCAUCUGCUUUGGAAGCCCACCACAUUGAUUGCUUGUUUUGUGGCGGAAAUAUGGUGCACCUCCAUCAUGAGUUCUGUGUAUUUGUGUAAACCAGUUGAUGUGGAUAAAUUGCUGUAAUAUAGUUUCAUGAAGGGAAAAGUGUUCUUGCAUGUGCAGGUCAUUUUUGUGUACUGGUUGACAGAGGAAAUUGACCUGCAUAUUUCUGGAAGUGAACACCUUUAUAUUCUGAUACCGGUGCAGUAGCUUCCAUGUCAUCAUUGCAUGACUGAUGGCUGUUUUAAAAAAGUAGAAAAGAUUUACAGCUACUAUUUUCAAAGCAGUUACUACAAUUCAAAAAGAAGUAACUUAGUGAAAGAAAAAUUAGCUAACUGAUUUUAUUUUAUAUAUGACUUGUUACAUCCUAAAGGCUCUGGGAUAGUGACAUAGGUUAAUCAAGAAAAUGAAUUACACUGAUUAAACUCCCAUCUUGCCCUACACACAUCCUAUUUCUGGCCACAAAAAGUAUAUAUGAGUGUGAAAAUUAAUAAUACUUGCAUUCUGCUGUGUUUAGGUUUGGCACUCCCUUCAGUCAACUGGUGAAACAUUGUCAACUGAUUGAAAUCCAAUGCUGUUUUGUAAAGAAGCACACAAAAAUUCCUAGCCUGAUAAGAGGCCAGCAGCCUGUGUUUCCCUGCUGGCUGGAGAGCAGGGGAAACCCUCUUUCCAUGACCAGCAUGGAAACGCAGGAUGCUGCCCUCUUAGCAGGCAGCUCUUUUUAAAGUGUUCUACAAAACAGGUUGGUCAAGGAGGGAGUGGGCUCAGGGAUGGGCUUUCCCCACAACUAGCAUGGAAACUGAGCCCUCCUUUGCCUGUCCACUCACUUGUCUGUAUGGAAUUUCUAGUUACUUGUGACUACCAGGCUACUGUUUAAAUACAAGGCUGGUUAAAUAGCCCAUUAAACCAAGAAUACUAUUCUGUCAGUACAUCUUAAUUUUUUGUUUGUUUGAUCGUGUCAGCAAAGAGAGGAGAGUUCUUUGUCUUCUAACUUGCAGCAGUCUGGGGCAGAUCUAGCAGCAUAACAAAGCUUCUACUUGCCUCCUGCUAUUCCCGCAGUAAUCUCUGAACAGAAGCAUAAGGGCUGCCUAGGACCACCCAUGACUCCAUCUUGCUUGCUGCAGGAACCAUGGAGUUCCCUUUUUUAUAGACUGACUAUCUGCACUGUAAAGUUCCUUGUGAAGCAUUUAGAAAGGCUGCAGUUAUUGAAAGAAUUGGAGGUAUUCAUUUGUUUUAUUUGUAUGCCGCUUUUCCACACACAAAAAUCAUGUUCUAGUGUGUAGUUAAUUAACACUGUCCUGAACUCUUGCAUCGGUGCAACAUCCUGAUUCAAUUCUGAUGUGGGCAGUGACCCAUAUUGUGACCCUUAGCACCCAUUUCUACCCACAUUUGCCUUGUUUAGCAGACUAUAGCAUCAGAGUGAAAGUAGUUUUUUUUAAGUAAUUGAAAUGCAUGUGUGAACCACCAUCUGGUGCUAUACAGGAUAACUGGAUGUGUUUAAAGCCCAUUACAAAAAAGUACAUUUCAAACCAUUAUCCUAAUACCUAAACAGAAAUUUCUGUUAAAGGCCCAAGUUAUUUCUGUGACUUGCCAUCUCCCAUUAGGCUACUAGUGCUUAUAAGGAAACAACAAGGAAAUUCCUAGUUGUUGAACAUCCUGAAAUUUGUCAACACUCUGCUAUGCAACUAUUAGUGACAGGCCACAAACCCUUAGCAAAGCUCUUUUUAGAAGAAAUACCUUAUUGAUAACCUAUUACUUCACCUAUUAAAUGGUACAUAUAGUUUUAGUUUCACUCUGGCAGAGUUAGCAAAUAGUUGAACAUUAAUUCAGAUGGUUGAUGCCAGCGACCAAGAUACUUCAAAUAGUGAAGCGCUAUAGCUUAGUGGAAGAGUUACAUACUUUGCAUUUAGAAGAUUUCAGUUCCAGUCCUUGGUAUGCUACAUCUGAAGGGUUAUCAGGAUUGGGAAUUAUUCCUGCCUCAGACCUUGGAGAGCUGCUGCCAGUUGGACUAGUCAAUAUUGGACUAAAUGAAUGGUCUGCUUCAAUACUGGACAACUUCGUAUGUUCAGGUGUAUGACUAGCAACAGCUAUUUUUAUUAGUUCAGAGAAGCAGACUGUAGAUAUCAAUUGUUGCUCUGAAUUUGUUAGUUGAGGUUAGAAUUGCUUUUGUAGUUUCAUGAAUAUCUGCUCUGGGAGAUUGGAACAGGGGCCCUCUGGAAUAGCGUGGGAGGUGGCUGCAAGGGGGAAAAAGGAAACUGGCAAAAAUUAUUCCCUCCCCUUCUGCCAGCUGGAGCCUUUUCUGUGUUGGAGUCCCUUAUGUGAAUGGAAGGCACCUUUCCUUUUGCAGAAAGGUAGCUUGGGUUCCAAGCCAGUGCAUAUUGGAACAGGUGGUAGCACUCAAAAAAAAGAUGAGUAAACUGGUGCUUGGUUUUAUAAACUAUUACAUGAUUUGAGUGUGUAUUAUUUUCAUGUUGAAGAUUUGAGUAGCCUCUACAUGCACACAGAACUCGGAGCUCUUCUGUGUAAGUUAAAAUAUAGAGCAUGAAGUGCUUUGGGGAAGGACAGUGCCUAAGCACAGUUUGAUUCUACGUUCUUACUCUGCAAGGGUUGACUCGAAGGCAUGAAAAUGUUUCAUUUUCCCAUCUGAGUGUAUUGGAGCAUGGAAGUUGAGGUGGGGUGGAAUGGCAUACACAUGAAUGGGGAUGGCAGAAGGACAGAAAAUAGUUUGAUGAGAUGGGUUAUCUGCACUUUCAUUAUUUGGAGGAUACAGUUAAGUGUAGCAUCAUUAUUUAACAUCUGUCCAGCACAGAAAAUUCAACUGCUAUUUAAGCCAUUUAAGAGAAUUUGGAAAUCUACAGCAACAUAUCUGUUUAGUACUUGAAGAUUUCUUGUUUGAAACUCUGACCCACAGAAACCAAGAAAAGACAAAGUAUGUUGGGGUUUUAUAGGUGUCAUAUACAUUGGCCUGUUUAGAUGCUGCAUUCUGAUUGUCCAAACCAUGAUUUGGAAGAUUGGGAGUACCCUACGUGCCUUCCUGCUCCAUCGUUUUCCUCCUUCCCUCUCACAAUACAGUUCAUUUGCACACAGUGCUAAACAAGACCAUGGCAUAGUAUGAGGGUUCAGUGUGAGGACAGCAUGGCUGCUGUGCUUCUCUCCCUGUCUUCCUUUUGCUGUGAUUCAAGCCAUGGUUUGUCACUUGGCAUUUUGUCUACUCCCGGUCUUAUAGUUGGACUUUCUCUGGACAAACCAUGAACCGUAAGCCUAAGAACAAAGCUUGUUUGCAGCUGAUGGCUUGUCUGGAGUGAGACAGACCAUAAGCUUGUGUUUGGAUGAACUGCUAAGCCAGAUUGUAGCUGAACACACAGCUGGGCAACAGGAGAUAGCAACAGAAGCAGCAGCAGGACUGGAAGAGGAGCAAAGUGAUCAUGAUCUCCUGUCUUUGAGCUUGCAUGUUCACUGUAAGUCAUAGUUCCGCUUCACUUUUUGUGAAGCUCAGAUUUUUCUCCUUCAUUUCCUCUAACUGAGGCUUGUUGUGAUGUCCAAAUGAGAUUAUGGUUAGUGCUAACCGUCAAACCAUAGCUUGCAAGCUCAUUUCAUGCCAUAGUUUCAAAUUAUGGUCUGGAGGCUUAUGUUAAUAGUAGUUUUUUUUUAAAAGGUAGCAAUUUGAGGCCAUUUUGGCUUGCUUUCCUACAUAAAAUGUACUCAGAAAUGGCAAACCAAAAUAAUCUAUUGUUUCUAGGAAUAUUAUUAUAAAACACACCCAAUUUAAAAAUGGUACGAACAGAAACAAAGCUAACUUUUAAAGCACUGGGUCAGGUAAAAAUAGAAAACUUACACAUCAAAUGUCUGUCUAAAUAAAGAAGCUUUCACAGCCCACCUAAAACUGGGAAGAGAGGAGCCCUAUAAGAGUUCUCCAGGAAGAGUUGUGGUGCCAUCACUGAGAAGGUCCUGUCCUCAGUUUUGUCCAGUUCAUGGGAUAGAGAGCAGGCCAUCUUUAAGAUUUGGGUAGGUUGGUUCAGAUAGGUGAAGGCAGUUCUUGGGGGUAAACUUAUUCUGGAUCAUGAAGGGGGUUAAAAAAUGAGUACCAGCACUUUAGAUUGAGCUCUGAAAAGUAUAAAUAACUGUGGACACAGAGUCAUCACACUAUAAUCUGAUUGUUGAGCAUGACCUAGGAUUUUGGCAGCUGUGUUUUAUGCAAGUUGUUGUUACUGAUCUAGGCAGCCAUAGGUAGAAAGCACUGCAGUAGUCCAGUCUGUUUACAACUAAGAGUAUGAGCUACAGAGCCCAGGUCCAUUUAUUUCAAGCAAUUGUCAGUAAUUUGCUUGAAACAGAAUGUAAGUACAUAGCCAUAAAAGAUUCAACCAUCAACAUGCAACAUAAACAUAUAAACAAAGCUUACAUAAUAGUUGGUGUAAAAUGAGGCUGUGGCUGUCAUUUCCAGCUUACACCAUCUUAUGGUGGUUCUCCCACUUACAGCACUUAUGCUUGGAUGACUGGGGUGAUCGUAAUGCAUAGCAAUAUAUGGAAACUUUUAUUAAUUUUAUUAAUUAAAUUUAUAUACCACCUUUAUCUUCAAAGGAUUUCAAGGUGGUGUACAUGAUUCUCCUCCUUCCCAUUUCAUCCUCACGACAACCCUGUGUGAUAGGUUAAGCUUAGAAAUGGUGACUGACCCAAGGUUACCCAGUGAACUUCAUGGCUGGGUAGGGAUUGAAACCCUGCAGGACAAGAGGAGGGUGACCUUGGUCCCCAGCUUCUCCAUAGCUAUUGACAACAUAGACCAUGGACUGGGAAUUGGAGGCAUGGUGCUACAGUGGUUCCAGUCCUAUCUACAUGGCCAAGUUCAGACAGUGCCAUUGGGAAAGUGCUUUUGGGCCCUUUGUCAGUUUUGCUAUGGGAUACGGAAGAGCACUAUUUUAUCUCCAGUGCAAUGUAAUAUCUUUUUGAAACUCCUGGAGGCAGUCAUUAGGAGAUUUGGGGCAAAGUGCCAUCAGUAUUUCCCGUGACUGAGAAAUUACCUUUUUACUUAAUAUGUUGGACGGUACUUAUUUACAUGCAUCAAUGUAGUUAUUAUCUUCACAUAAUUAUUCAAACUUUAUGUCAUAAGUUGCUGAGACAAUUUUGAUGGUGGUAUAUAAAUGUGAACAAAAUGCUAAAAUCAUCAGCAUCAUUUUAUUUUCAAGCUACAUUAGAAAUGGUUGCUUCCAUGUCUUGUGGAAAUCUAUCAUUCUUGUAAUAGGAACCAGUGAAAGCACAGCAGCACAUAACCAUGGUAGAUUUAGCUGGUGUUGUCCAUAAGGAAGGAAAUCCCUAGACUAAAGUAGUGAGAAAGGGAGACUAUUAAGAUAGUGUUUGGAGCAUCUUAAACUAAUGCCUGAUAAAGCUCAGAAUACCAAUCACAUAACUUUGAUAUCAUUAUACAUUUAAUUUUAAAUCAUAUGUUAAAGUUCUAAUUAUAAAUAUUUGUGUUGGAUUUUUACGUAAAACAUAAUCACUAUUAUUAUUAUUAUUACUAUUAUUAUUAUUAUUAUUUCUAUACUGCCCUUCAUCCAAAGAUCAUGGGGCAGUUUACAAUAUAAAAACAAAAAAUAUAUACAAACCAUAAUAACAAACAAAAAUAAUGCCCACCUGUAUUAUUAUUUAUUAAAUUUCAGUUCUGAAGUUUGCAAAACUCUUUUCCAAGGAAAUGUUUUAUGGUGAUCAUACAUUGGAUCAUGCUGGAAGGUUCAGCACAAGCAAUAGGAAGUUACACAGAGUGUAGUUGAACUAUAGAAUUUACUACUACAAGAUGUAGUGAUGGUCACCAGCUUGGAUGCCUUUAAAAGCCGAUGGAAACAUGAAGCUGCAAAAUCCUUUCUUGUGGAAACUUACUGUUAGUCUAUAUUUCACAUUUAUUUUUUAUUUUAUUGCUCUGAUAUUUGCAAAAUGGGUGUGUGGGUGAUUUCAGAUUGGUGAGCUGUUUAUAAAGGAACAUUUCUCCUCUGAUUGCAAGAGACUUUCAACAGUGAAGUGUUAAAAUGUAUAAACAGUUAAAUAAGAAGUAGGUCACACAAUGAGAAUAAACAGAUGAUUGAACACUAUUCUUUCUUCUUCUGAUAUGAUUAAAUUAUCACAAGCAAGAGCACAUGAUCAAAUGUCUUAUAUCUGAUUAAUGUCAAUUUUUUAUGUACAGCGAGGUUAUUCCCUUAAUGAAGCGCUGCUUCAAAAUAUACUGGGAGUAUAUUAAUAAAAUUACACAUACACACUGGAAUGCACAGAAUAUCCUUUCAGCAAAUGAAAAUAACUGAGAAUGGUGAAGGGAGUCUGCUUGUAAAUUUGUUCUUCUUCCCACUCCUAUCUCCCGUAUGGUUCUGGUGAGCCCCCCAACUCUAUGUAGCAGCUUUACAGGGGCAUGAGGUUGUGGGGAGGAACUGAUGAAAAUACUUCCCCUUACGCUUUCAGGAGGAUUGUCCCACUCAUGGAACUCUGGAUCUUAACCACCAUCAAUAAAGUAGAACUUAGAUUUUUCUCUGUGUAUAGGCAAAGGUUGAGUUAUAUGUCAAAAGACUAGAAGUGUAAAUAAAAGUAUUUGCUUCAUUUUUCCUUGUAUUUUGCUAAUUCCUCUUGGAAAAUAGCAGUGAUUACCGAUUCUGUGAAGAAAGCAAUGAUACAGUUUGCUAUAAUGAUCAUGUUCAGAUAGCUACACCUAUUUCUUGCUAGCAACAGCUAUAAUUUAAAAAGGCAUUUUCAUACUGUUUAGUUAGAUGUAAUUCUUAGUUAGAUGUAAAGCUCAGGAUUACAUUUAACUAAGAAUUACGGUACCUUUGUGGUCGUGUGCCACAUGGCCAGCUUAACAUUUAAAUUGCAUACCCGGUUACUGUCUAGUGUGCUACACUGCAAAUGCAGGUGAGGCAAUCCAGUUUAAAUGAGAUGAUAGGUACGUUGAAUGUUGCACAAGUACAUUUUCCCCUAUGUAAUAAUUUUAAUAUAUAUUCAUAUGUGUUUUUUGUGAGUAUGCCCUAUCUCAUGUUUCCGUUAGGCUUGAAAAACUGUUCCUUACAUUUUUUCCCAAGAGUGUAAGGUGGUUAUUCUGGAAGAAAUAGGUCUUAGAUCAUUGAAAAAUGACUCUUGAUGGGUCACAGGAGCUUUUAAAAAGGAGUCUAGUUCAGAUAGCAAUAUCUUGUACUGCAAUACAGAAAUAAAGGAGUAAUGUACUCUCCUAGACAACGUGUUAUAAUUUAGAACUGAUCGUGUUUUAAGUGCCAUUGUACUUGUUCUAUUUUUACUGUGGAACUGGGCAUUUUUGAGGCAGCACAAUAGUCUUAGUGCCACGUUUGCCUUGAUAAGUUAAUUUAUUUAUUUAUUUUACAGUUCAUAGAUGGGAUGGGUGCAGCGUAACCUGUCAUGCUGGAACUUGCAGGAGUGUUUGUUGCUGUGCCCUUCUUGUUCUUUCUUCUUUGUGUGCUUGGAGCAAGAGUAUAAAACAGCAGCCAGCACCCUUCGUUUUCAUUCUACUGUUCAGUUGGAUCCAAUUAUUCAGCUUUAUAAUAUCUUGACGUUGCUAAAAGUGCUUGGCUGCUCCUACAUAAAAGAGUCUAUCCAUUUUGAUGCCACUUUCAACAUUUUGGAUUUUUAAAAUACAGUAGCUGUAACCCACCCUCGGACUUUAUAGUGAAGGGCAGUUGAGAAAAUGAAUUAAUAAUAAUAAUAAUAAUAAUAAUAAUAAUAAUAAGUAAUAAUAACCAAUCAUUUGGUAGAUUGCACACAUUAAGUUUCUUUCUGGUUACAGUUAUUUUAGGACAGUGUUUUUUAAGAAUCUCUCCUGCUGCUUACAUUCCAAAAAGUCAGUUCCAUUUUUUAAUACUGUAAAUCUCUAAAAUUGCAUGCACUUUCACUCCGCAGGUGCCAGUGUUAAGUGCAUAGGUGUGUUUAAGACCUGCAAAAUAUAUGUUAAAAUGAAAGCCCUGAAAUGCAUUAGGUCUCUGGGGCUGCUGCAAAAAUGCUCAUCUGGGGAAGACUGAAGUGGGUGACAGCUGGUAGAAGAUAAUGGAUUAUUUCUUGGUUGGGGGAAGAGGAGGGGAUGCAUCCUCCCUCUCAGCCUCUUGAAAUCCUUGUGGAUGGAUAUUCUUCCUGGUUCUUGAGCGAGAAAGAUGAAAAAUUGUACAAUGUUCACUUUAAAGCUUCUUUACAUAUAAGGAAUGUAAUGUAGACACAAUAAUAUAUUCACUAGAUCAGGCAUGUCCAACUCUAUAGAGACUGCAAUCUACUCCCAGUAUAAUAAAACUGGCAGUGAUCUACCAUAGUUGUUGAGCUUUUUUUAGAGGGGAGAUACCAGAGUUGUUGAGCAAGUGGAAAUAGCACCGGUGGUGGGAGGUCGAGAUCGCUAAGGAGCAACCGGGCAAUCUCUUUUUUUACUCCUGUGGUCGACCUGCAGAACCCUGGGGAUCCACCUGUUAAUUGGGUUCGGACAUAGCUGCACUAGAUAUAACAAUUUGUAGAAUAAAUUGAAUUAAUUCUACUCUAAUAAUACAUACUGUCUAGGAAUAGUUUUUUUGUCUACAUUGAGCUAGGGUUGCUAUAUUUAAAAAAAUGAAAAUCCGGACACAAAAGAUGUUGAGCAAAAUUUCAAAUAAAUAAAUAUACCGGUAAGUUUUUAUUGUGUUUUUAGGAAAUUUGGCAAAAAACAACAAGACUUCCAAUAUGGACUGCCAUACACCCGGGUUUCCCCCGGACAUUUUAACCAAUUUUUGAAAAAUUCACCUGAAUUCAAUUUUUGAAUUCAAUUUUUGAAUUCAAUUUCUGAAUUCAAGCAGCUCCUGCUGCUGCCGCGCCGCUGGAGCACGAUUUCUGUUCUCAUCCUGAAGCAAAGUUCUUAACCUGAAGCACUAUUUCUGGGUUAGCGGAGUCUGUAACCUGAAGCGUAUGUAACCUGAAACGUAUGUAACCUGAAGUGUAUGUAACCCGAGGUACCACUGUACUAUAAUGUUGCAGAUAGUGUUAAUAUACUGCGUUUGGAAAUUUAGCUUCUUCUUGUCCUCUUAUGAAAAGCUGAAACUGGUCAGUUUUUUUAAUGAUAAAUGUAUAGCCAGCUUUCUAGGGAGACACUUCCAAGAAAAGCGUAAUUGAAAUAAGAUGAGAUCACUCAUUAAUCCAAAGCCCUUAGAUUGGAAACUAGAUAAUAUCAUUACUGGAACUGAAAGCAUCAAGUUUGUUGUCACACCUUUAGAACAUGUUUUUCAUUGGGGACAGGAAUGAAAUCUCAUUUUAUGAAGUCAUGACAACAAAGGGCAUUUGGUUCUGGAAAUUCCAUGUGGACAUUAUUUUGAAUUGCCACCUGGGAGGCAGAAACUAAGAAAACUCAUAUAAGUAUUGCACAACCUGUGUGUUGCCAUCAACUUAACACCUGGUUCCCCCCUUCCAAAUGCAAAAUAAUCUUUUUUUAUGUACUUGUGAGUCCCUGCCCACAAGAAAUGCUAGGAAGAGCUUGGCCAAACUAAAGUACUCUUUGAAUGGACAAGGGAGAAGCACUUUGUACAUGGACAGGAACAUAGGAAGUUGUAAGCUGACUAUUGGUCCUUCUUGCCAUUAUUCUGUAUGUUUUAGUCUGGAGUUUUUCCCUAGCCCUACUUGGAAAUGCUAGAGGUCAAACCUGGGACCUCCAUGCAGAGAAAUGAUCUAUCACUGAGCUGCGCCCAAAUGAGUAUCUGUAUCGCUGUAGGAAGGCAGGAAAGACUAGUUACCUAAUCCACACAUUUUUAGAGUAACUGAGCAGUAAUCUUAAGCAUUAGUUUCAUGGCGCUCUCGCUGCAUUUUCCUAAACCCAAUUUAAUGUGAAAAGUUUUCUGGAACAUGCAGCUAGGAACUUAGGAAUGGCUCAGCUAUAUUCAAGUUCUGUAGAGCUUUUCUAGGAAUGAUGUGUAUACUAAGAACAAGCUUUAGGGCAAAUCUGUGAUGCUCUAAAGAGACUAGUGCACAAACACACAUGCAAAUAACGUUGAAUCCUACAAGCUCUUGCUGCCUUCUGAUCAUUGUGGAGAAGGAAUUGUGGAAAACAAAAGAGGACAAGGGGAAAUGUUGCUUCUCUCUUUCUCUGUGUAUGUAAAUUUGAAAUAGAUUAAUCAUGUAAUUGUAUCCCAUUGCAAUUCAAUUAAAAUCCAGCUGCAUCCAGAACUUGUGAACUCUCAUAAUUAUGCUGGCUUAAUCGCAGCUGCUAAAAACCUGCUGAAAUAGAAAAGUCUCAUAAUGCUUCCUGAAAAUAUUUGAACUUUGGCAAUGUUCCCAAAAGAGGUGUGUUACAGAAUAGUCCCUGAAUCCCCUUCUCUGUCCAUUUGAAGGACUAGCGAAAACAGAAUAUUCUCCAUUUGUUAGCCAUUGUUAAGAGAUCAGGAGUAUUCCUUACCACUUUUGGCUUAACCAGGGCUUGUUGCUAACCAUGAAUUCCCUCUUAACCAAGGUUUGCAGAACAGCUUCAAACAAAGAAGUUUUCCUUUCUUCUGAUUGCACAAACAACAACAGCAACAGUAUUUCUAAGCUGGGUGGUAGAUAGCUUCAUCUUCUGAUAAUUUAGUAAGUCUUUCAGCUACUUUCUGUGGCUCUUGCACAUUGUAGUGAAAUGUGUUGGAGUUGCUAUCACUUUUUCUUUUUAAAUACAGGCCUUACUUGUGCCCUCAUCAGGAGAAGGGCAGCUUGUAGAGUAAAUGCAUGCAUCACAGGGCCCUGUAAAGAGUUAUGCUUAGCUCCGCAUUAUUACUAUUUUUAAUUGCAUUUUCACAAGAACCAAGACCCCUUAGGCAAUUCUGAAUAAUUUGUUCAGGAUACUUUUCUGUUCAAAAUGAAUGUCAUUGUCUUACUUUGUGAGUUCCCAUUACAGUUCACUUUACAAUAGAGUCUCUCUAGUUUGUGCCAGUUGUGGUUUUGUUUUCUCAUUGUUUCUGCUAGCCAGGAAUAAAAACCAAAUGUAAAACGGUUGUCUUGUUUAGCUAAUAUAUAUUUACUUUGUAUAUUUACUGCAAUGUGUAGUUUUUUUAAAAAAAUGGUGGAUGGUCAGUACUUGAUAUUCUGAAACAUCAUUUGUAUUCCAUGAAAUCUUUUUAUUUCCGGUGCCUGACUCUCUCUGUAAAUCCCACUGCUAAAAGGAGUUGCACUAGGCCCCUAUGUUAUACUUUAGCUGCUGCAUCAUCAAAGAAUGCCUACACUGGAAUAGGGAGAAUUAUUUCCUGAACAAUCUCAGACAAUCCUGCAAAGACUUGAACCUGAAAAAUCAGUACAUGUUCAUAGAUGUAGCAAUAUUCCCGUAAUGUUACAUCUCUUCCAGCACAUACGGCCUGGAGGACGUAAUGUGUUAGCUUCUGUAGGGUACUAAUGCAGGUUCAAAAAAUUGCAAGGUGAUUUAUGAAUGUAGGAGCAGGGUUAAAGCCUUUAACAGUUGUUAAGAAUUGGGAAAGGGCGGUAACUCAGUUGUGCAGCAUUUGACUUGUAUUCAGAAGGUCCCAGGUUGAAUAUCCUCUGACUAAAACCCUGGAGAGCCACUGCCAGUCAGUGUCAACAAUACUGAGCUAGUUGGGCCAAUGGUCCAAGCUCAAUAUAAGGCAGUUUCCUAUAUGCCUGAUGCUUGAGUCUGACAGAUGGUGGAAUGGAAAAGGAUGCUCACAAACAAAGCGGGUUAAUAUCAGAAAACUAUGGUGAUUCCAAAGGAUUGAGAGAAGGGUGUGAGAUUGAUUUGAAGAUAGGUAUUGUCAAACUGAGGUGGGACAAAUGGAACUAUUAGAAGAACAUCCCACAUGGUUGUACAGUUAGUGAUUUCAUGAUUUCUUGUCCUGCUUUUUCACUCAGUGGAGCACUUAAGAAGGCGAAUGUUAUCAAAAGAACAUAAAAUUACAAUAAUAAGGUUCAAAUGCGCAACAAAAGCACCAGCUAUCAAACCAAAGCAUCAGGGGGAGAAAAGAUCACACAGAUAUGAGCUGAAAAACACACACACAAAGAUUUUACUUCUGAGUGAGGUGAGACACAGCAGGCCUUCUCUUAUCUGUGGUACAGGAGCUGACAGUCCUUUAGGUCAGAGGUUUUCAGCCUUUUUGAGUCUAUGGCUCCCUUGACCAUCUACAUUCUUCGGCACCCUGUGGGGCUCAGGAGCCCACUUAUGUCACCCCUUGCCUGCAAAGCUGGCAGCCUUUCAAUCUUUUUCAAACACCCUCCCUUGUGGAGUGUUCCCUCAGCCUCCUCUCCUCUCCCCUCUCCUUUGGAGUCCUCUGGGCCCCCUCUUCAAAGAAAGGUGCCUCCUCACACUGCCCCACAGGGGCCUAGAAGGCACCCCCUGGUCAGCCCCAGAGGCAUCAUUUACCUGCGGAGCUUGUAGCCAGGGCUGCUGCAGCAAACAGCUGUGUAAGCCUUUGAGUGGCAGAGAUGCAAGAGGGCAUCAGAGGAGGGAGGGAAAGAAAGAGGGACAGAGGCCAUUGUUGCCUGUGGCACCCCUGACCAUCACUUAAGAUACCCCAGGAUGCCACGGCACACUGGUUGAAAACUACUGCUUUAGGUGCUCCCAAGCCUAUUUUGUACCUGUUGCUUCUAGCAGAGUCAUUUGUAUUAUGGGUCUUGCCUUGUACGGUAGGACAGCAAUCUAUACACAUUUAACUUACGCACAUUCAGCUUUAUGCGCGUGGCAAAAAAUACGUAAAAAAUUGGAAAGGGGGUCAGGGUUCCAGGAAAAAUGACUUUGACAACCCCACUGGCAUUGAGCCCAAUGUAUUUUGACUAUAUGCCAUUUUGGCUUUAGGCACAAUCCCCAGAAUGUAACCCCUACAUAAUUUGUCAGCAAUUUAUUAAUUGCCUUCUGCACAAUUGUCUUAAGGCAAUGUACAAUAAAAACAGCAACAAAGCUAACAUUUCUUAAGGGUAGGCCAGCACGAAAAGCCAGAGAAUGGUGGACAAACAAGCGCGCUCAGAAAGGGACACCACCCUUGUAGAACUUGCAGUUUGCUAAACAAAUAAACAAAAAGUCUUGUAAAACUCUUUUUUUGGCCAACGUUCAUCACAAAUGUAAAAGUCCUCAAUUGGAGUCUUUGGAUAGCUUUCAUCACCAAGUAUUACAGCUAAUAGCAGCAAUGAGUGCCUCUCAUGUGUCUUCAUGGAUUUUUGCCCAAGGCAGAGGUUUGACUUUCACAAACCUUUCAGUUAGAAUUCUGUCUAAGGAAAUGAAACAGGGUGUGGGACAGAGUUGAAGAUUGCUGGUUGUAUAUUGCCAUUUAUUAAGAGAAAGUACAGUGAACAGAAAGGUGUGCCACACCUAUGUGUUCUCUGAUCAUUGCUCUUUGGUAGUUAUCUUUAGUAGGGAAUAAGUUCUGUAUAAAGCUUUAGACUGUGUCCCAACAGUAAACACAAAACUGCUUUUACUUUCAGCAAGCAUUCCAUAGAAAACUACUCCUUUAAGGAGGAUUAUUCUCAAAUCUCAUUGACUUCUAGUUUCAGAUUUAUCGUGCUGUGUUACUGAAUUGUAAGCAUAAAGUACCCACCUGUUCAGAAAGCCAAUUAUAUUUAUAGCACAGGACAGUGGUAUUGUAAUUCCCAGCUACUAUAGAAAAUCUGUUUAGCAAUUAUUUAGUUCUUUCCCAUCUUUUACAAAAAGUAAUUUUAAUUUCGUUUCUCAUUUAAAGUUACAUUUCACAAAAAAUAUGAACAUAAGAAUUCCUCAUCAGUUAAGUCCAGAAGGAAUGCCAAAUGCCUUAUUAUUAUUAAAAGACUAUCAGUGAAGUGUUCUCAGAUUUCAUUAAUUAGAGAAAAGAACUGUUCAAUAUUAGCCAAAUGUCAGAUCCUAGGGUUAUUGUGCUGUCUCUGCCAAAGCACAUGGAGACAAGCCUCCCACCCUGUCUUCCUGGGCACUUGUGUGGUGAGUGUCACAGCCUGCACUAAGAGCUUGGUCUGGGGAGCUGUCUAAGUGGUGUCUGGAACUGAUGCAGCAAGUUUUACUGGAUGAUGCGUCUGAAGGGAUGUGAAACUCACCACAAGGAUGCCACUCCUCAUAGCAAACAGUGACAUAGCAAACAGUUGUGGCUGGAGACAACUGAGGGUUCAUUUUGCUGUUUUCUCUCUCGUCAUGACAAGUGCAGAAACAGUAUUCCACGUACUUACAACAUACCUUAAAGUGCAAAACCAAAAGCUUUAAAACAGCUUUAUUUAUUUAUUUAGGAGUAUUUAUACCCCACCUUUUAACUGAAGUUCUUGUAGCAGCUUACAAUAUCUCUAAAACACAAUAAAAUAAACAGCGAUACAGCAGUCACUACCAGCAGGACAAAGGUAAGUUUCCCAUUCCUUUGUUUCAGCACAUGCCAAUCUGCAGCUGAAUCUUCUGGCGGUUUAAGCAGCUGUAAGUUUGCCCCACAUGACUUCUUCACUAGGUGGGUGCUCUUUAUGUCCCUCACAGCCCCAGGCCUCAUGGAGGUGCUAUACAGGAGGUGCUGGGUGGAGCAAAGAUGUUACAUGCCUUCCUGCUGAACCCUAGUGCAUAAAUCAACAUAAGGUUUGGUGUUUUGACAUACACAGGAGCUUGAGCCUCCCUUGGCAGCUGUCUGUGCCUCUGUAGGGAGAGUUGCCUGCCCUACAGCUUUGAAAGCUACUAGUAAUGAGUAUAGAUGUACUGUUUAUCAGAUAGGUUAUUAAACUAAAGCAGGUUAUGGCAAGUUACAACGCAGUAGGUAUAUUGUCAGUGGCACGCUAUGCCUCUGAUACCCACAAAACACAAUCAGUUUAAGGGUUUGGCAACCCGGAUAUAAAAAAUUAAGUACUUUCCUCCUCCUAAAUGUGAAUUUUGAAAAGUCACUCUUAGCUCAGUUGUGGAGCUGCUUCUUUGAAACUGGGGCCUUCUGUGUUCAGUUGCUGGCAUCUCCAGUUAAAAGGAUCAGGUAGAGGGUUAUAACAGAAGCAAAAGUUACUGCUGCAGAUCUGUAUACACUGUAGUGCCCUAGGGUGGACAGAGAGUUUGGUCUGGUAUAAGGCAAAUUUCCUAUGAUCAGUUAAAAACAACUGAAAAUACUGUCCCUCACACACACUCUUGAGACAGCUGUGCAAACAUUGGUGAGGGUUUCCUUAGUCUUGUUUGCAAAUCUCUCUUAGAUACUUUUUAAACAGUAUUUUAAAUUUAUAAGGACUAGUUAAUUCCUUAAUUAGCAUGAAUGUGUCUAUAGUUCACUCUGAAGAUAUUCUGAGGUCAUUCAGUACAGUGAUACUCUAGUUAUGAACUUAAUUCAUUCCGGACGUCCGUUCUUAACCUGAAACUGUUAUUAACUAGAGGCGUUCUUUCUCUAAUGGGGCCUCCCGCUGCUGCCACGCCGCCAGCACAUGAUUUCCGUUCUCAUCCUUGGGCAAAGUUCUCAACUCAAGGUAACUCUUCCAGGUUAGCAGAGUUUGUAACCUGAGGCGUUUGUAACUCGAGGUACCACUAUAGUAUCUAUAAUGCCGCACGGACAGCUCACAUUGUCCUCUGUUGCUUAUCUCUCACUUUAUUUUCAAGUACUGUUGCAGUAUUUUUUUAAGAAUGCAGUUUGUUGAAGGUAGGCAUGUUGGUUGCUUGGAUGUAAACUGAUGCAGUGACAGAUCCAGGAAAUCCUGAUUCAGUUUUCAAGUUGGGUACAAAGAGAAAUGUUUUUUUUUUCUUGGAAAGGAGACUCAGUUUAAAGGUGUAUAUCUUUUGUUCUGAUUUAGUUUCCAUGAUACUUCCUCAUAGCAUACAUUCUCUAAUAUGCUCUCAUUUCACCCUUUCUGAAACCACAAUAAAAGUUAAAAUCUUCGUAGAAUAUCAAUGAGCCCUCUAUAAAUUCUUUGAGGUUACAGCAUCAACACUCAAAUAUUAAUACCAGCUGAAUGGUGAACUUGCAUAAUUUUGAGUACAAAUGGUUCAAUAAAGUAUGGUACGUCACUGCAAUGUCAGACAAAGUUGGGAACAAUUUGAGAAACUUUGUUCUCCUUUUAUUAAUUAAUUUAAAAGUAUUUAAAGCCUUUUCUGUGUUGUCAGUACAGAUCAGUAACACACAGACAGACACCCUACUCACACUGAGUGUGGGUAUGGAGAGGGAAAGUUAACAUCUCUUCAGUGUGAUAGGCUUGAUUGAAUUUGUACCGUAUGUAGCUGUAUCCAGGCCACUUAGUAACAUUACAAAUUUAACAUUCUGUAUCACUCUGUGUAAACAGCAUGGUAUUUCCUAAUUAGAAUAUAAGUGUGCAUUUCUGAUAGCCUCAUUUCAUUUGCAGAAAUGAUCAGAAGGUUAGUUUACUUUUCCUUAUUAGGAAAGGGUUUUUUUUAAAAAAUACUUAGAACAAAAUUGAGGGAGAACAUAAUGGAUACUUAUAAAAUGGUGUGGUGUAGAAAGUAAAGAGGGAUAAAUCACCCAGUCUCAUCAUGCAGUAACGUGAUAAAUUGAACCCAGAUUUGAGAUUCUAAGGUUCUUAAAAUGAGCAUUGAACUGAACAUGCUUUCAUUGUAACUUGAGUUGAUGAUGGUUGUACACACCAAAAGAAAGGGAGGAUGCACAUAAUCCCAUAUCUUAGUCCCUUAAAUCCUAAUUUGGCUGUACUGUACUGUGAAACAGCCCAUGGAUGUCUCCUGCUGAAGCUGACGGGAAAAUGUGAAAAAUAUGUCAGUAUGCCACUGAUUAACUACAUGCUGGCAGUUAAGACCAGGGGUUGGCUAUCACUGUUGCAUAUUAAGUCUAGGAAAAAUGCCUUGGAAAAUGAUUUCUGUCCUAAAUCAUGAUUUGCCUAUAGUUUGAUCUUAUACAUGCAGCAGUUUGAAAUGGCAGAAUCUUCAGGUUGUAGAAUGAACUGUGCUACUUAAGGUAACAUUUUAAAUCUACAGUGGUGCCCCGCAAGACGAAUGCCUCGCAAGACAAAAAACUCCCUAGACGAAAGAGUUUUCUGUUUUUUGAGUCGUUCCGCAAGACGAAUUUCCCUAUGGGCUUGCUUUGCAAGAUGAAACGUCUUGCGAGUUCUUGCGAGUUUGUUUCCUUUUUCUUAAAGCCGCUAAUAGCCGCUAAGCCGUUAAUAGCCGCUAAGCCGCUAAUAGCCGUGCUUCGCAAGACGAAAAGACCGCAAGACGAAGAGACUCGCGGAACGGAUUAAUUUCGUCUUGCGAGGCACCACUGUACUUCCGCAUCUCUUCAUUUCUCUCUCUCCCCCCCCCCCCAGCAAGUAAAUAAGCUCAUGAGGGGGAAAUGUUUUAGCUCUGUUUCUGAGGAGUGAACUAGUUUUCUGUUUGCAGGGAGUCUUUCAUGCCAUGAAGUAUUCGAAAACAUCUUCUGCUUGUACUCUGGAGUGGUGCAAUUCAUACCACCAUUUCAAGAGCCUACCACCUCACUCUUCUAUGCUGAAUUAAUUAGGAUCUAGACUACAUUAAUUAGGAGGCAAGUUAGUGUCUGGAAAAUACCACAUGCGCAAGACUUCCAGGUUUGUGGGUCUGUGUGCAGAUGGGGAAAGUAUUAACUGCAAUAUCAUGGAACAGGCUGUUGAAGCAUGCCUUGCUGGGGAAGCAGCCAGACCCAUUAAGACCUACCCAGCUAUCUAAUCUUGCAUACUGUGGAUGCUGCUGUUCCACAUUCUUAAAAAAGAAAGCACACUAAAAUAUGAUGUAAACAAGAGGCUUGGCCAGUGAUCUGAAGUAUUCUGAAGGGGUAACAGUAGAAAUCAAAGCAUAAAGCAGCAUUCUGUUCUUUGACUGUUAAACCAGAAAAUAUUUUCCCCUGAAAUCUCUUGUAACUUUAGGUAUUAUCCCCAGUAUUAAUUAAUUCCAUGACCUCAGUAUCUGUUCAGCAUUCUUAUCAGCCUCCAGAGUCUUCUCUUACAGCAGUUUUCACAGUAAAAAUCUUAAUGUGUUCCUGCACUGGUUCCUAAAGUCUUGCAUAUGUAGCUCUGGCUUGACUGCAAAACUCAUUUUAAAAGUUAUUUGCAAAGACUGCUCUCUGUCUCAAGAUAGGUUGCAUGUUGCACUAGGUUAUGUUAUUCCUAUGUACAUUUAAUUCAAUAGGAAUGACUGUGCACUGCAUAUGAACAGCCCCUGAAUCUGUGACCAACCUCUGAGGCUCUUCUCUGUCUGCUUCUUCCACAAGAGCUGAGGAGGGUAGCAAGGAGAGAAGAGACCUUUUCUAUGGUGGCUUCCCGUUUGUGGAAUGCUCUCCCCAGGGAGGCUUGCCUGACACCUUCAUCACAUAUAUUUAGGUGCCAGGAGAUAACAUUUCUAUUCUCCCAAGCCUUUGACUAAUUAAGCAAUCUAUGGCUUUUUAAACUGCAUUUGUGGAAGGGGUGAUUGUUUUGUUUGUUGUUAUGCAUUUUUGUGUUUUUAUACUGUAACCCUUCUGUGAUCCUUGGAUGAAGGGUGAUAUAUAAGUUUAUAUAGUAGUCAACAUUAUCAUCUGUGCAAUUAUAUUGAUUCCAGUAGUACCCUUCUGGCUCACAAGAGAGCCUGAACUUUUAAAAUGGUGUUGCGAUAAUGUUUGGAGGCUCCACUAAGUUUUACCUCCAUUCUAAAGCUUGAAGAACAUGUUAUCAUACUUACUGUUUUUGGCUCAAAGGGGGUGGGGAUAAUUUGCCCUAGGACACUAGGUGUUUAAAAACCCACUCAAAGCUAUGUUACCAGUCAUUGUAAGAAGAGUAAUUUUUUUCUGACUGUGAACCAGACCACAGUGAUCUGGUUCAGCUGUACUGCUAAGCCAUGGCUUAGCAUUAAUGAGAAUGAGUCACAGCAGCCUUUGGUUCCUGCACUUUCCUCUGCUCUUCUUGUCUGUAUGGGUUGCAGCAGCGGAAUUGGUCUGUGGGGCCCUUUUCAUUCACCUAAAUAAAUGUGACUAUGUCUGAAAAUAUGAGGGGAGCGCAGAGUGAGUUAGUUAAUAACGUGUGUUAUCUUAUCACGAGACUCCAGAUCUUCUGGUGGGAUGUUUUGUUUUGUUUGCAAAAAGGUGUCAUACAAAACUUUUGUCAAUUGGCUUACUGAGAAGGAAAAUCUGCACGUAAUAUUCUACCUAGUCAAAGCAUUUAAUAGAGUCUAAGGAGUUUAAAUUAAACAGUGAGAUAGAUAAAUUAAAAUUAUGAGCCUUAGAAAUAAAUGGCAUGCACAGAGUACAUCUGCCUCUCCAAUAAGAUAUCUGUGUACUGAGUCCACAGCAGUAACUUCAUUUUGAAGUAUAAAUACAUUGGAUUUUAUCCCUUGCCGGUCCAGCUUAGAGGAGACCCAUGACUAAUUUAGGCUCAUCAAUUUCAGUGGGUCUGUUCUGAGUUGGACUAGCACUGGCUACAACCACAUAUGAUAUAUGGAAUCACUGCUGACAUCAGGUGAUUGGCAGGUCAGCAACCCCACCCAUCUGUCAAAUUUGACCUGACGGGUAGGGUGAUACUGAUCUAGCAAGCUAGAAAAGGUUCCCCACCCCUGCUGUAGGCUAUUAGGCUUGGGAGAGAAAUAUGCUCAGGUGGCAACAGUUGCUGGAUCCUAGCAUCUUCCUGUAAUUUCUUAGUUGUCUGUAUUGCAAAUUUCUUGCCAAGUGCCAUUGUGGUAAAAACAAUGGGCUGUACUUAAUGCAUAUGUUCAGUUGUCAUAAUAGUGGUGCUAUUAUUGCUUUUGAAUUGAGAACUUUGACAAGACACUCAGAGAAUGCUAGACCUGUUGGCUAAGCUGCUGACUUCUGUGCUACACCCAGGGAUAGCUAUUGCCUUAUUUUUGACACUUUCCUUAGCACCUUAUUUUUGUGUGUUUGUCUGAGGGAGUGAAUGUAUGCCUAUUGGAACAUACACUAUCUGUAAUAGGGGAAAAGGCACAACUUGAAAUGUUCUAAGUAUAUGCUUCAUUCUAUAUUUUAUGUGACUGAUGUAAUGCUUUAAGGCAAUUUUUCUGGACGCUGAUUUGACUAGUCUUUGUACAACACUGAUCUGCAGCUAGUUUUUGUGAGAGAUUAAAAGAUAGUAGGUCAGGCUUGUUUCCCCCACUCCUCAUGAACUCAACAAAUUUCAUUCCUAGAGCUCUCUGUUAGCAAUCACUUCCUUAAUACAUCCUGCAGACAACUGGGGGGGGGGGGCAAAGUGUUACUCCUCAGAGGUCUGGAUUUGGCCCUGCAGCCUCUGUUGCUAUUUCUAAUGUAAGGUAACAUUAGAAACAAAAAUGCUGAUUGAAACUGGCUAGUGUUAGCUUGUAAAGAGCUGCAUGACUGGUUACUUGUAUCAGGUAAAGAAGAUGUUCAGGUGGGGAACUUUUGUAAAUUAGUGAUAACAUGCCAUAGGUUAAUAAUACCUGCAUAGGUGAGAUGGCAUUCCAGUAACCUUUGUGGGAUUACUUGCAAGGUUGGGCUAUUAUAUAGACUUUAAUUUGUGAUUUUCUCUUUAUUUUCAACAGCGAAACCAUUUACUCAGCUGGUGAAAGAAAUGCAGCUUCAUCGAGAUGACUUUGAAAUCAUAAAAGUAAUUGGGAGAGGUGCAUUUGGUGAGGUAAGAUGCCAUUGGAGCUCAGUUUUAGAUACAUUGUCUAUUGUAAGUUUUUGGUAAAUAUACUGCAUGCUUUACUUUCAAACUGUUUCUCUUUUAACUAUUUUUAGUUCAUUGGACUAAGUGAACUCCAAACCACAAAAGCUUAUGGCACAAUAAAAUAGCUUGGUUUUAAGGUGCUUCAGGAAUCUUUAUUGUAUUUGCUAAAUUAAACCAAUUCCCCCACCCUUUUAGAAUAUUUAACUCUAUAGCUGUCAUAGCCUAGGGGUGAACAGUUCAUACAUAUAGGACUGAAUCCAGUUGGGUCCUUCAUUUUGUGGAAGGGCUUUUGAUCCAGUGGAGGCCUCCACUAAUGGAAGAGGAGAAAAUACAGUUUUCACUGAUUUUCCUUGCAACCCUAAAAAUCUGCUCCAGAGAGUUGAAAGACAGCAUGUGCAAGAAGAAGGAGAAAUUGGCAAAAAAUUCCCUCCAUCCCACUUGUUGAUCAAAGAUGCUUCCAUGACACUAUUGGGUAGAACCCAUAAUGUGUUGGAAUUCCGGCUAGCCUAGCAUGAGGCAAAAAGUUUGUAGUGGCUAGUGAUCUGAAUUGUAAAAGUGCACAGGAAAAAAUGUUAGCUUUUAUUGAUGGGGAUAUAGUGUGAAAAAUGUAGAGAAUUAUUUGUUAAUUAAUUUCUAUUGAGGCAUGAUUUUGGAAAUCACAUCUAAAUAUAGUAGCUAAAUUAGCAAAGUGAUGAUAAAGAGACAUAAUGCAUAAUGUUUAGUCUUGAAGAUAGCGUUCUGUUAAAUCCAAGGGAAUGUAUGCUUCCAUGAUAAAUGGGAGUGGAAUAAAUGUUUUAAGAGCCUUCUCAGUCAUAUACAAUACUGUGAGAUUUAUUUUGGUAAAAGGGCUAUCUCGGUGUCUGGGCAAGUACUUCUGCCUUCUGAGACAGCACUUAACUAAUUGUACUGGAUCCCGGGAGAAUGUUGCAUGCUGAAAAGAGUUCAGGGUGUGCUUUGGAUUCAUCAGCAGAAUCUGGCUGCAACUGCAUAAUCCCUUUAGGUUCUUCCUAGGCUUGUGUAUGUGAACUGGGAAUUCUCAUUUCCUACCCUCUUCCCAAUAGCAACUCAUUACAAUACACCAGAAACUGGUUUUGAAGGUUGCUGGAGCUACCACUUGCUAGGGAAGCAUGCAGAGCUGCUUCUGAACCAACAAGGGCAUUGCUCGUGCAACUGGAUCUCUUGCAUUGGUAUUAUAUUUCCAUGGGAGAUUUAAUCAUUGACCUGCCUCAGCAUCCUUGAUUUCUGGAAAUAUAAGCUGAACGGAAAGAGAAUUGAAAAUUGUGUAUCAGUGGUAUUUCCAGUCCUAGACCCUGAACUGGAAGUCCAGCCUUUGGUUAAUAGCCUUUGUUUAUUGCAGGGUAUUGGUUCCCUGACAAAUCAGGUCUUUAAUUUAUAAAGGGACAUUUCCAGUCCUUGGGAACACUUAGGAGGCUACCUUAUACUGAAUCAGGCUCACUAGUCCAUCCAGCUCAGUCCUGUCUUUACUGAUUGGUUCUUCAGGGUUUCAGACAGGGACCCUCUCCUCCCCAACCUGGAGAGGCUGGGGAUUGAACCCGAGGCCCCCUGCAUGCAAGACAGAUGCUCUAUCACUGAGCUACAAUUCUACGCUUCUAGUGGUUUGUAGGAGAGACCAUUAUACUCUUCAGAGUAUACUCUGUGUCAGUAGUCUAGGAAUUUUAUUUUUUGAUUCCCUCUAUAGCAUUUUGCAAACUUAGAACAGAUUAUCUAACCUGCAGUGGCACUGUUCUAAAUAAGCUAUUACUAUGUCUUUUAAUUCAGACCAUUACAUUGUAUUUUUGUUAGAUAAAAAGUUUACAUAAUCCUCAGAAUGGGAAGCUCAAGCCUUUGUUUAGAAACCAUUGAUUACAGCGCUAUUGAAUUAAUAAAAAUGGCAUUUUGGGUUGUGGAAUGAUGUUGCUUAAUAUGGUGUGUCUAAGCAUGUUCUCGCACCCUAACAGUCAUAUUUGCUGUGAUGAUGAUACUGAUUUUGCUUUGGUGUUCUCCACAUCAAUGUGCAAAGGACAGGUGCAAAGUGCAAAGGACAGGUGUAAAUAUGUAGGACUGUUAAAGGCCCAGGUGCAUGCUCAUUGCAUGUUUAGGAAAAGCUAUAGGUAAUGAUGUGCUGCUUUGGCUUCUGAUUGGUCAAUAAGGGAAUGGUCUCUUUCUGCCAUGUGGAUGAAGAGUGGUUGUGUUUACCUAACUUUAGGUGCUAUAGUGUUUUAGAAUGGGCCCCUCUGGGUCAUCUGUAGAAGGUGACAUGUGUGGUGCUGUGUUUUGGAAAAGAGACUAGAUAAAGGAGAAAAUAUUAAGAAGAGACCACAGUUACCUAUACUAUCAAGAUAUUUUAUUUCUGCUUACAAUUGCAUGGUCUAUUUUUAUAAUUCAGUGUGUAGAAUGUGUCCUAGAAAGAGAGGAUAUGCUUCAAAUUCAUUUAAAUAGGAACCCAUCAAUGAAGCAAUCAGUCAGUGUUUUGCUCCUGAUGUUGCUGUCUGUUCUAAUUUGGUGGAGUUCCUGUAUCCUAUUUUAGAGCUUUACCAGCUCCUGGCUUGUAUAUGGUGUAUGUGUUUGUCUCUCAUAUAGCAUUUGCAACAGAAUAUGUUCUUUUUCUCCUUGUGUUUUCUCUCAGUGGCUUCCGAUUUGGGGAAAGGAACAGAGAAAAACAUCCUGUUAUUUUACAUUUCUGUUGUUUCCAUUAAUUAAUUGAGUGAUUACCUAUUUUAUUAUUAUUGAUGAUAAGAUUUUUAAAAUAGCAGAACAUUUAGUUUUGAUUUACCUUCCCUAACCGGGGUGGGGGGGCGGGGGGGACAGUCCUCCAGCUGAUCCCUCUCCUUGAUUGGAAGAGGUUUUGCAUUGUAACUCUGCACUUAAGUUCUGUCCACAAACCCAGGAAGACGGGUUUUCUUGCUGUACUUUAAUCUUUAAUCUGGAAAGCUGUCUUAACAUCUAUAAUCCAUGGAAUCUUAAAUAGUUUUAGUUUAUUAGAAAUUUAUUCAGCCUGAGAAGUUAUUUUAAGGAUUCCUCCAAAUAUAGUACAUACAAGUUAGAUAUAUUCUGAAAUGCAGUAGAACAGUAAAGCAUGUUUGUGAAAAUGCUCAGAACAGUUUUAGAUUGUGCAAGUGCUAGUUUACAUUAUAUAGCUUUCUUAAUUAAAUAACCUUGUUCAAAAAGGCUGAAAAUUAAUAUGUAUUAAUAUGAUAAGCAUUUAAUGAAAAGGUUAGUGCACCCAUGUUGGCUUUUUCAGUUGCUAAUGUCACACACCCCCAAGAAAUAUUUCAGAACAAUUCUUUAUAUAAAUAAGCCACUGAAGCUAAUUUUAGGUUUAUUGGUGUUCAUUAUUUCAUGGUAAAGGCAAACAAAUUCAUUAUAUUAAAACAAAGAAUCAUGCAGCAGCUCAAAUACAUAAGGUGGAAUUCAGUGUAACAAAGGUCAUUCCAUCAGUGCAAACAUUUCUGCUUGCCUGACAGAACAAUUUCCUCCUUCAUCUCUCUACACACCAUUCUGGGGCAGUGUUCGAAAUUAGCAGGGCACCAGGUGCACUUUGCUCCUAAAGAUUUUCCAUUUGUGAGCACCUCAAAAAGUCUGGGUGCCAUUUUUUUUGCGUUUGGCUGACACUCAAGGAUUAAUGAAAUGUAUGUGCUUUGAAGCCUUGAAGUAUAUGUUAAGGAUAGAUAAUAUGUUAAGGAGUUUAACAAUAAAGAGUAGAGUGUUUUGAAAAGUAUGGUACCAGUAUUUUUAUUGUAAACACCAAAUUAAAUAUGUAUUAACAAUUUAGGCUACAAAUAUGACAUUAAAAUGUAUCACUUUUGUGAAUUGCAUAUUAAUCCAUGCUUACUAAAAUAAUAAAUAAAAAGCCGGCUACUAGGCAUUCUGUUUUGGUGCCCACCACCCAGGUCCCAGAAGCCAUUUGGCUCCUACCUUUUCUACUCCAGUUUCUAACACUGUUCUGGGGGUACUCCUGACCCUCCAGAGUAGAUUUGGGGGGAGUUGUGGCGGGAAGCAACAUUGCAAUAGCAGAAUUCCUUGAGCUGGCUUCUACUGAUAGUUGAAUCUGGUCCCUGUUUUAUGCCAUAAGAAAAUGUUAAGUGUUUCAACGCUCAAAAGUUUGUUGCAGCAAAAACAACAAACAGAACUACCCCCUCUUGUCACCUGUGUUAAACAAUACAGCCUGAUCUUCACAUUAAAGCACAAUGUUCAAUUUACACCUAGUAUUUGGGCUUGCUCCCAUAAGUUCUAAAUAUUAUUUUCUGGUACAGAGAGGAUUUGGGUUUUUGGUUGUGUGAUGCAGCCAUGGCUCCACUUCCGUAAAAGCCACAGCUGCUUUGUAUUGAUAAGUCCAUUGUGUCACACAAAAUGGACAGGGACAUAGAGGGAAAAAUGACUUCACAUCUAUUUUUUCCCUAUAGAAUAAAGAGCAGAAUGGUUCUUCCCUCCCCAAAAGAACUCUCAUAUAUUUUGUGAGCAAAUAAGGACACUUAGUAGCUGUUGUUUGCACAUUUUAGUCUAGACAGUGAAUUUUAUUCAAAGUACAGGCAGCAGCUUGGUUGUCAGUUUUAAUGAUUAAUGACACGCGUAUGUGAAAAAUACUAUAUUUUUCAAAAUAUCAAGCAGCAGGUUGGAUUGAACAGGGAAUCAUAUAAAGGGAUAGCUGCCUUUAUAGGUUAUUUAUCACUUCUGCAACAAUACAUUCCAUGCCUAAUAUGAGCAAAAAUCCAAGAGUUCAGUAUAGCUAAUCAUUAUUCCAUUUUCUCAGUAUGAAGAUAGAUUUAAAAAUGCUUUUGUGUUUUCUGGAUUGCUUUUCAGUGGCCAGAAAACUGAUAAUGAACCAUGCAGAUCAUGCCUUAAGUGCCCAGUCACAGUGCAAAGGUGUAGUUCUUUCAUGAAUGAGAUACUGAUGAAAAUUCUUCAUGUAAUCUAAGCAGUAAUGACUGCCUGAUCUAGUGCCCAGAUUUAGACAGUGGCGAUGGAAGAUGUACUGCUACAUUUGCUGUUGCUGCUGAAACAGGCAUAGGGCAUCCAUCAAUUUCUGUUUUGUUUUAACCUCUUGGGUCCUAAAACCUUAUUGUGCAUAACCCCUUAUCCCAACCCCUUACAGUAACUUCUUCUCUUGUCUUCCUAUGUUGGAAUUGUGUGUGUUCGAAGAGGGAUAUAAUUCCACGCUCCUCAGUUGGUUUAUAGGCAAUAAUCUUAAUACAAAGGAGAUACUCCUCAUUCAACUAGAUUAAUGCCACCUAACAAAGUAUAUGAGCUGUCUGGUGACAACUCACAAAUUUGGGGGUUAGAGUUUGUAUAACAGCUAGGUCGUAGGACUGAAUUAAGAAUAUACUACUGACCCACCGCAUGCACUAGUGCAAGCUAGUCAAUACAGCACGCUCAGUUACAGGCAGCCCCUGUUUACACAGGGGUUAUGCAUACGGCGGUGAAAUCAUGUAUAAUUGAAACCAUAGAAAAAGCCUGCAAGCACCCUAUCCCACCCCUUUAGUGAUGUUUCAUUGACACCUUUAUGACGUUUCUGAGUUCAGCAUGAUGCAUGUAUACAUGUUCGCACACAAAUGAACAUAUGUAAACGGGCUGCCUGUAUAACAUGACAGUAUAACAGGAGCAAAAGUUUAAAAAAUGUAAAAUAGAGAAACACUGAGACAUUGAGGCUUAAUUCUUGGCCUUUCUGGAUGAUAUGUAGACCCAUUUCAAUCUGGCUUCAAGUCUGGCUUUGGAAAAGAGACAGCUUUGAUGACCUACUCCAGAAACCAGACAGCUGGGAGUGUGCCUUUCUUGAUUUUGUUGGCUGUUAGUGCCUGUCAUUGAUUAUGGCAUCCUUCUGCAUAGCCUGGCUGGGCUGGAACUUAACAACACUGUUUUAUGGUGCUUCCAUUCUUUUCCGGAGAGGCUGUUCCAGAAAGUAGUGCUGGCGAACUUCUACUCAUUCCCUUGGCCUGAGGGAAUCUCUAUGGGAUUCUUAUGUCUUCCAUGUUGUUUGAUAUCUAUAGUGAACUGCUGGAAGAGUUUGAAUGAAGAUUUGGAAUUGGGUUCCGCCAUGCAGGCCAGACGGAGGUGCUCCUCAGUAUUUUGGUGCUCCAGAGGAGUCCAUGGGGUCCAACAGGGCAGCCUGGUUGCUUCAGCACCACAGAGAGCUCCGAUGGAGCAAAUCGCUCCAAUGAGGACUAGAGGUCACCUAUGAUUGUUUGGGCCUCUGCCUCCAGUUUUCCUCUCCUGUGGUUUUUGUUUUGUUUUUUAAUCGGGGGGGGGGUGGUACUCAAGGGCACGCAGUACUGGCAUCCCCCCCCCCUGCUUAAAAAGUGAACACUUAACUUUUACAACUUCAUGGUGAGUAGCGACACCCAUUUUUCUAGAAAAAAAAAGCACUGCACUCUACUAGUUGAAAAACUUCAGAUGCAAAGGUCCCUGCUCUGGUUCUAUGGACUCUGGUCAUAUAGAAUCCACACCAGCAGCCUUGAACUUAACAUCCUCUGGUUCAGAGGGUCUCCGAUCACCACUGUUGGUCUCAAAAACAGAGUUGAGUUCCUAAGUCCAGUGAUCCUGAUUUGGUAUCCUGGACUCUAGAAUAAUGGCAUUCUAGUCAGUAGAUUUACAAUGUUAUAUGCGGCAGGAAGCCAGGGUAUAAACAUUUGAAUGAAUAAAUUUGCAAGGCUAGGGAGGGAUAAAGGAAUAUAGUUGGAAACUUCUAAGUAGCUUUUUUAUUAUGAAUUGUAGUAUUUGGAUUCCAAUGCAUUUCGUUGUUUUCUAUUGGCACACACAGUUGUGGCUUCUGUGUUUUAGAACUUAGCUCUGCAACCAUGAAACCUAGAUUUUAAAAAAGAAAAGUCGUAUACCAGAUAAGCAGUUGGUAUUAGAAAUUUCAUAGAAUAAGCAGCUCUGCUUAUAAUUGUAUGUCAGCAGUAGUGAAAAGCUAAACUAAUCCUACUUUCUACUGCUCUUUAGGACCUGCUAGUGCUUGCUUCACUGAUUUCUAGAAAACGUGCACUUGUCAAGGUUCCAAGACUCAUUACAGUGUUGUAAUGAGUCUCCCACUUAGCUGCCCAGAUUUUAAGAUAGUGUGUGUGUUCUCUCCCAAAAUUAACUUCGUUUAGUAGAAGUGAUGAUACUAGCCUAGGAAAUAACAUCAUUGGGGGAGGGCUGUAGCUAGAGGCAGAGCUACCCUGAGUAGUAGAACAUCUGUCUUGCAUGCAGAAGGUCCCACAUUCAAUCCUCAGCAUCUCCUGGUAGGCCUGGGGAGAGACUUCCUGUCUGAAAUCCCAGAGGGCCACUGCCAGUUAGUGUAGAUAAUACUGAGCUAGAUGGACCAGUAGGUCUGAGGCAAAUUCCUAUCAAUGAUACAUUAGCUGUAGCCAAAGGGUUCCGCCCACCCCACCCACCAAUGUGUCUCUAAAAUGCAUUUCAUUGAAGAGCAGUCUCUUCUCUUUUUGUGACAGGACAUCCACAGUUGUUUUUAUUGAGCUAUGGAAUUUAGGGAACUUCCACAUUUCAGGUCAAAUUUAUUUGGCCUUCUAACCCAAAGUAGUCUCUUGCAUCACUUGCUUCCUGGUGCCUUUUAAGUAAAGCUGUUAGAGAUGAGUGAAACAUCCUUUAAGUCCUGAGUUAGUAACUAAGUUUUAAUUGGAAUCAUAUUUUGAAUAAAGCAAGAGAUGGAGAGCCAGCAAUGCUGACUUUGCUGUGCAAUCCAAAACAAAGGCAAAGAAUUAUUGAAUCACUUCUUUAUCAGCAUUAGCUGUGACCAGAAAGGCUGACCAAAAGGCUGACCAUUCCUUCUAAGACAAAGGCAAAGGAAUCCUAGAAAGAAAGCAACAUAAAACAUGUUUCCUUGCAUCCAAGGUCUAUGCUUAGAGCCAGAUUUGAAUCCGUGGGUCACAACUUGCUUUUCUCUUAACCUUUUGUCUGCUUUGCUCAUUUUAGAGGGGUGCGUGUGAUCACUUUUAUUAUAAUUGAAUUAAUCCAGAAUAACUUCUCUGCGGUUGUGCUCAAGUCAAUAGUGUUAAAGAAAAUUCUCAAGUACAAUUUGCAAACAUGGAGCUGGAGCUGGAAAAAUCUUGGGCAUUUAAAAAUUGUAUGCUGCCCUAGGAUCUAGGAGUUUCCAGUGCUUUGCCAAUCUGACACGUGCUGAAGAAUGGGGACAGGUUCAUAAUCUCUAUGGCUCUUUCAGCCACCUAAACUGUGUAUGAUAGAGUGAUAAAGGUUGCAGAUCCGUAUUAGGAGUGUGCACCCUAAGCUUGGACAGAUGUUUUCUAUUGGUCUUGCAGUAAAAUCAUGUUGCUACUAAAUACUCACAUAUAGGUCAUUACAGUGGUGCCCCGCAAGACAAAUGCCUCGCAAGAUGGAAAACUCGCUAGACGAAAGGGUUUUCCGUUUUUUGAGCUGCUUCGCAAGACGAAUUUCCCUAUGGGCUUGCUUCGCAAGAUGGAAACGUCUUGCAAGUUUGUUUCCUUUUUCUUAACACCGCUAAUACAGUUGCGACUUGACUUCGAGGAGCAACUCAUAGAACGCAGUGUACAUAGUAGCCUUUUUUUGAGGUUUUUAAAGACUUUGGUGAUUUUUGAAGCUUUUCCAAAACUUCUUUUGCAGCCAUUUGGUAAGUUAAGCUUUCAAAACUUCUUUGGGGGGUUUUGGAUUUUGGGUUGGGGUGUUUGGAAUUCAAGGACUUGGUGUUGGGGAGGGGUUUGCAAGAAUCUGGAAGCUUGUGUGUUUUUUUUCUGCAUUUUUAUGAUUUUCUGUGACCAUUGGGACACUCUGCUGUUUUUUUUAAAAAAAUUCUGGAUUUGAAUUUCUGUGUGCUGGGUGGCUGGGGGAACAGUUGGGGAGGGGUUUGCAAGAAUCUGGAAGCUUGUGUGUGUUUUUUUCUGCAUUUUUAUGAUUUUCUGUGACCAUUGGGCCACUCUGCUGUUUUUUUUAAAAAAAUUCUGGGUUUGAAUUUUGAAAUGCUCUUUACAGUAUGUGUGACUUUAAAGUGCACUUAAUAAACUCUUGUUGUACCAAAUUUGGCUUUGUUUGGACUUUUUUUGACCAUAGGAACGCAUUAAUUGAUUUUCAAUGCAUUCCUAUGGGAUUUCGUGCUUCGCAAGACGAAAAAUUCGCUAGACGAAAAAAUUCGCGGAAUGAAUUAAUUUCGUCUUGCGAGGCACCACUGUAUGUGCAUCUCUUUCAAAUACUUGUUUAAUUUGGCCCCCUUCAAACUGGUGUCUAAUUUGUUUCCUUCUAGGGUACUAGCUCUUGUUUUAUGUGUGGUUACUCUGCAUAAACUUCUUAUUGACUAGAGGAGCAGUGUGAAAUUUCCAACUAAUUAGGUCCGGCAGGCUUCCCCAUUUGGCCCCAAGGGAAUUUUGGCUAAGCCAUGCCCUCCUGCCUUACACCUGAAGUCAUAUAUAUCAUCAGGAGUGGUGCAGGUAAAGGUGCAGCUGAGCCAGAAGGAGGUGUGCAGGUACCUGCAAAACCUUAUGCAAAUUGCUGUGUACCAGGCUUCACAAGCUACAAUAACCAGGUGGUUUCUUAAGAUCUAAUGAGCAGCUAAUCGUCAGUGAUUUGUGAAUUAUGCCUUUGCCAGUGUGGUUUGAUUUCAAACCGUGCAUGCAGAAACAGGCCACUUGUCAAUAUCAGGUGCUUUACAGCUGGCCCACAAAGGGUGGUGGAAAUAAUUACCUGACCUGCUGGCCAGAUCCAGCCCCCCCCCCCCCGCCUAGAGACAUAGGGCUGGAUCCAGUUGUGCUUUCCUGUUUGCAGAAGGGACUUUUAUCCAACAGAUGCUUCUGCUAAUGCAGGGGAAGAUGAUUUUCAUCAAUUCCUUCUCACUAUAGCAGCCCCCUGUACCCUGAAAAUCUAUUCCAUAGGUCGGGAAUCCUUCCAGAACCUUCUGGAAGUGGUUCAGGGGACGGCAGGGGGAAGUGGGAAUCGACACACACACACACACACACACACACACACACACACACAAAAUCUCCCCCAAUUAUUUCUUUAUAAGAAUUCUUCACACCCUUCACCAUAAGAUCCCAGGGUGGGCUUCACCAAUAUAAUGUUCAGUUAUUAAAACAAAGAGAACAAUUACAGUUAUAAAAAUAAGUAAUGCCAUUCCAACCAGAAUGGUGUCUUCUGUUAGUGGACACUUCUACUAAAUCAAAGACUCUUUCAUGAAUGGAAGGACAUAAUAAUAUGCAUCCCAUAGUAAACAAAUACUGCUGUUUUUGGUCAGUAAUGUGCAGAUGGUGGCCAUUUUGUGCUGGGGUUCCGUUCCUGACCAUCACAUUUGUCGGUGGAGCGUGUAUAAGCAUACCCUGCCCCAUUAAGCCUCCUUUCGGGUCCAGAAGCACCCACAUCGGUGAUCGCGCCUGAAAUGGUCGUUGCCUGUACAGUCCCCCCACAUCUUCCUAUAAAAGGCUUCCCAUUUAUUUGUUCAUAAGUAUUUGGUGACACAUGACCCACUGUUUACCCUUAGGAUGUGCAGGUUUGCAUGUGUAUAUUUCCCAGUAGUCCUUAUUUAAAUAUGAAACGGAUUAUCAGUAGCAUGUUGAUCUCCCCCAAAUUUACAGUAGGGUGAAAUGUAAGAUGACAUUCAUAUUGUGAUAUUCUUUCUUCAUCAGAAAAUGUAUUUCAUUUCAGAAGUUAUCAAUCCAUUCAAAAUUGUUAAAAUGUCAUUGACUUCUUUUUUUUUAAAUUCAGGUUGCAGUUGUUAAAUUGAAGUGCACGGAGCGCAUUUAUGCAAUGAAGAUUCUAAAUAAAUGGGAAAUGCUUAAAAGGGCAGAGGUAAGUGCAGUAUUUCCAAUUCAUAGAUUUCUUUUUUUUUAAAAAAAUGGCAUUAAAGAAAAUCACAGUGAACUUCAGCCAGAUUAGAAAGAAUUACUGCAUGAGCAUAUAGGAGCUUGAUUCCUCCCUGCAAUCCCCCCCCCCCAAAGUGAGCUGCUUUAAUGCAAUCAAGUCUGACAGUCCCUUCGAGGCAUCUGUUGUUCUCAGCAAUACUGUGUAUUCGUUUACCAGACAGUCUGCCCUAGUUUUUUUUACCAUGAAUUAUAUUGGCCAGAUUUUUGUUUACUAUAAAACCAAGUUAAAGACUACAUGGAGGCUUCAGAUUUCAGUUGCUAUGACAUACAGAGCCACAUGCUAAAUGCAUUAUUCAAGACAAAGAAUGUAAGUUUGUGCAAUUUGAAAGUCAAGUCUUCAAGGAGGAUAGUUAAUUGAGGGAGGAUUUUUUCAGUUCCUUAAAAAAGAUCAGAAUGUAUUUGUGAAAGGAAAACACUGAAGCAGUGUUGAUCCCUUAAUAAAUGUAAUACUUGGUUCUGAAAUGUUAUAAAUGCCUUGAUAGACCGUAUACGUACCUUUAAAAAGACUGGGACACAAUAUGCUGAAUAAAGCAUCUUAGCAUAGUACGCAUCACAGUAGAAUCAGUGAAGAAUGCAUUAGCAAAAAACUAAACAAUGAUGAUUUAUAACAAGACAUAUAUGACAUUUAGCAAGAACUCUCAGAAGUAUAAAGGAAACUUGGUUGCAAAGUUCACAUACAAGUCUAGUGCCUAGUUUUCAUUAGACAGACAUAUAUAUGACUGGAUGCUGCCUUGCAUUGUAGGGAUACCAUAUCCAGUCUCUGGUACAAUACAACCUUUAUCAAUCUAAGAGUUUCAUAGCUCUCCAGUUCUUUAUUUACCACUUUAUUUUUCACGUAAGAAGUCCUGGGAAAUAGUUUCUAUUCUGCACACAUAGAUAUAGUCCUAGCUGCUGCUAGAAAUCUGUCACUUCCCUAUUCCAUGGCUUGUUCAGAUGUUUGAAAGGAAAAUGACACCAUUUCCUUCCCUACCCUAUAUGGCUUGGUUUUGCUAUCUGUUGAACGGUGCUAGCUCUUUUUCUUACUACUACUACUACUGUUGUUGUUGUUGUUGUUGUUGUUGUUGUUGUUGUUGUUGUUGUUGUAUUGUUAUAUUUAUACCCAGCCACUCUGGGUAGCUUAUAAAUGGUUUUGCUGUGUUCAUGUGCCCUCUGAGGGAAAUAAAUAUAGAAAUAAAAAUUCUGAACUAGUUAAGAAGCUGUAACAGACCCAUUGUAUAAAUGGGUCAGUUGGGUAUGGUUAACGAGUUUUGUGAUCAAAGAAAUGUUUGACUUUGUAAAACAAAAAUGGAACUUUUACACUGCAAUUUUUUAAUGAUUUGGUGGUUUAUAAAUAUUCAUAGAAUGAGAUACUGAGCCUUUUGGACUUGUCUUGAAAUGUUCUUUUGAUAUAUUGUAAGUAGUAAAUGGUUCCUUGCUAUGAAUAUUGGUGUGUUGCAGAAUUGGUGUAAACAUGUGUUUGCACCUAUGUUUUCUGCAAAGAUGUCAAAUAUUUAAAAGAACUUCCCUUUCCCUUUUUAGACUGCUUGUUUCCGAGAAGAAAGAGAUGUUUUGGUGAAUGGAGACUGCCAGUGGAUUACUACAUUGCACUAUGCCUUUCAGGAUGAAAACUAUUUGGUAUGUGAAAACUGCAAUUCUUUAAAGGAAUGGGGCAGUGACUCCUAGUUUCUCAGUUGGGUAUCUUUUUUGAAUCUAGAGCAUUAUCUGCCUGCCUGCUUGUGUCUUUAUUGUGGACGAAAAACAGAUUCCCUACAUCAUUCAUAUACACUUUAUUUUGCUCUUUUGAUAUGUUGAUUUGCCAUUAAACGUAAUGAGCUAGAGUGAAUUGAAUUAGAUUGUUCAUUAAAUGCUUUUAUUCUCUAGUUAUUUACCUUGGCUCAGUUGCAUUAUGUGUUAUUUUAUACACAAGAUCCCGAGGCUUCUGCUCAAAUCCAGGGUGGCACGACUGAUUUGAGGGCCAACUGUGGCUUUUAGAAUGUUAAGUUACAGCUCUGAAAUAUUUCUGAGAAAAAACACAGAAAAACUCCAACUUUAGAGUGCAGUCCUAUGCAUGCUUCUCCAGGAGCCAGUCUCACUUACUUAAAAGGGAUUUAUUCUUAGUAAGUAUGACUAGGUUUGCAGUGCCAUUGCAUAUGUUUGGAGGGCUGGGGCUCAGCAGGGGGCAGCUGUAGUGUCCAAGGGCUAUUGCAGAGAAAUUGCACCCAAAAAUUACCUUGCUUGUGUCUUUGAAGAGAGUUAUUGAGGAGCAGACAUGCACAGACAAGGGAACAUACAAAAUGGAUUCAGUUCUCGGGAACCUUGGUCAAAGUUACUGUACCCAAAUGAUUGAGUAGCCAGAUUUCCUUUUAUUUUCUUGUACUUUUUUACAGUUAUGUUUUCCAAACCAAAUUAACCCUUCUCACCUUUGGCACAGUUUCUGCACUUAAUUUUAUUCUGUGUAUCUUUUAAUUUGAAGUAUUGUUUUUUGAAAAUCUUUCUUCACUGAUUAUCCUGUGGUUUGGAGACAGGAAAGCACAGAGAAAAUACUGCAUUUUUUUUUAAAAAAAAGUUUAAAUAAAAUCAUUUAAAUUCCAGAAAGCAUUUUUGUCAGUCCCAGAAUUCUUACAUGACAAGCAGUCAGUAUCUUUGACUGUUGGCUGACCCAUAUUCUCAAGCUGUUUUCUCUUGAGUUAACUGCCUGUCAAGAACUGAUGAUACCAAACUUCUGACCCAGCAGAUUGUCUCCAAGGCAUCAUUUUACAAGUCUUAAGGACAACUCUAUAACCAUAGCUCUUGGAAUCUAUUUUCAUAGCAAAAUAUUGCCACUCAGUUUUCUGUGUAAAUGCUCUAAAAUAUUCCUGGAAGCUAUUCAGUUACCCACAAUGAGUUAAUAAAUAGAACUUUCACUGGAUGCAAUUAAGUCAGGCACCUUCAUUAUAACUCAACUAUUUGAUCAAUUUAUUCAGCUACAUUUGCACCCCACCUUUCAUCUGUCGCACUCAAGGUAGCGUAGGUUUCUAGAACUGACCAGACUUAGAGCUGCUUAGCUUAAUGUCAUCUUCCUUCAGUUCUUGACCUGGGACCAUGCCACUCACACACACAUUCCCAUAUUUCACUGAAGCUUGCAGAGGAGAAAUGUUUGAUGGCUUGUGCCCACUUUAGCAACUGGCUGUAGGAAAGCUUGAAAUAGCUUAACUUUCCAUCUUUCCUGUAACUGCAUUACUUAAUAAUUUAAAAGCACAUUUUAAAUACAUUUUGAUAUUUCUGUGUUUUAUUUCCAUGGCUCUAAUUUGCUUUAACUUUUAAUGCUGAAUUUUAAAUUGUUGCAACCCUCCCUAGGACCUGCUGGUGAAGAGCCAGUAAUAAAUUGGAUGGUAAUAAUUUAAAGACAUCAGCCUCUUUGACUCCUCUUUUUGCAGACACAUCUUUUGUGCCGUGGUUGUGCAGUUGCUGAAUGUGAUCAGUUGGAUCGCAUUCUGCAUUGAUUUUCACCCAUGUUGUUUAUUUUGUCUUUGCAUUUUUCCCCCAGUACUUAGUAAUGGACUACUAUGUGGGUGGUGAUUUACUGACCUUACUUAGCAAGUUUGAAGACAAGCUUCCUGAAGAUAUGGCCAGGUUCUACAUUGGGGAAAUGGUGCUUGCUAUACAUUCCAUUCAUCAGCUACAUUAUGUGCACAGGUAAGGAUUCUGUCUUGUUGGUUGUGAAUAAAUAAAUAACAUUGUGGAGGAAACCCUUGCAACUUAGGGGUAAGCAAUUUUCUUAAAACAGAAAACCCCCACCUCCAACCAAACAUUUUAUACAUCUCUAUACAUUGUGGCUACACCAAGUCUGCUGAUAAAUAUUUCUUAUUUUGAGUGGUACAGUUUUGGCUUCAUAAGCAUUGACAUGUUCACCUGAAGAUUAGAAAUAAAUAUAAGAUUGAUGUAGUAAAAACAGGAAUAGCUAUGAUAUCCCUCCUGUGGGGUGCUCUUUAUUUCCUUCCUGUCUUCACAGUGAUAGAAGAGUUAGCAACUCUUCCAGACAUAUGUAGCAAUGGUUCCACCACCAGUUCUGUUGUCGGUCAUGUCCUUUUUGUCCCAUGUUUUCAGCUUUCCAAAACAUAGCUUUUAUAUUUAAACAGUCAAAAUGUAAUUCACCAACUUACUUUAAAAAAUACACACCAUCAAAUUUUAAAAUGCUGCAAGUCUUUCUCCAGGGGAGAGGAUUUUGUGAUACGUUAUAGAUGUUGGCCAAUCUGUACUUUGUGCAGCUGCUACAACUCAGCAAAACGGAUGUUCUGAUUCUGAGAAUUAGAUGAGGUAUACCUGACUAGAACACGUUAUAUGCACUUCCAGAUUGCAACUCUUUAUAUGCAUUUCAUGCACUUCUAAAUAAUAUUUCUUUUCCCAAUUAAUAAUAAGCAGAAAAAUAAGCAUAUAACUAAGGUGAGCCUCACACUGAAGGAUGACAUUAUGUGGAAGUGUUUACAGUGUGCGCUUGGCACAAAUAAUCACAACUGCAAAUUACACAUAUAAGAAAAUGACCCCAUUUAGUUAGGGGUGAACACCCAGAAUGUUAAAUUGUACGUAAUACGAAGGAAGCUUGAAUAUGUGAAACAGAGGGGGAUAGCUAGAGCGCUCUUGAGCUUUGAUGGCUUAAUUCUUGCAAUAGCAAAUAAUAGCAUUUGGAACAUAAUCAAUGCAUAAAAAGAAAUAAAAAUUAACAGCAUGGCAUCAGAAAUGUCAAGUUGUCUCAUCUAGAAACCUCUUAAUGUGUAUCAGUACAUGAUUAGUGAGCAAGGAAGCUCAAACUGCAGAUCAGCUAAUAUUUUGUAUUAAUAGAAAUGCCCACAGAUUCUGAGGCCAUGUGGCCAUUUAAAAAAUAAUAAUUUGGGGUUACUACAAGAUCUGCUGAAGAGUUGGAAGUUACCAAACUAAUUUGGGGCAUAUAUAUAAAGAAUAUGCACUCCUCUGUAUUUUGAUGUCACAGCUUAAGCCUAACAAUAUUUACUGAUAAGUAAACUCCAUGUUUUUAUGCUUAAUUAUAGUUUAAGAAUAUCAGAACAACUAAUAGGGAUUAAUUACAAUCUGGGGCAAUUACACAAUUGUCUAUUCUUCUGUCGUACUUGUUGGGAUAUGGAAUUUCUUUUUGGGAAGUGGCUCAAUGUACAUUGGUGUAACAUGGCAGCCAUCAAAAAUCAAGUCUGCCAUUUGGUAGUUGCCCCCAUUUCUGAAUUCUUUUAUAAGACAGAUUUCAACAUGGCGGUCUGUUUGAGGCAAUUGCAAAAAAACAACAACCCCACCACUGGUGGGGAUGUGAGAGACAUAGGAAGUACAUGGAUCCACAGUGGUCAUCCAGAUGCUUAUGAGCAUCCUGAAUCCCAGUGCUCGUGUUGGGAUGAUUUAAAACACAGUUUAGUAUACCACAAGGGCAACUUCCCACGGCAGGACCUGAGGGCAACUAUCUCUCUCGCAUGGCUGUUUCCCAGCAACUUGUACUCAGAGGCAUGCUGCCUCUGAUCCUGGUAACAUAACAGCCAUCAUGACUGAUAGCCAUUGAUAGACUUAUCCGCCAUGAAUUUGUCUAACCCUUUUUUAAAGUCACUUCUGGUCGUUGUGUUAGCCUCUCUUUGUGAUGAGCGUGCCAUGAUUUUGUCAUUAAAGUAUUUUUUAUCUUGCAAAACAUAACAUGGCUUUUAAUGACCUUUCUAAAUUACUGCUACCUCAGGAAAUCACUUGAGGACUUUGUCUGGGACUGAGCUAGCUAGAAAAUUGGCAUUUAAGUCAAGUUUUCUGAGUAAACAAAUGUAAAAUGCCAUGGGGGAGGGGACUCUGUAAUGUGAUGUAUAACAUAGCCGUCUAAGAACAUUGUUACCUGCUUGAUUUGUAUUUAAUUUUACUAAAAAGAAACUUGUUUUUGCAUGGUGGUUGUGAGGAAAGGCGGUGCCUGCAUGUUCAAGAAAAACUUAAAAAAACAGAAGAAUUCGUUUUUGACACUCUCCAAUAGUUAAUCACCUUCCUUCCUGUGGGAAGGAAAUGGAAGGCAAAGGACACAUUGUACAUUUUUAUUGUUGAACUGCUGUUAGCAAUGCAUGUUCCAGAAAAAUCUUUGGUAAACAGAAGGCAAAACACUUGAUCAGUGUUGCCUCAAUAUGAUGUAAAAAUGGAAAGUGACACUGUCCCCCCCCCCCCACAUUAAUUGCGUUAUCUCUUUAAUUUGGAAGAAAAGUAAAGUAGUUUCAUAUUGGAAACUUAUAUAGUCAUUUCUGCUCUGACCUUCCACCUCAGAAAGCUAUGAAAAGCAAUUAUCUUACGCAUGGAAUUAUGAAGUAUGGGAAGCAUACACCUGGUUUCUUAAUCCAAAUACAGAAAAGGCAAUUUCUUUAAUGUUGAGGCUGUCUCAGAAGUAAUCAGUAGUCUACAUAUUUGCAUAUUUAGUUAAAUGUCAUUAACAUAUUUCCAUGAAAUUGGCAAGUUGGGUAUAUUUCCAACCAGUGUCGGUUGUUGCAUACCAAUUUUUAAAUGCCCAGUACUAUCAUAAAAUUGUAGUGAGGUAUAUAUAAUUUUCAUUUAUAGCCAGGUAAACAGAAUGAUUUACUGGAGAAAAUAUAUGGUUUAUUUCUAAAUUAGAUUACUAACUGCUCAGUAAAGUUAGUGCUGUGACCUAAUGUGUGUACUGUAUGAAAAUAAUAAUUUCUUUUCAAAUCAGAGAUAUAAAACCUGACAAUGUUUUAUUGGAUGUGAAUGGCCAUAUACGCCUGGCAGACUUUGGAUCGUGUUUGAAGAUGAGUGAAGAUGGCACUGUAUGUAUCAAUAAAAUGUUACGAUUACUUAUUUCAAAUGGAACUUUGUGCAUUUUUGUGACAUAAUUGCUCCUUGUUAAUCUGUAUAUUUUUUGGGAAGAUACAGUAUGUAAUAACUGAAAACAAAACUAGAGAUUUCGGGAUAGAAAUUUUAAAACAUCAUGCUUCCAGGAUAUUUUUUGUAAGGUGUUCACUCAAAAUGAAGAUUUUAAGAACUUACCGUAUUUUUCGCUCCAUAAGACGCACCCCCCCCCUAAAAAGUAAGGGGAAAUGUGUGUGCAUCUUAUAGAGCGAAUGCAGGCAGGAGGCAGGCGGGAAAAGCCCCCAAGAUCCGCACACACGCUCCGCGCACUAUUUAAAGGGAGCGUGGCUUUUGCGGGAGGUGGGGGAAGGGACAGAGGGCAGCCCCUCAGUCCCUUCCUGCACCUCCCGGAAAAGCCCCCAAGAGCCGCGCUCCCUAUCACUAGCCGCAUGGAGCAUGUGUGCGGCUCUUGGGGGCUUUCCCCCCCAUAUAUUUUCAGCCCCAUAUACCAGCUGCACUGGCUCCCGGUGGAGUACAGGAUCAGGUUUAAGGUGCUGGUUUUAACCUUUAAAGCCCUAUACGGCCUAGGACCCUCGUACCUACGGGACCGCCUCUCCUGGUAUGUCCCACAGAGAAACUUACGGUCUUCAAAUAAAAACAUCUUGAAGGUCCCAGGCCACAGAGAAGUUAGGCUGGCCUCAACUAGAGCCAGGGCUUUUUCGGAUGUGGCUCCGAUCUGGUGGAACACUCUGUCACAAGAGACCAGAGCCCUGCGGGACUUGACGUCUUUCCGCAGGGCCUGCAAGACAGAGCUGUUCCACCAGGCCUUUGGCCAGGGCAUAGCCUGACUCCCUCCCUCGGCAAUCUUCGCGGAGCUCUGGCCCAGUGGUUGCCAGUGGCUUGAAUUAAUUAAUUUUAUAAUGAAUGAUUUUAGAGUGUUGUUUAUGCUGUACUUUUGUACUGUUUUAUUGUUGUUAGCCGCCCUGAGCCCGGCUUCGGCUGGGGAGGGCGGGAUAUAAAUAAAAUUUAUUAUUAUUAUUAUUAUUAUCAGUGACGAGCUGCCCUUCUCCCUCCUGGGGAAAAGCCUGCAGGCGCCGCACACAUGCUCCACGCAGCUCGUGAAAGGGAGCGCUGAGCAGAGCCUGGGAUGCAUACAGGCUCCGCUCAGCGCUCCCUUUAAAGAAAUUUUUCCCCUUGCAUUCCCCCUCUAAAAACUAGGUACGUCUUAUGGUCAGGUGCGUCUUAUGGAGCGAAAAAUAUGGUAACUCAGCAACAUUGGCUUGGAUCCCGAAAACUGCAAGCCUCCUUUACAUACCCACAAAGUGCCUUUGCCUGAACCCCUUCCCACACUGUCCAGGAGAGUUCCUGAUCCUCUAGAGAGACUUUCCGGGGGCACAAGGGGCUUCUGGGUGGAGUAGUAGACGGAAUGGGAAAAUCCCUUACUGCUUAUGGUUCCCAGAAUCCAAUCCAUUACGUUUCAUUACACAGGGAUGCAUAGCCCUUUCUCAUGCUAAGAUAUAGUUAACGUAGUGUGUGCAGAUGAAUUAAUCUUAAGACUUCGAUAUUUAUUUUACUUUGAAGGUGCAAUCUUCAGUUGCAGUGGGCACACCUGAUUAUAUUUCCCCUGAAAUACUGCAAGCAAUGGAGGAUGGCAUGGGGAAAUAUGGGCCUGAGUGCGACUGGUGGUCCCUGGGAGUCUGCAUGUACGAAAUGUUGUAUGGUGAAACACCUUUCUAUGCAGAGUCGCUGGUGGAAACCUACGGGAAGAUUAUGAAUCAUGAAGUAAGAACUAUUUAACUAUGCAUUCACUAAAAUUCCUUCAUUCAUCUUAUGUACUAAUUAUAUCUUGAACAUAUAUAACAUGUUUUUGGAAGCUUUGGGAUUUUUGCAGUAGAUAGAUAGAUAGUUCUAGUAAAUACACAGGAGUAGACUAUGCAAGCAUGAGGUCUGUCUGCCCCUAAUGUAUGGAGCGCAACUGGAGUCAGUGUUUAAUUUCUGAAGAACUUCUGUUGUAUCUUCUAUAAGACCUUGUCCUUAAUUCUGUGUGGGUAUGGAUGGGCAGUUCCUUCCCAUGGAAAGGAAACUGUGUGUGCUCAAACACAAUUACAUUCUGGUGUGUAAAUAAUGGUUAGCUACCAAAUUUUGGCACAGUUUGUGAACCCUAAUUAUUAUUAUUUCUCAAAUUUCCACAACAUUUUCAGUUGCGUUCUGACUUACCAUAAGCCUGUUCAAAAACAGUCCCUUAGCUAGCCUUUUCUCAUUGUAGAAGUCUGAAACAUUGUCUCCCCUCCCCGUUCUGUUUUCUUUAGGAGAGAUUCCAGUUUCCAUCCCAUGUUAGUGAUGUGUCUGAAGAGGCAAAAGACCUAAUCCAGAGGCUUAUUUGCAGUAGGGAACGUCGUCUGGGGCAGAACGGAAUAGAAGACUUCAAGGCUCAUGCAUUUUUUGAAGGGCUAAAUUGGGACAAUAUCCGAAAUUUAGAAGCACCUUACAUUCCAGAAGUUAGCAGUCCUUCGGACACAUCAAACUUUGAUGUAGAUGACGAUGUAUUAAGAAACCCUGUGAGUGAUUAUUUAUUUUCUUCUUAAAGGCAAUAGUUUUCAAACUUGCUUCUUUGAACCAAACCUUUUCAUCACUGACAGGAAUCCUGUAUGUCCCAGGGGAUUCUGGGGACAGUUCUAAUGUGCACACCCGGUUAAUGUUAAUUCUCUUGGGCCUCAUCUUUCCUCUGCAUGAACUGAAUGCAGUUGAGAACAUAUUCAGUGCUUGCCAGUGGCUGUGUGUUCUCGUGUGACUACUGUAGAUCAUCAGCGAGAUCGAAAACUGAUAGGCUUUCAGAAAAACUGAUCUGCCAUUGUUGAACAUUUCACUGAUAUUUCCUUAGUGCAUAGUGAAAACACUGGCAGAUAAAGUCCAGAGUGAAGUAUUCCUGCUUUAAAUGAAUAAAUCUGAAUACUUAAUCUUCCUAAAUAACAUUUAUAUGACUAUGGCCCUUUUUACAUGAGAUGGACAGUAUACACGUGGAUGAAGAAGCAUGGUGGCUGUUCCCUGUCCCUGAGGCGAGGGACAAAAAAGCCAACAUGUCCUUCCAGAUUCAACUUGGUUUUCAUCCUGCAUUCCUUUUUGUGCAGGAAAUGAUACCACCUGGUUCUCACACUGGCUUUUCUGGACUGCAUUUACCGUUCGUUGGCUUUACCUACACAACUGAGAGGUAGGUGAAAAAAGUUCAUGCAUAUGGGAAAGCACCACACUAAGAUCUCGUCAUUUGCCUUUCUCUUAACGUAUUCAGCUGCAGCUUAAAAUGCUUGACCUGAGUGUCUUGGGCUCCUGUGCUUUUUUGUUGCUUAUGAUUUAUUUAUAUGAGCACCAUCACUGGAUAUGGUGCUUUAAAGAGUAAUCCGAGCAGCAGAAGACAGGUUUUUGCCCCAGGGAGCUUAAAAUCUACAAUUCAGCAGUGAGGAAGGGGCAAGGUAAGGUAAAAGGGUAAAUUAAAGCAAAUACACUUCCGCAUAUUUAAGCACAAUUUAAAUUGGGAAAGAGGACAAAGGGAGUUGAGCAGUAAAAUAGAGAGCGAGAGCGCUUUGUCAAGGUAGUCACUUAACUGGUGCCCCAACCAGUAGUUCUAAACACAAAGAGAAUCCAUCAUCUGCAGUCUCCAGCCUCAAGGUGAAUUGAACAUCACCCUACUACUUCCCUAGAAGUGAGCUUCAAGGCUGAUCAGGGAAUUAAACCAGGAUUUCCCUGUCUGGGUUCUCUCCACUAUACUACAUUGGCUGUGAUCAUAGAAGGGCGAUAGACUGGGUUUCCACGUGGUUCGAGUUGCAGAAUAUUUUUUAAAGCCAGUUUUUGUACUGAAAAUAAUGUUGAGGAGGUGGUUUGUUCUCUUGCGGAUCAAAGGGCGUGUGGAGUGGUGAAAGGCCUGGACAGACUGAUAUCAUAGAUGCACACGAGCUUAUGAGGUUCAGUCAGAUCAUCAUUCUACCUAGCCCGUUGCACUUUGAUAUGACUGGCAGUAGCUCUCCAGGUUUUGGGGCAGAGAUCCUAUCAGGUGGAGAUUCUAGGAGAUCAACCUGAUACUUUUUAUUGAAAAGUGUUUGCUCUGAGCUGUGGUUCCUUCAGCUUUUAAAGGCAGUCUUCCUGCCCUUCCUGCAAAAUGUAGUGUGUCCAUACUCUUAAACGUAAGGGAGAAUUGUCACAGCAGCAGCAUUGUUCCAUUUCCAGUCUCUCCUGAAUUAAAAGUUGCUGCUGCUGCUUCCUCCCCGAUAAGCUAGCUUGUGCUGGCUGGAGUGAGAGAAAACAGAUCACACAACACAUUGCUGCCAUUUUACUUGCAGGCCAGCUCAGAUAGUACUGAAGCAAGGAUCUCUGUUAUAUAAUCUUCACAGUUGUUCCAAGGUUUCUGCUUCUGUUGAAUUUCCAACAGGAAACUGCUACUUAGGGUUGAGCAUAAAUUGAUUAAAACGUGUUCUCCAAUGUUUCUGGUUUCCAGUUGUUUUUCUGAUAGAGGCUCGCUAAAGAGUGUCAUGCAGUCCAGUGGUAUAACCAAAGAUGAGGAUGUGCAGCGUGACUUGGACAACAGCUUGCAAAUAGAGGCAUAUGAAAGGAGAAUACGAAGGUUGGAGCAGGAGAAGCUGGAGCUGAGCAGGAAGUUGCAAGGUACGCCCUCUCGCUUUCCUUUUAUGUUGCUUUGCAAUGGAGCAACAGAAUGUUUUUCAGGUUGGACUAAACAAAUUGUUUUGGUUUGUUCUUUCGGUUCAAUUUAAAGAAUCUACCCAGGCUGUUCAGUCCCUUCAUGGUUCUGCUCGCAUAACAGCAAACACAAACCGGGAUAAAGAAAUAAAAAAGCUUAAUGAGGAAAUCGAGCGCUUGAAAAACAAAAUAGCAGGUAUGUGUCUGGCAUGUUUUAAUAGCUUUCUCUCUAGUUCUCAAAAAAAAGUACAAAAUAAGUCCAGUGGUAAAGCACUAAUCCUCAUAGCAGCCUAUUAGACGUGAGCCUCAUUCUUUUUUACUUUUGGAUCUUUAGCUCAAGUACCGAGAUGGCUCAGUGUGGAAAUGCAUGAAAUAUUACAUUAUGAUACAGCUUUGGAAAGUGUGGCAGGUGCAACCUUAAGCAGCAUUUAGAUUUUUGAACAAAAGCUUAUCUUUCUUCUAAAGCUUCCUUUACUUGAUAGCAGAUUAUUCCCACUGGGGAGCCAAGAAUAAAAGGCAAUUUGUACGGCUUCACUUAGAUAAUUCUUUUGACUUCUAUCCUUUCUAUAAAAAUCCCAGGAUAUCCUCUUCUAAUAUUUUUUUCCCAGAAAGGGGCAAGCUUUGAACUUUGUACAAGUGCCAUUCAUAUGGAAAAUUUUAAGCUGCAGUGCACAAUAUUUCGCUUAUGAUGUCUACAUCUGCUAUGAGGAAAUGUGAGAAAGUGGCUGUUUGAUGUGGUCCUGCAUCCAUUCACCAUUCUGAGAACCCUCAGUUUUGUAGGGUUAUGCCUUUGUAACUGGUGACUCUCUUUUUGUUUGUUAAUUAGGUAUCCACUGUAUGCACCUGAAGUUUCUUUUUGUGAGACAGUAGGGUAACUAGAGCGGGGCAGUCGGAGAACCUGCUCCAGGUGCAACCUUAACAGGGACACAAAACAAUCAAAGGUUAUUGAAUAUAUUCAACACCUUAAAUUAAAUCUUAAUUUAUAAAUAACGCUAAAUUAUAAUUUACAUAUCAUUUUGCUCAGAGGCUCAAGUAAGAUUCACAGGCCAGGCUGAUUGGCACCAUUGUACAGGCAACUCCCCAUUUAUGCAUCACCUCUUUGCGUGCAACCAUGUACACACACAGUGCCGGGAACCUGGAAGUGGAAGCUGGAAAUGGGGAGCACUUCCUGUCUUGCAAGGAGACCCUCUCCAGAGCCUGUAGAGGACAUUACCUUUGGGCUCCAGAGAGGGUCUCCUCGCAACCUGGAAGGUUGUUGAGCCAAUCAGCUGAUGGGCAGGGAAGCAACUGCUGCUGCGCUGCCCCACAUAUCAACUGUUAGACAGGGAGGUUGAGCAGCUCAACAAAGCCCUUCUUGCCCCUCUGGCUCGCGAGGAGACAUUCCCUAGAGGUGGAAGAAAUGGCUGCAUACAAUACUGAAUCUCCUACCUGAAGUAGCUGCUUUUGAGUGGAUAGGCUACAUUGCAGUAUUAGAAACUAAGGGGUGGCUGUUGCUGACAAGUAAACACUUGUCAGACUUGUAGUCUUGUUUCUCUCUUCCCCCCAUAGAGGCAUUUCCUUUCCCUGCUCCCAUGAGGUACCUCUCAACUUUGGAAAAAUAAAACACUUUUUUUUUUUUUUUGCUGGUUUAUAGUUAGCUGUGUUGAAGUAGCCAUAGUUGUAAAUUUGGGUGAAAAUCUGAUGGAUGGAAUUUGAGGGAUCAACCAUUUUCUGAACUGGGGGCAGGGGGAGGGCUGACAUUUUUCCACAGCUACCCACAGGCAACAAACCUGAAAGUUUUGUCCACAGAACCAGCACCACUGUAAUCUUCUAUUUUACUUUGAAUAUUCAAAAUCCAUUUUUUCUUUAAAAAGGAAAAGAAAGGACCACAGUAAUAUCAUGUAACCUGCUUAUAUCUGUUCACAGACGGCAGCUAAAAUUUGGGAAGGAAAGAUAACUGUUUCCAAAGGGGCAAUCCAGUGGGGCUUCUGCUUCUGCCAAAACUGUCCACCCUCUUAUACUCGAGAAAAUGAAUUGUACUUUGAGUUUCUGAGACAUUAUUUUAUAUACCCGUUCCCGCUUUUUUCCUUUAAGGUCUUUAGUCCUAUUGUGCUAGCAUGGAAACUUGAAAAUAUGUCAGCAAUGAUUGGAGACAUCUCUUUGGUGGUAGGGAGGUUAAGGCUAAGUCGGACUAUAGUAGGCAGGGAGCUGUGAUUACAUUGCCUGAACUAGUUUCUUGUUCCUUUAAAUGACCUGUACUGCUUAUCUGACCCUAACCUUAAUGUUUGCCCUUCCUCUUCUUUGCCCUUCCUCUUCUCUAGCUCUGCAUGCACAAAUGGGUUUUGAACGUGUGUGUCUCUUAAAAGCUACUUAAAAGUCACGUGACAAGCUGCUUUCAAAAGCGAUGGGACUUUCAAGCGCAAUUUGAGAUAUGAUGGGGACUGUUGUUCAAGCAAAGCCACAGUGGUCUUAUCUAAAAUAGCUUUUUGGAUCUCAUUCCUUGAAAACAUGAGUAUUGAAAGCAGGUUCAGUAUUGUUGAAAGAAGCAGAUGGCAAGAAUGCUUAUGUUGCAUAAUUUAUUCUGCCUUCAGAACUUGGAAUUCUUUGGUACUGGGACUGAGGUAGAAUUUGGAUUUUAUUUGUAUUUGUCAACACCGUGUACAUUGAGCUGUGAUGAUGGGACUUGGGGUUUUGCCAGUGUGUGUUAUGUUAGAGAGAAGAAUGAAUGAGUUCACUCUGAACUACCCAGUGUAAAUUGUUCUUGGCAGAGAAGAAUGCAGAACUGCUGCAUAUGCCAACUGAGCAAAAACACUAUGGAAUAAUCCUCCCUUUUAAAAUUAUAGACUCAAAUAGGCUAGAGCGGCAACUGGAAGACGCAGUGACGCUGCGGCAGGAACAUGAAGACUCCACCCACAAGUUAAGAGGACUUGAAAAGCAAUGCAGGAUAUUUCGGCAAGAGAAAGAGGAUCUCCAUAAGGUAAAAUUCUUCUGUCCAGCAAAGUGGAUGUUGACUAGGGAAUGCAAGUAUAAAGGUGGCAUUGCCAGCAAUGUGGAACAUUAUGUGGAACUCACACUAUAUAGAGAGUUGUUGUUUGUCAUACUUGUAUCCUGUCCUUCCUUCAUGGAGUUCAAGACAGUAUACGUGCAAUUAUCCCAUUUUACAUCAACUUUGUAGUAUAAGCUAGGCUCAGUAAUAGUGACAUGUCCAUGCUACCAAGCUUCAUGGGAACAAUCAGAAGCCAAAUCCAGUUCGCCUCAUCCAUUAGACCACACGUGCUGUAGUAGGAGCAUAGGGGAAAGCAGCCUUUACACCGCAUUUGACCAUUGGUCUCUCUAGAUCAGUCUUGUCUUCAGUGACUGUCAGCUCCUCUCCCAGCUAGACUCCCAACCCCUACCUGAAGAUGCUGCAGAUUGGAUCUGGAAACAUCUGCCACUGAGCUAUAGCCCUCCCCCAAAACGGUUGGGCAGGGGCACAAGUUGAACUUGUUCAGGGGAAAACCAGUUACCAACUGCCACUCGGGAAGGCCCUCCCCCCAUUGCAAAUAGGGUACUUGGUGCAGUUGCUGUAGGUGCGUAGUUGUAGGGACUGCUGGCUGCACACCAACAAUGCAGUGAAUGCAUGUAUCCAGCUUAUACCGUUGUUUUCUUCCCACGUGAAUCUCAGUAUUACAUUUGGAUCCAGUGAGCAUACAGUUGAAUGUGUACCUCACACUAAGACAUCACAUGAUACUUUGUGCUUGCUUGCUUACUCUUGGUUUCACAUCAUGAAAGCCUGCAUUGGAUAAUUCACCGUAAUGCAAAAAACUGAACCACCUCUGGGUGCUUAAAAGAUGGCAAGGAUGUGAUGUGUCAGAAAAGCACUGGAAGAAAAUCAAGAAACAAAAACGAACUUGGGUUAUGGAAUUCCCCUCCAUCCAGAAUUCCUUUUGCAGUAUUGAAUUAUGUGGGAAGAUGUGGUGGUAUGAAAACAUGAAGCAUUAGUUUCUUAUAUGUUAACUGCGGCAAGAAUAUUGUUUGCUAAGUCAUGGAGAUCAGCUAACACACAUCCAUUCUUUAAUGGAUGGAGAAACUUUGGGAAUUUGCUGCUAUGUCAAAAUUAACCCACCAUCUCAGAUUUAGGCAACGAAAACAAAGGCAUGAUAGGUUUCAGAUGAGAUGGAAUACUUUUGCUGAAUACAGCAAAAAUAAAUGAUUGUGGUCAAGUGUAAUGUCCAAGUAUCUAAAUAAUGUUAGAUGAAAUUAGUAAUUUUGUUUCUUUAGCAGAAAAAAUAUUUUUUUUUCUUCAUAAUACUAGCGUGCUGGCUUUGUUUAGGUUUGAAAUACAGUCAACUUGCAGCUUGCACACAUUUAACUUGUGCGAUUGUAGUGUUAGGCACUUGCAACUGCAAUCACAGAAAUUAAAUGCACGUAAAUUGAAGCUCUCCACCUUGCGUGGGGAGGAGGGGGCAAGACCCAUUUGACACACAAGCUUCUGAGAAGGUAGGGAUGCUCGCGUGGGGGCUGUUCCGGCUUUACUGUAUGUGAUUUGGGCUUUACACACAAUCCCCAGAACAUAAGCCCUGUGUAAGUUGUGAGUCGACAGUAUUAUAAUGGAAUAUAAAUGUUGAUGUGUUGUAUAUGUAAAAGAAUAACUUAAAGAAAAGGAUUAUAGAGGGGAAAAGAUGAGGAAAAGGCUUCAUAGGGCAGAAUUUGUAAGCACUUUUGAGGGAUUGACCAGUAGCUUCCACUGAGAAUGUCCCUCAGAACUGAUAUGUUAUUGUCUCAGUAUCAGUCCCAUUCUGUCCAUAUUGACUGUGCCAGACUGUAUACACAAUGUUUAAUAAUAAUAAUAAGCACAAAUGGUUUGGGUGUUGUUUUUUUAAAGGCAAAAUAAAAUAAAUUUGAGCCCUAUAAAAGAGAGAAGCAUUCCUCCCACCCGGACAUACACUGCAAAGGCUAGAGGCAACACAAGAAAACUAAAGGGCUGAUGGAAGUAGGCUGUGUAUGAGGGCUCCCCAAGCUAUUCACAGCCCCUUUUCCCUUUAAGGGAGGGUGGCAUUGCUGAAGCGCUGCUCAGGUUUCUGGUGUCCUCUCUAGAGAAAAAGGGUAAUCACUAGCAGUAAUCAGCUCUUGUUCCCUGUGGUGUUUAACCCUUUUGUGUCCUUUGGCUCGUGGGAGUGACCGUCCUUCUGCCAGGGAUUUCAGCAGAAGCUUAAGCAUCAGCUUAUAACCUCCUUUUGCCCCUGGGACUGGCUCUGAUCCCCACCACAUGCAAGUGAACACCGCAAAGCAGAAGCACACACAGGGAUAAAAGAAUUUAUCCUGAUAUUUAUUUUUUCUUUCUUUUUAGAAGGUUGAGUACGAUUGAGGAAAGGGAGGAGUAGGGAAGAAGGGAGAUGGAGAAAAGGCGAACAGAAAGAAGCAGAGAUGACAAAAGAGAUGAUGCUGUGAUGAGAUGAUGCUGGAAAGAGUGGUUGAAGAGAUAUGAGGAGAGACAGAGGAGGAAAGGGGGAAUGUAUGAAAGAAGGGGAGGGAGAACAGAGGAAGGUGGGAGAAGGAUGGAAGCAUACAAUACGUUGGGAUAUCAGAGUGGUGAUAUAGAAAUACUUCUGCUUAUAUACUGCCAAAAUGCCUGUCAUUAUUUUGAGAGCAGGGAUGGGGAGAGGUGGAGAUGAGGAUGUAUGUUGUCAGAAUGUGAUUUUGCAAUAAGAUUGAACUUCAUGCUCAAGAGUGUCGAUCUCUAAACACUUGUUUGGACCUUUCUUUUCACCAGCAACUCAUUGAAGCGUCUGAAAGAUUAAAGGCACAGUCCAAAGAACUAAAGGACGCCCAUCAACAAAGAAAGCUAGCAAUGCAGGAAUUCUCUGAGCUGAACGAGAGGAUGGCAGACUUGCGCUCCCACAAGCAGAAACUAUCUCGACAGCUCCGUGACAAAGAGGAAGAAGUGGAAGUGAUCAUGCAGAAAAUUGACUCCAUGAGACAGGAAAUCCGUAAAUCUGAGAAAGCGAGAAAAGAGGUAGCUCGGCAGGGUACUUGAGGAUAAUGGAUUUCAGCUGCUAUUUUAGCUUGAAAUAGUUAAUGUGGCUGGGUUCCACACAUACAAGCAGCUGGUUUAUUUCUUCAUGCAGUCCUUCCACACCCCCUCUGCCCUGUGGGGUUGUGUGGAGAAACAUAAUGUGUGAGCCAGCUAUUCCAUGGAUUCACUUUGCUAAAACUCUUGCUAUAUCACAGUAGCACAUUCUGGACCAUAAUUUGGCCUUCCUGUUUUCAUCUUACUCUCCCUCCUUCCCUUCGUCUGUCCGUAAAGGAGAGAAAGCAAGCAAUGGAAGAACCAGAAGCACUAACUUUUUUCUGUCAAUUAUUAUAUUUAUAGUUAAAUGCCGCAGUCAUUCUUUCCUUAUACUGAAGUUUCCUAGCUACCCAGAUCUGUCUUGUUGAUCUUGGAUUCUAUGUUUCCCCUUUUAAAGUAACUGGCUCCUAGUUGGCUACAAAAUAUUAUAGUGCAGGCCCCCAUGAGAUGGUUAAGUCGCCAUAGGCAUGAGGAUGGGUUAUAAAGAUGUGUGUGUGUAUUCCCUUGAAGUUUCUGAAAGUUGGUAGGAUUGGGAAUAAAAGGCAAUAUAUCAUCUUCCAAAACUGUUUUUAUCUUUUCCUCUUUUGUGACCCUUGUCGUCUAGAUUGUAAACCUCAAGAUGGGCAUAUGUCUCCCUUUCUGUUUUUUGUAGCUGCUCUAGUCAUAAAAAUAAUAAGGGUUAAGCUAUAGCGGUUUUAAUAACCAGGCCUGUUUUCCUUCUUAUAGCUAGAAGCCCAACUUGAUGACGCAGCAGCAGAGGCAUCAAAAGAGCGUAAGCUUCGAGAGCACAGUGAGAGUUUCUCUAAGCAGCUUGAAAAUGAACUGGAGACCCUAAAGGUGACAUUAUUUGAAAAGCAUCUAAGCCAUAUAAGAACAGCUUCACUUGACAAGGGAUAGAAAUCCAGAUCUCCAGGGUGUCCCAUGACAGUUGCAACUUAUGCACUUCCGAAAAACAUUUUGCCAGAAUGCCCAAGGCCCGAGAUUUAGUUCUUCAACGUAUAUUGGGCAUUCCAACAAGAUAUUUUAGGAUCUAGGCAGGAUAGGUAGUAAUCCUCCCUGUCUCACAAUUUUAAUGUGAGAAGCAACCAUUGACAUUGACACAUUUCUCAUCCCCACCACAGGUUGACUACUUUAUUAUUAUUAUUAUUAUUAUUUUGGUAGACCUUUAGAUUGCCAUACAUGUUAAGGGUUUUUCUUGGGAAGUUUGGAGUAGGAAAGAACCUCACAUAGCACAUGUUAAACUGCAUGGGAGCUACCACUGCAGGCUGUUCUCAUGUGUACCAGCUCAGAAUUAGCCUCUUACAGAGCCCAGACAAGAUUUUAUUUGCUGUAUCCUCUUACACAGUCGCCCCACCCCCCAAAAAAACCUAAAUCUGUACCACAGUGAAUAGAUUUGCUUACAUGUUUCAGGGCCUCUGUUGUUUGACUUCUUUAGACUUUAUCAUUCUUAACAGUUCAGUCCUAGGAGUGCAGGGCAAGAGACAAUAUGCUCAUUAAAACAGUAAUUAAAGGGGGGGGAAACACCAUUUGAAAGUUGGCUUUCAGAAUUAUUAUUAUUAUUAUUAUUAUUAUUAUUAUUAUUAUUAUUUUAUUUAUACUCUGCCCUCCCUGGCCAAAACCGGGCUCAGAGCAGCUAACAUCAAAUAUAUGACACAUUACCAUAAUAUCAAGCAAUCAAUUAAAAUACAUCCUAAAAUCAAGUCAGAAUCAAAGUGAAAUCCAAUCAGAUGGCAGCCCACAAAAUAGGGAUGGGGACCUUAAAUGCUCACUAGAAUAUGUUCAGAUUGGGACUCCUGCAAAUGGCUGGUGCUGGAAAAAAUAGUUUCCAUAAAUGGGGAACAGCUAACUAAAAUGAUGUCUAAGUAGUGGUCUGUGCUUCUUCAGGAUGCAAAUAACGUAUGUUUGUGUGUGUUCCAUGGUUCUAAAGAAAGUGGAAAGUCAGCAUGAUUAUGAGACUAGAGUAAAACCUUUCCACUUUGACAUGCUAGUCUUCUACAUGAAGGCAAAAUGAAUGAAGCAUGCAGUCCCCCUCCCGCUGCAGUCUGAUGUGGACUGUUUUCUGCAUGUUUCAGUCUGCUCUCAGUUCAUGGCUUUCAGAGAGAUUAUGAUGAAGCAAAUGAGAUCUCUAAGCUAUGCAGAGACAAAUAAAUAUGCAUGUGUUUAUACUUCAUGAUCAACUCUUCUGGUAUUAAGGAGAUGAAAUGUGUUUUAUGUCACUUUGAACAAAACUAAAGUCUCUGAUAUUGAAUGUACUGUAUUGUGGUGUUGUCUGUGUGGCUUUUUCCCUGCUCUUGUGCAGAUAAAGCAGGGAGGUCGUGCUGCUGGCGUGGCCAUGCAUGAGCAUCAGCAGGAACUGGCCAAAAUGAAGUCAGAGCUUGAGAAGAAAAUCUUGUUUUACGAAGAGGAGCUGGUCAGGCGAGAAGCAUCCCAUGUCUUGGAAGUAAAAAAUGUGAAAAAGGAGGUGCAUGACUUAGAAAGCCAUCAGCUAGCACUGCAGAAAGAGAUCAUGAUGUUAAAAGAUAAAUUGGAUAAGGCCAAACGGGAGAAGUAAGUUCUGUGUACAACUGCUUUCUUGGAAACAUCCCCCCCCCCCCGCAAAAAAAAUGUCACUAUACAUAAUGUGGCAUCCAAAAACCAAAUAAGAUUUAUGUACUCAACUCCAUAAAAAGCAGCAAUAGUUUCUUUGUUCUGUGAAAUGGCAUUUACAUGAUAUUAUUUCACGCUUGUAGGCACAGUGAGAUGGAGGAAACAGUGGGAACUCUGAAAGAGAAAUAUGAGCGAGAGAGAACCAUGCUCUUUGAAGAUAACAAGAAAAUAACAACUGAAAAUGAGAAGGUAAAUUGUCAUAACCUGUGAAGAAGCACAGUUUUUCAUCAGAUACAACACUAAUCGCCCACGUGGCUUCCUCCAGAUGCUAUGGACUUCAGUUCCCAUUAGCCCCAGCAUGCAUGGCAAAUGGUAAGGGAUGAUGGGAUUUGUAGUUCAGCAACACCUGGAGGGCAUGUUGGCUACCCCAAGAUAUCUUAUGUUUUAUUUCUAUAAUUCACAUACCAUUUUAGCGUUCCCUGCCCUACUCCUAAUUCAUGAGAGGCUACAAAUAAUUUUUUAAAAAAUAAUACAGUGGUUUUAAUUGUGUGUGAAAGUCGUGACUAUUCCAUGUCAAAUGUGAAAAUCUGGGUGUUUAAUCUCUGUUAUCAAAACCGAAGAAACCUUCAGUGCUGCUUAUACACAUACUUUGCCACUUAACUGGGCUGGCUUAAUUUGACUGUUUGGAAAACAAAAUGUUGCAGGCGGUUUUACACAUUUGCUGCGGGAGGUUCAAAGUUACAUUAAAUUACAGUUAUGAAAACUUCUAAUUUUCUCGUUGCAGCUUUGUUCCUUUGUGGAUAAACUAACAUCACAAAACAGGCAGCUAGAAGAUGAGCUUCAGGAUUUGGCGGCAAAGAAGGAAUCUGUUGCCCACUGGGAAGCUCAAAUUGCAGAAAUUAUUCAGUGGUAUGUGCAUUUUGAGGAUCCUUUGAAAAAUAAAUUUGUGCUGUAUUAGCAGAAGGAAGGAUCCCAUAGAACGGAAAUGUGUCAUCUUGUAGAUGAUACACUUCAGAAAUCACAUGCAGCCACAAAUAUUGAUUGAUACAUACUGGCUCCCUCAUUUUUAUUACCCUUACAGGAACUUUAUUAACCUUCUAUGUCAACUGAUUUCACCGAAGUGAGAAUGUCUAGGUCAUACAUUAAAAAUUAAUUUGUAUUAAAUGAAAAGGUUGCAGCCUGGCUGUUCAUCAGUUCUUUGUUUCAGUUCUUCUUUUUUAAAGUCAACCUUAUGGUUUCUGUGCCAGACUUAUAAAUGAGGCAGUGUAGAUCCUUCAAAUAUUUUUUAAAAAUUCACAUCAUAACACAGACAUGUAGGGGGAAGAUUGGAACCAUUAUGCCACAGCCUUUUCCAAAAGGAGUUUAUAAUGCUCCUAACAACCACAUAUGCACAACCUCAACACAAAUUACAUUCUCCUUAAGGGUAGGACAGUCUUAUCUGAUGGAAAGAGCUCCUUCUGUUGAAUCACAAAGAAUCAGAAUUGUAAGAGUUGGAAGGGACCGUGAGGGUCAUCUAGCCCAUCCCCUGCAAUGCAGGAAUCUUUUGCCCAGUGUGGGACUCGAACCCAUGUCUCUGAGAUUGUGUCAUACUCUACUGAGUCUCAUGCUCUACUGACUGAGCUAUCAAGUGGGCUAAGAAUAUCAAAGAAAACAGUUUCUCCCUUUGCUCCCAGACCAGCACUGCCUGUUAAGCAGCAAUAUAUCAGUUAGGCUCUUUCGUGGUUGUUGCAAAUUGUUAUUUUAUUAUUGCUUUGGGCUGUUUACAGGUUCUUAAUACAUUCCUUGAACUAAACGGGAAGCUCAUCCCCUUUGCAGUGGUCUUCGCAUGACCCUGCCUGUCCAUCAAGAGUAGCUCUCAUCAAACAAGGUUGGCCCACUCUUAGAACCUCAGAGAUGGGAAUUCACAGGUCAUCACAAACUCCAAAUUUCCCCUGUCAAUAAACUUUACUGCUUAAUUAUCUCCACAGCAGGAGUGUUACAAUAGGUAUACCCUGGGAUGGUUGUAGGGAAAACUACCCUGGCUGUGUCUGCUCAGUUUAAUCCUGAAAAAUUUCAUGCAAGAAAAGCAACAUUUUAUGGUUUGAACACUGAGACUGGUGAUAACAUGUUAUUGAAUGUGUGUGUGCCUGUGUCCUUUAUCGAUAUAAAGGAGUGACUCUUUAUGAUUGUGCACUAGGGUGAGUGAUGAAAAAGAUGCCCGUGGCUAUCUUCAAGCUUUAGCUUCUAAGAUGACAGAAGAACUUGAAUCUUUAAGAAGCUCCAGUCUGGGAUCGAGGACUUUGGUAAGCAUGAAUAUCUUAAUUGGUUAACUGGAAAGCUUUACAAUUUGUGGGGCCUCCAAUUUUGUGUAUCUUCAAUGAAUCCAGAAGUUCUUUUAAAAAUGAUGAAGGGUUUGUUUCCUCAUUCGCUCCAAUUGCUAACCCCCUGCACCACACAUUAGCCAACAAUAGCGCCCCCUUCCCACCCCAGGCAACUACUACGAUCGCCUUUCACCUUCUCAGCCCCAUUUCUGAACCCCCUUCUAUUCUGCAGCCCUUCUUUGCAUCCAUUUUAAUCUUCAGUCCCAUGUCCACACCUCCUCCCCCUCCUUCUGUGUAGUCUCCACCCUGCACACACCCCACCCCAUGGUUAGUAAAGUAAAGGGUAAAGGGACCCCUGACCAUUAGGUCCAGUCGUGGCCGACUCUGGGGUUGCGGCGCUCAUCUCGCUUUAUUGGCCGAGGGAGCCGGCGUACAGCUUCCCGGUCAUGUGGCCAGCAUGACUAAGCCGCUUCUGGCGAACCAGAGCAGCGCACGGAAACGCCGUUUACCUUCCCGCCGGAGCGGUACCUAUUUAUCUACUUGCAAUUUUGACGUGCUUUUGAACUGCUAGGUUGGCAGGAGCAGGGACCGAGCAACGGGAGCUCACCCCGUCAUGGGGAUUCGGACUGCCGACCUUCUGAUCAGCAAGUCCUAGGCUCUGUGGUUUAACCCACAGCGCCACCCGCGUCCCCACCCCAUGGUUACCACCUACAUAUUCCUCAUCCCCACACAUUGGAACUACUAAGCGACCUUUUCAGCUUCUACCCAGUUAUGAAGCCAUGCUUUCAUCUUCACCCCCAUUCACACGUUUCCUACUUCCUCCUUUUUUGCAACUCUCUUUGCACCCUCAUUUUUACAUUCACUCCCCUUUUCCCCUCCUCCUCCUUACUUUUCUCAGCUCUCCCUUGUACACAGAUCGCUCCCAUUUCCAUUCUUCAUCCUCUCUCCUACUCUGCAUCUCCUAUUGUGCACAUACCACAUAUGUUACUGUAUCUUUGAGAUGAAUAGAAUCUUAAGAGCAAGCCUGCCGGUUAGCUUGUUGAGUUAGAGAUGGUUAAAUUAAGUUGGUGGAUGUCAGUAUUUGCUUGUUAACAAAAUAUCUGUUCUAAAUUAACUACACUGAAUCUGGAACUUCAUGUUGAAAGCAACACAUGGUAGCAAUAGUGAAAUGCAUUUUGUGAAGGUACUAUAGAAUAUUUGAGGGCUCCUAAUCUUUUAUCUCUGACACAUGAGACAGCUAAGAAAUGUAAGAGGGAGAAGCUUGAAUACAGCGAGAACAGAGGACACUGAAAGGAAAGCAAGUGGUUGUUUUAAAUAACUACAGAAGUUUGAGUAAAAGUGAGGGUGGAGGCACACUGAGAGGAAAAUGGUGAUUUUAGACAACAGCAGAGGUUGGAGUAAAGCAGGGAUGGAGGACACAGAAGCGUUGCCUUUUAAAAAAACAAACAGGGCAGUUUUAACAAGAAGAAAUAGAAAUGAUGGAUACAACCCCAGAAAGCUAACACAACAGAGCUCCUUCAUUUAAACAUCUGUUGUUGCUCAAAAUCUACUAUUUUCCUCUCAGUUCUCUCCAUCCCUGCUUUGCUCAAAUGUCUGCCUUUACUUUAAACCACCACGUUCCCCUUCUCAUCGUACCUCCCUUUUUGCUCCCACGUCAUGGCAAAUGUUGUUGUGCAACCUGCCUUUGAUGUUGCUCCCCUAUCCCAUCCUGACUUCGCGCAAAUUCAGAAUUGUGAUGCUGCACUACAGAUUUUCCCAUGGGGCUGCAUGAUGACAUUCGUAUAUUUUUGUUAUAUAUAGAGAAAAGGCAGACCAUUCCUCCCCCAAAGCCUCCCUCCCGCAUUCUCCAUAAGAACAUAAAAAAUUGCUUUGCUGGAUCAGGCCAGUAGUCCUCAGCAGCCUACUAGCAGCUAUAGCCCUUUCCUUUCCUUCCACCAACAGCUGCUAUUCAGUGUCACGUUACGUGGAGCCAUCGUGACUAGUAGUCAUUGAUAGACUCACCUAAAAGCCAGCUAGUGGUAGUCACCACAUCUUGUGUCUCCAAGUUCCACAAAUAACUCAUAUACUGUGUGAAGAACUGCUUCCUUUUUUUUGCACGGAAUUUCCUGCCAAUAAGUUUAAUUGGUACUGUACUGCUUGGAGGGGGGGGGCAUUUCUCUUACUGAUUUCACAAUGCCAUACAUGAUUCUAUAAAUAUCUAUCAUGUUCCACUUCCCCAGGUAACUUUAACAUUUUAAACUAACCUCCCCACAGACACUAUAGCCUUUCUUCAUAGCAAAGGUGCCCCAGCCUCCUGAUCAUUCUAGUUGUUAUUUUCUGCGCUUUUUCCUGUGCUACAAUAUCCUAUUUGAGACUGGUGGCCAUCUCAAAGAGAAUCCAUAUUGCAUCCCCUAAUUCUAAUGUAUAUUAUUUGUGAAUUGAUUCUGGAACCAGUUACCAUAUAUUUGGCUUGUUUCAGUUCUUAUUAUAAUUGAGAUUCCCGCCCCCCUUGGGUAUUUUUUUGAAAAUAACUGGGCUGUUCUUCUAUCUAUCUUUCAUUGUAUUUACUUAUUUAAUGCAACCCAGUUUGGGCUACCUUUUUGAAGGAAGAGGAGUGUACAGAGUUUGAAUCAAUGAAAAUGAAGAAUCACAUCAUUCAGUGAAUUCUAGAAGGCAGGAAUGGGAUGGUAUCUAGCAUGGAACUUCGAAAAGUUCCAAAUGAGGAUGGAGCGUUGCCCUUGGCAAUCAAUAGCAGAAGGAAGCAGCCCUUCUCAGGAAAUAGAUUGGCUUAAACAGCUGGUGCCUUUGCCCAUUCCCAUCUCCCUUCUCAACAUGCUGCUUGUUACAGCUGAAUUGGCCCUAGGGAGAGAAUUGUUUCUCCUAUUGGAAGCCAGGGAAAGGGUGAGUCCCAGAGCUAGCUUCCUUUCUCGUACAGUCUUUGGACAGUGUCAUUGUUUACUGCCUCAGUUGCUCUUUAGAGACUCUAAUGUAACAGUCUAAUCUGUAUAAAAACAUUAAAAUAUGAAAAAAAAUAAUGUCAAAUGUAAGGCUAGAAUGGGGAAAUGGUGAUUCUAUCUGUUUACAAAGGAUAGCAGAUAGUUCCACAGUGAAAUGGAUUUUGGCAAAUCAUCAAUCCAGUAAUUGCCUCUUUGAAGCACCUUUGAAGCAAAUUUUUAAACUUUUCCUUGGCUUUGUUUGUUUCUGUAUUUACAUCCAUCCUGCCAGGCCACCAGGGGCCCUCAAGGGCAAUAUUUUGGUCAAUUCAUUCUCUGGGGAUUUUUUGGUCAGCUCUUGCUCUCAAUGUAAAACUGCUUGGUUUGUGUUUCAGCUAUAUUUUCCAGCUGCAUUCCACCCCCACCUCCCCAAUUUUUAAGUUGGAAUGCAUUACAAAUGUUGUUGUUCCCUGAAUGCCGUCUUCCUUUUAAGAUCUCAUCUCCCCUCCACCCCUACCUCACUAACGAUGAUGAAUACAACUGAAGCUUUUUAAUCGCUUUUAAUAUUUAAACACAUGUGAUAAAUUCUUUAGCAGUAUUAACCAUUGCUUUUUGCAAUAGGACCCACUCUGGAAAGUGAGACGUAGUCAGAAGUUGGAUAUGUCAGCAAGGUUGGAGCUGCAAUCUGCUCUUGAUGCUGAAAUACGUGCCAAACAGCUGGUCCAGGAAGAGUUAAGGAAGGUUAAAGAUGCCAACCUGUCCUUUGAAAGGUAAUGUUUCAGAUCAUUGUUUAAUUUUGCUUUUCUAAUAUAAAAUAUGGCAUUCAUGUAAUUCUUUAUGUAAUUGACUUUUUGAUGCAUAUUUCUGAAAGUACGUAUAUGUGCCAGGGAGUCUAAGAACUCAAAAUAAACAGCCCCAAGCCUCUGCCUUGCAUUACAGUUUAAGCAUAGCGGCCUAGAUUAGCCCUCAACCAGCCUGGUGCCCUCCAGAUGUUUUGGACUACCAGCCUCUGUCAGCCCCAGCCAGCUCAGUUUUGGCUAGGGGUGAGUUGUAGUCCAAAAUGUCUAGAAGGCACGAGGUUGGGGAAGGUUGACCUAGAUCCAAAGAACAAUGCAACUAGUUCCUUCCUGCCCAAGGGGAAAGUGAGGAACUCUUUCAAACUGGGGGAAGCUUUGAAAAGCAGUAUGGGAUUUGCCAUUGGGGUUGUCGCUCUUGGAAACAACAGUAAAAAAUAAUCCCACUGACCGUGCAAAGCCCUUUGGUGAAUUUGCAUAACUUUUUGGAUCCUGGCUAAUGCCCUUAAGUCUGUUUGGAAAGCAAACUGCCAAGUUGUGGGUUCCUCCUCCUCCUCCUCUCCCUGCUUUUCUUGCAGCACCUUCUUAAGCUUUAACUAUAGGGAUGUAAACCAUUUUAAUACCAGGGGUUGAAAUGGGCAAGCAUUAGUCACGGUUAACAUUUGUAUGGUCAUAACACUUAGCCAUGGUUUUUGGCUAUUAGCAUAAGGGCAGGGGGGAAGAAUUGCACACAACACAAGCUGGGGGAAAGAAGCAUGUAAUUCUGUGGCCUGCUUUUCUUUUCUCAGUUGUAAGUCAUGAUGGGUGGAUGGAGCGCAGAAUCCAUCCAGUCAUAUUUUCUACUCCCCUCCCCAAUACACCUUUCACCUUCCCACACCUCCGCACCAUUUCCCAUAUCACUUCCAUCAGCACCUGCACCACAAUGGCUGCUUCUCUUUCAAGGGAAGAAGAAGCCCUGUUCCUAAUUUCCUGUGUAGGAGGAAGACUCGGGAUUGUGAGAGACGGAGGAAAAAGGUGGCCAAGCAAGCAGUCAUUUCCUUCCUCAUGAUACCCUAGGUCAGGUCAAAUUCCAGCCAGGAAGCCAAGGCAUUCUAGCCCUGCAGCCUGAGCCUAGAGCUCUUGCAUUGGCUUUUGUCAUAAUGCGGGGAGGGGGGUGGGCUGGCUAGCCUGUCGUUGUUUUCAGCAAGCCCUGGGGCACCUCUGUCCCUGUUAGAGACUUGCAGCUGGCUUCCUCCAGCCAGCCAGCAUGUGCAGGAUUAUGGGUCAUGAAUGUGUCAUGUUGUUAGGAAGUGUCACGAUUUUGGCAAGCUUUUUUGAAGUUGGUUUUGUACAUCUGACGCGUGGCUUCUCUUUCUGAAACUGGGCAGUGUAGCAACCUAGAGCUUGAGCAAAUCCACAUCCAUUGGAGCCCCCCACCGAGGGCAAAGAAAAGUGUUUUGCUUUAUUAUGUUCCAAAUGCUUCAAGGUUUCCAUUUCACCAUUUAGCAAACUAAAGGAAUCUGAAACAAAAAAUCGGGAACUCUUGGAAGAAGUUGAAGCUUUAAAGAAGAAGCUGGAGGAGAAAUACAGGACAGAUGCAGGUAAUGUAGACACUAAAUCCUGUUGAGGCCCUUGUCUUGCUGUAGAAUGGACAGUAGAUACUAGAUUCAAGCAGGUAGCCGUGAUGGUCUGAUGCAGUCGAAAUAAAUAAAAAUUUCAAAAAAUGUCCAGUAGUACUUUAGAGACCAACUAAGUUUGUUCUGGGUAUAAGCUUCUGUGUGCAUGCACACUUCUUCAGCUACUCUGUCACUGUACAGCUUCCUGGUACUCUGGGGACUCUGAAGCAAUGAAAAAGGCCAGAUGACAACUAGAGCACAGGUGGCAGAAAUAACUUUGAGGUCGAUUGAGCACUGGUUAUAAUCAUUCUUACCCAGUGUAGCUAUGAGGACAGCAAACAUACCUUGUGCCUGCAUGGCAUCCUCAAGUAGUCUCCCAGUGGAACUGUACAGGGUGGUCUAACAGUUGUCCAUGGAUCACCACUGGAUUCCUCAAAGGUCUGUUGUGCCAUGUUUGCAUGACACUUUGGGGAUAGAACUCACUCACCUUGAUGUCAUGACUAUGACAGUUCCUAGUCAGGCCGCCAGUACAACAUCUUGCCCUGUUUUGUUUGGUCAGUUUCAGAUUAUGAGGCCUCAAGGUGCUUGCAGCUAUGCAUCCAGCUAACUGCCCUCUCAAUCACUGUCCUUCAUGACUAAUCAAAUCAAGACAGCAGGGUAUGUCUGGUUGGGUCUGGAGGUGAUUUACAUGCCUUUACACAAGGGGGUGGACUCCACUGCCCUUAAAGUGGCUUUAGUAUGGCCAUUCCUUUAAAAAAAAAAAGUCACCCCAAUAACAACAGUUUGUGACAGGUAUCCACUAGUUGAAAAUGCCCUGUUUUGGGGGAAGGCGAUCAAGAUUCAGACCUUCUUGGAAUAUACGCAUUAUCUAGACCCAUUCCAGACAAGGUUCAGGCCUGGCUUUGGAAUAGGCUUCCAGCAAACAUCAGGCGGGGACCUACAGUAUUGGCAUUAAAGCACCUUCUCAAAACUCAACUUUUCACCCAGGCUUUCCCAGAGGGGUGAUCCAGCUAUGCCGAUGGUUUACUCUGAGUUACUAAUUUGUGAUGCAUUUUGUAGUUGUUUUAGGAAUGUAAUUUUAUUUAAUACUGUUCACCACCAUGAUGAUUGUUGCAAAUUUUUUUAAAAAGUAAAAUAGCGGGAUGAUGACUAAUUAAUUGUGCUUUCUUUUUCCAGGUCUCAAACUUUCAGACUUCCAGGAUUCUAUUUUUGAAUACUUCAAUACAUCACCUCUUGCUCAUGAUCUGACUUUCAGAGUGAGUAUUAGCACCCUUAAACCUUUGCACAGGAAACAUAGUGAGUUGGGAUGUUAAAAAGGAGUGUGGAGCAAGAAGGAUAGCCGGAUCUAUACUGAUAAAUGACAUAAAGUUAUGAGUGAGAAGUGAGGUAGCUGAUCUUUUUCUGAUGAUACCAUCAGAAUUGCAAAAAGGAAUCCAAAGGAGGUCCAAAAGGAUCUCCAAAAGGAUGAACGGGGAGUAGAAUGGCAAAUGCAGUUCAACAUCAGCAAGUGUAAAGUUAAGCACAUUGGGGAGAAAAAUCCUAAUUUUGCAUAGAUGCCAAUGGGAUCUGGGCUAGUGUUUACUGGAUAGUUCAGUGAAGAUGUCCCGUGAAGAAAGUGAAUUCCAUGUUAGGGAUUGUUAGGGAAAGGAUUGAAAAUAAAACUGCCCGUGUCAUAAUGCCAUUUCAUCAAUCAAUGGUGUGACUGCACUUGAAAUACUGUUAACAGUUCCGGUUGUCUCACCUUGAAAAGGAUAUUGCUAGACCUGGAGAAGGUUCAGAAGAGUGCAGCCACAGUGACCAAGGGACUGGUGUAACUCCCCUACAAGGAGUUACAUUUGGGCCUUUUUAGUUUAGGGGGAAAGGCAAGUAAGUGGGGAUAUCAUAGCAGUGUAUGCAACGAAGUGGAUACAGAUAAUUACAUUCAAAAACUGGUUCAUCUCUUUCUAACUCACUCACUUAUUAUAUGAUAUUGAAGUAGGUAAUAGCAGUUCAUAAAGAAAAAGGACCCUGUCCCGCAAGCAAUCUGAAUUGUAAGCUCCUUGAGGCAGGGUUCCUCUCUUUUGCUUUUACUGUAAAGUGCCGUGUAAAUUGGAAGUUUACUUUUUGGUAGCUUAAAGUUAGAGCACAGUGUGGAAGAAGAGAAAUGAGUGUUUUUUCUUCACUAACAUAAACUUAAAUAUCCUAUUCUGUGGUCCAUAUCGGUUUGGCUCCUCUUACAGUAUUAAUAUAUACGUGCUUAUUCAGCCUCUGUUCACCUCCCUUGAGCUGUCUAUUAAACCCACCUCCCAUUAAGACUAAACAAAGGGAGAGCCCACCUGUAUCCAUUUUUCAGACCUCCCAUAUCUGUAUAUUCUCUCUCUCUCUCUUUCUGUGUGUGUGUGUUUCAUCCCAUACAGCAGUAGUUAACUGUUGUUAGACUACAACUCCCAUCAGUCCCAGCAACCUUGGCAAUGGGCCGAUAUCAUGGCAGUUGUAUUCUAACAGCAUUUGGAGGCCCACAUGUUCCUCAGCUCCAUUCAUUUAUUUCUCUCUCUGUUGGAAAGGGAAUACAUGACAGUGUUACUAAAAGACAGAUGGGUUAUAGAAAAAUAAAAUCACAAGAACAUCCCCAAAGCUAUGCUACUCCACUAAAUUAUCCAGCAGACCAAGCAGACUGCAAAACCUGUCAGUUACAGCUUGCCUGACAGGAAAAAUAGGCCCUUUCUUCAGCUUUUAGGUGAUGUGACUGAAGAUUAGUAGCUAGACACUGGAAAAAAAAUAUGUAUUCUGUUCAUGAUAAAUUCACCUACUUAAACUAAUGAGUUCUGUGUUUGUCAGAAACACAUACUUGAGCACAGUUUGCAUUCAGUGUCCUUAUCAAUACUUAAUGGGUUGCAUAUUUGUUUUAUUGUAUGGAAAUUCAUCUGUUGAUUGGAAUGAGAUUGGAAUGACCGUCACAAACAGAUAAAAGAAUGCUAACAAUUGCCUUGCUUGAUCAGACCAAGCGAUCAUAUAAUUCAUGCGUUGCAAGCCAAAUGCUUAGAAAAGGUCACAAGAUACAAUAGUAAUAUAAUAAAUGCAGUGUAGAGUCAUAUUACAAAUUCAGCACAAUCAUAUUCACGGUGAAAAAUGAAAUCUUAAUGAAAGUAUUUUUAAUUCUCUUCCACUCUGCAUGUUUUAUAGAACAAACUCCCAAGUCAGUAGAAAUCAAGAGUGCUUAACCUGACAUGACUAAUUCUGUAUGCCACUUUGCUUUCCUCGGGGGAUGUAUGACUUACUUGCAAGUGCCUAGUCAUCUGCAUCUGGAAUUUCAUAAAGCCCAGAGAGGAUAUGUGUCACAACCCAGCUCAGAUAAAAACCUGUAUGGAGUUUGGGUCUACAAUUUCACAUGCGAUCCCUGGAACUACAAUUAUAUCUAUUCUUGCGACUUCCUGGCUUUCCUUAUUUCCUUUUCAAACUGCAUGUUGGUUGCCAGGGGAAAGAUAAAUUGGCUGCAAGUCUUUGCAGAAAGGCUGCUUGCAUCUCACAGAAAGUGGGCGCUGGUUUGUUGCGCUUGCAGAAGGAUGUGCUGUGUGCUGCUCUCCACCCACACUGCAGCCUCUUUGAAAACAAACUAGAAUGCAAUCACAAGUUGUGCCAAACCUUAGCUGUUACCGACAACUGGGAAGUAGAAAGAUCUUUGCUACGUUAGAUCUAAAAGCCCUUUAUAGUGAGGUGUUGAAUUUUUUAUGAAGAUCAAAUAUCUGCCUUCAUUAUAUACAUCUGCAGGAAAUGUUUAUUAUUGUAUGUUGCACUUACUCUCGAGUUCCUUACCUCAUUUGACCUCGCAAUAGCGGCUGAGACAGAUCAGUAUAUUCCAGUAUUACAGAUGGGAAAAGGAGGCUGAGUGCUAGGAACUUUCCCAAGACCACUCACCGAGUCAGAGCUGCUAUUUUCUCUGGCAACAUUUUGUUGGUUGUAUUCGAUAGCAAACGCUAUUCAGAUGUAUUAUGAGGAAUAUUUAAUAUUGGUAAUGCACAGUUUGGGAAUAUCAGGAAAAUGUUGCCUUUGCAGUCUGCAAACUUUGCCAAUUACUAACUUACCUAGUUAGUUUGCUAAUAACCGCUCUGAUGGUUUGUUGCUGGGUAAAAAGUGAUCAAUUUUAUCCUCUCAUAUCUAUUACAACAAGGACAAUGUUUCUUCCUCGUCUUCAUCUUCUCUGCUAGCCUUUUGGGAAGAAGUAAGUUCAUGCUGAUGGCUUUACCUCCCUAAUCUGUAACCUGUAUGUGUAAAAUUGCCAUCCUAAACUAGUGACCUUUUUUUUUUUAGUUUCCUUUAUACAUGCUUAUUAAAUUAUACUGAAGAUUAACCGACUAAAUAGAAAUAGCUUCAUUUCCUAAGAGUUCUCUUGUAAACUGCUCAUUUGAAGUUGCUGUGGCAAUUACAAUGUGUAUUAAAGGUGAUUUAUGCUUUUUAAAGCAAUUUGUAUUGUGGACAGCAGAAUAGUGACAGGGCCAAAACCUUUUCUGUUUCCAUUGAAACAUGCUAUAAGAUGAACAGCACAUGGACUCCACUGUAGCAUACGUAUUUUCUAAGACCUUUCUUUCUUUAACAGCAUCUUAUUAAACACUAUUAUUAUUAUUAAAGACUAGCUCUGUUAUGUAAGAUUUCAGAGCUCCAAAGUGCGGAAUUUCAUUUUGGUAACAAUAUUAGCAUUUUUUAAAGGCCCAUUAUCUAAGAGUCAAAAAAUGAUUCUUCUAAAUACACCUUAGCUCUGCACCUACUAGUAGCUGUAUUUUCCCAUUUAAAAUUUGAAUGAAAUUUUGUGUGUGUUACAUCUUCUAGCUGCUGAACCGUGUUUUGUUUUUGUUAAGUGAAUUACCUAACCCAGUUCUAAAUCUUAAAUGAGGAGGCCAUAUAGUUCAGCAAAAUAAGGGUUAUUUUUAUAACAUUUUCUAUCCUUUAUUUAGAUGCAACAUAACAGUGCAUUUCUGCAUUUUCCACCUAAGUCUUCAGUUUUUUUCUCCCCUCCCCACCAGAAAUUUCAUCUUUUAACUUUUUGUUUUAAAAUACAGAAAUCAUUAGUACUAUCUCCAUAUCUAAUGCUCAUUAAAGAGCCUUUAACAAUAAGGAACAAAGUAGAUACUGUGUAAGUCUUAUUUUAUGGUGAUUGGGUGGGUGCAUACACGCACAUACAGGAGACAAAAACACGCAAGCACAGUGUAAUCACACACCUGCUGUAUGGAGGUAAGUCCUUGCCAGGCAGAUCUGAUUAUGUCUGUUCCUACAGUGAGUUAGAAGUAACCUUCAAAGGGCAUUUGAAGGCCAUGUAUUAAUACUUUACCUUAAUCUCAGAAUGAACUGAUAACUUCACAAUUUUGGGGUUUUCAGCAUCAGCCAACUCCACUUAUAUAAUAUAGCUGUGGCCUUUGUUGGUGGAGGGUUUCCUUUUAGAGUGUAGGUGUUAACUAGCUUGACAUUACAGAGCUCAGCAGAAUGCUCUACACAAAGCAUUUUCUGAGCAGACAGGCUCUUGUGCCCCAGGUGAACUUGGUUUUCUUCUGCUACUCAGGGAUCCAUUGCUGGAAGCUAACUUCCUUUACUAUCUCCUCUCCUCCAACCCACUUUGCAGACAAAUUCCGUUAGUGAGCAGGAGGCACAGGGUUCUAAAGCAGAGGUCUCGCCAUCAACAUCUGUUGUGACUGCAGAGCAGCAGCAGCAGCAAGAAGUAAGCCGCCAUUGUUUCAUUAAUCCAGAUUAAAGCAUUUUGGGGAGCCCUAAAUUUACAAAUGUAUGUUUACAGCCAUCAGUCCGCAAGAAAACAUUUUCUUUCCUCGCAGCUUCUUUCUGUGUUGACUUGCGUCAGUGUUUAAAUGUACAUGCUUUGUGAGCUCCCUUUUGUUUUGCUCCCCUUUCCCUGGGUCCCUGUGUAUCGCUGAGCUCCAUCUUCUUCCUUGUUUACCUUCUGCUGCUUGCUAGAGUGCAGGCUUUCCUAUGAGUCUUUCUGAUCUGCAAACCUGCUUCUAGUAAAUUUGGAACAAUGCUGCGUUUUGUGAUAUCGGCUCUUACUCACCUUCAAAAAAGAUACUCGAGUUGUUGCCAAACCAAAUGCAUAUUGGAUCCUGGAAGUCUUUAAUUGCUCAACUGUAGUUUUUUGCAAUUCAGGAACCAAAUCGGCUUCAGAGGAUGCCUGCUGCUCCUUCCCCCACCAUUCAGUCCAUUUCUCUAGCUGUACCAAAGGUAGGGGGCACUUGUUGACUUGUUUUGCUUAGAACUUUUUGGGGGGGGGUGCAGAUAUGAAAAUGAUUAUAUCCCAUUCAUAAGCCAUCUGUAUGUUAAUUUUGUCUGAGUUCGUCAUUUUCAUCUCUUAGGAUUAUUUCAAAUUGGUCCUGCAUAGCUGUUUACAAAGCCUUAUGCAGUCCAUUUGCCAGGUGUCCAACAGCCCAACAGGUCUGCUGUCUCCUUGGGACUGUAAAAACAAUGGGGUUGUUAAACACACAGCAAGCCAGUAUGGGGCAGAUCAGCUGUGUAUGAUUUUGUAGGCUGCAAGUUGUGCAGGCUUGUGCUAUUAAACACUCCUGUGUGUGGUGUCCUUACUCAUUGCUUUAGUUUUGUUGGGGUGCCGGAAUAGAUUUCCUUUAGGUUGCAGUUCUGGUCUGCUUGGUCUGCAUAUAGUUAAAAUUUGCCACAAUGCAAAACUUUAUUCAAUGCUAAUCCACCACAGUAUAUUUUCUGUGUUCAUUUAAAAAUUGUUACACACCCGUCACCAUGAAGAGUGGGUAGCAAAUAUGCCCCCCCCCCGAGAGAGAGCUUUCAGUGCUGAAAAACCAGUGAAAGAACCAAUUUCAACACACUUGAUCAGUGUACUAAGCAAAACCAAGGCUUAGUAAAAAUAUUGAUCACUUCACUCUUGUCCUGGUACUGCUGCUUCCACUCUACUCAGAGCUUCCCAUAGGGCUUUUCACAGACAUCUGGCUGGAUGCUAUAAGAACAGGAUGAUGGACUAGAUGGGCAUUUAGCUUGACCUAGCAGUAUUCUUAUCACGUUCUUAGCUAAGUCGUGGUAUGGCAUAGAGUUGCAUCUGAACAUGGGCUUGUGGCUUGCCUCCCUCAGACAAACCAUGAGCAGGAAGUCAAAGCACACCUUGGCUGAAAUCUAGAACAAGUCAAAGCAACCAGUAGCCUAGGUUCAGAUGUAGCACUAAGCCAAGCCACUUAUAUAAGGGCAAACCUCUCUGCCCUCAUAUAGGUGGUGAGAUCAUCUCCCAAUGGCAGAGAAAGGAGUCCCAGUCUCAGAACUGUGUCGCCCACUGCUUCUACCAUGCAGCUAAGUGUAGGAAUGAAAAUAGUGUGAUUUGUAUAGAGAGCAUAUUUUUUAGCAUUACUUCCUACAAGUAUUAUAGUUAACAAGAGAGAAUUUGAACUGCUAGAUCUCUACAUAUUUUAAACAUUUUGUAAGUUGCAUUGAGUAUUAUUUCAAAAAGAUGCCCAAAUAAUAAUAAUAAUAAUAAUAAUAAUAAUAAUAAUAAUAAUCAGUACACAGUUCAGGAGUAAUGGUUCCUGCUGAAAUUCCAUUGCAAGUAAAUGAAGGCAUUACCAGGGCCACCUCUUCAAAUCAAGGUCCACUGAAGUGGGAACUUCUGCCACUGAUACAAUUUUACAAUUACUUGUCAUUUUAUUAAUCUUUUGAAAAUGUUAUUUACCCUGAAUUUAUAUUCCAGCCUAAAGCUCAUCAACUCAGUAUCAAAUCCUUUUCAAGCCCCACUCAGUGCAGCCACUGCACCUCCCUCAUGGUGGGAUUGAUUAGACAGGGCUACGCUUGUGAUGGUAAGUUGGCUUAAGUCUUCUAAGUACUCAGAGACUUAACAGCAUAAAUUUUACAUCUUUAUUGCAGCAAGACAGUUACCUGAAGGAAAUGGUUAUAUGCCUCUUUAAAGCAAAAGGCUGGGUGAUCUAAAAUAGAAGUUAAAAGUGACUGCAAAGGAGCUGAAUGUGAUUGUCAUUUGCGCCAAAUUUGAAGGGUCAGCUGCAGAAACGGGUUAUUUACGUUACUAAUGUGAGCCCAUGAAAUUUUCAGGAAGGGCGAGGCAUUAAGAGAGGAUUGCAGGGGUUCCAAUUCCAUUUUGACCCAUAGAGUUGAAGCUGUGUUAUCAGUCACAUGUGUCAACUGUUUUAAUCAGAAAGCCUCAUGAUAGCAAUACACUGUACUUGUAUGAUGCUGUGCUCCUUAUUUUUAACUGAACUUUAGGUUUUAUUGUGUAACAGCAAAGAACUUUGACAAGUUCACCUUUUCUUUCUUAGUGUGUUCAUUUGCAUGCCAUGUUUCCUGCAAGGACAGCGCACCACAAGUCUGCCCUAUACCUCCAGAGCAAGCCAAGAGACCCCUUGGGGUAGAUGUUCAAAGAGGCAUAGGAACAGCCUACAAAGGCUACGUCAAGGUAGGAAAAUUACACAGGAGCAGAGGCAGGGAGAGAAUUAUGAUUCUAACAGUAGUGUUAAUUGAAUCCCACCUGUCUUUAAAAACACUACUGUGUUUUUACCCCAAAAUCCAGUAGUUUGAUUGGCAUAGGUUAUUAGGUACAAACUCAAUUAACUCAUUCAGUGCUGUAUUAAAUAAUAAUCUUCAAGCAUGGAAGUGUACAAUAAAAAGUACAGUAUAUUGUGUAACUAUUUCUUCACUGAAUUUUGCUCAGGUGGGGUAUAAAACCUGAAAGGAGGGCUUUGUUUGUUUAAUCUGCACUUCACGUCAUAGAUAUAUAAUACAUUUUAUUCUUUACUGCUUUAAAAAGACAUCACCUUUCUUUCAGGUUUCAUACCCCCACUUCAGCAAAAUGCAGAGAUUAGAAAAAAGGAUUUGGUUUAGUUAAACAGGAAGCAAGGGUACCGAAAGAACACUGUGUACCAAAAUCAUCUGUGUUUCUUGGUUCCUGUUGGUUUUGGUAUGCUUUUGGUUCCUAUUGCAUCUCCUAAAAUGUACUAUAAGCGUGGUGUUCUCCAUGAACUCGUGAGGCCCACCCUGCAUCAAAGCUAGAUGGAAAGUUGCACAUGUCAAUAGCUUUGUCACUUAACUAAGCAGCAGACUAGUGUAAAAAAUAACUGUUGCUUUUCAGAGACGCGCAAGUAUAUAUGAGAAAAGAAUCUCUGUGUGUUUGAUAUCACAUAAGAUGGGGCAUUAGAAUUCCAAGCUGAAAAGUCCAACUGAAAAUACAAACAUUAUGCAGAAGCUAAAGGGAAGAAAACACAAAAUCUUGCCUUGUGUCAUUUUAGCGUACUGCUUCUUUAUAGCAGCAGUAGCUGGAAGGCAUUUGAUUAUCUUAGUAUAUUACAAAAAUAUUUUUCCUUUGGCGUACGGCUUAGUAUCUUCUGCACUAGUAUCUGACAUGCUAGAAGGGGCAAACUGCAUAAGAGGAUCUUCCCUAGAAUUGUGCCGAAAACCCAUUCUCUCUCUAUCCAUCCAUCUUCCCAAAUUAUGAUAAAGCCCCAAGGCUUUGUUUACAAUUUAUAGUAAUCCCCUUAGUGCUAAUCUUUAUACUAGUGAGCACAGCAGGUGAUUUGAUAAAAAGUUCUGGAAACUGGCAGCUGGAUUGCCACAGACUGAAAGUUGAGAAAGAAUUCUGGGUGAGAGAGGUUUGUUUCUAGCCAAACUUUAAAUGGGAGAGAUAAUAAAUGUUCUCAUCAUCUUACGCUCUUUGAUAUUUUCCAGUUGAAAGGCUGAAGUGCACACAUCCUGAAGUUAAUUUUGUAAAAGGGGAAUGUUUUGUAAAAGAGGAAUGUUUAAAAAAAAUCUGUCUUCCCUGGAGUUUCUUUAUCUAUCUAUAUUUCCAGACACUAGCAUUUCCAUGCUUGAAUUCACAUAUGACUAUGCAUGCUGUUUGGUUUCUUAUAGCUCCAUGAUCCAUAGCACUCCAGAGUUCAUCAUGGAGGUCAUAGGUCCUUCAAUAAGCGCAUCAUGUUUACAGCAUAAUGCUCAGUACAUUUGCACAUGCAUCUAAGCUCAUGGAACUCAUAUUCUGUACAAGAAAUUGUAGCACUAUAAUACAAAAAUUAUAGCACCAAAAAUUGUAGCACUAAAAAUCAGAGUCAAAUGUCACAUGGAAAUGUCCUCAAGGGUCCCGCUUCUGCUUUAUCUGCUAAGAUGUGAAUGAUGUAUGUGUGCAUUUGUUUAUUUACAGGUUCCAAAGCCAACAGGAGUUAAGAAAGGAUGGCAGCGGGCCUAUGCAGUUGUCUGUGACUGUAAACUAUUCCUCUAUGAUGUACCUGAGGGAAAAUCCACCCAGCCGGGAGUGGUUGCAAGUCAAGUCCUGGAUCUCAGGUUUGUAUUGGUGUAGUCAUUUUGGUGAUAAACCCCAUUCCCCCCCCCCCCCCUUUGCAUGGUAAAUUUACGCGGGUUGUUGUUUUUUUUAAUACAAUUAAGCAAUCAGAAAUUGGCAUACAACCCCUUAAUUUUCAUCAAAAUAGUGUACUGUGCUUUGUUAUUUCAGGGAACGAUUUGACAAAAUGGCCAUGUUGGUCUACAAAACGACGUUAGAGUGAGCCUUGAUUUGCACAUGUUGUUACUGUGUUCGUCUGUUCCCUCACCUGCUCUCCCUGUUAAAACCUAAUGUUUUACCUUGUUGCUAUAACUAGCUUAUCUGUACCCAGGGUCUGCCUGAACUGCACAACCAAGUAUUAACACCAGUUCAUGUGUUAACGUCCUAGGGAAAGGAGGCCGACCGCUUUUGCUUUAGCUGUACUUUUAAGUGUAAAAUCCAACGCCAAUGACUUGAAUUAUUUGGUUUCUUACCAGAGAUGAAGAUUUUUGUGUGAGCUCUGUCCUAGCAUCGGAUGUUAUACAUGCAACCCGCAAAGAUAUUCCUUGCAUAUUCAGGGUAUGUUCAAAUACGGUUUUUAUUUUACUGCAACUUCUUAUUCUCAUACCUUGCUUCAGUGAAUGACUGAUAAAUAGUUGUAUUGUCUGUCCCUAGUAUAAAUCUCAGUUUUAAAAUAUCCAUUUAACAUGUAGGUAGAGGGACACUUCUUGAAGAUUAAUAAAUUCGCUGUAACUGAUCUGUGAAGGACAGGCUGUGUGUUUACAAUUCAAUUUUUAUAUGAAUAAUUUGUGUUUUCAGAUACUAAAAUUAAGUGCUCGUAUCUGGCAAAAAAAAAUUUUUUAAAAUGGGACGCUGCUGAAAUAUAUUAAGGUGGUUUAUGCUAGAGGUGGGCAACCUGCCGCGCCCUACCCUAAUUUCAUAUGAAUGAAGGAGCACCAAGGGAGAUGAAGAGAGUGGGAGGAGGAAAAAGGGGAGGGGUGGGAAUGCUGAAAUUAAUGAAGCCAUGGGAGGAAAGAGAAUCCCUUUGAAAACAAGCAUUUCAGACUUCUAGCAAAAGAUACAUGUUCCUUCCCCGGCAACCUUCUGGAAGAGGGGAGAGAAAAAGGGUGUCCCUGCUCAUAUUGGGCUCUGGCCAUAUCAACACCAGUAUGUGGUCCCCAACAUUACCCCUGAGGGAAUGCAGAAAAAGAUUUCCCACCCCUGGUUUGCACAACUCUACCAUACACGUGCAUUAGACUAGGCUGUUGUCCUUGUCUAAUAAAUUAGCAGGGUGCAUUGCCUAGUAGCAGGUAGGCGUCUAAACUAACUGUCUCUUCCUUGCAAUUGUAAUUUUUGACAACUGGCAUAUAAGGGCCACCUUUUUAAAGAGCAAAUAAACAAAGAAUUUUAAAAAGCGUAUUAAAAUGUAAAAAAGUAAGUUAGAUACACUAAUCAAAACUAUUCACAACAUCUGGAGGACCAACAGUUCCCCAUCUCUGCUGUAUGGGACUGCAUCUCUUGUCAUUAACGAUUCCUAUACAUUGAUUGAAUGGACCUAUACCUACAUAUACCUCCCUAGCAACAACUAGUAAUCUAUCAUAGGCACUACAGAUGUUACCAACCUUUCAUUUGUUUGCUUUGGGUCAUAACACAGUUGGGACUUUCAUACCUUUUUAUAGUAAGCAUGUUAGGGGUAAUGUAAGUUGAACGAUUAAUGCAAGUGGCCAUCGUGCCACCAGGCCUCAUAAUACAUCCACGAAGAAGGAAUUGUGGACAUUUCUUGAUCAGUAUCCAUAAUCUCCAAGAGGCCCCUUGGAAAUGUGCCUGUCUCAAUAGCAUUUUGUGCAUUGUCCAGGCACUAUUCAUAUUCUCCGGUCAGUAUGCAUAGUGUCAAGAAACAUGCCUUUUUUACUGUUUCUCAUUCAGAAGUGUGCAGUCUGUUCCCCCAGCUGCUUUUGGCCCACUUCCUAAUGUUCUGUGGAGCACAACAUACCAGCCAAGCAGUGGGAAUAAGGAACGAGGCUCUAGACAAAGAUUAACCUUUUUCUCCCAGCUGUUUCCCCAAUCAUAUGAGCAAGCUGGUGUUAUCAUGUGACAGCAGUGGGGCUGGCCAAGCCCCACCUCUGAAGUGAUUUGCCUGCUCCCGCCACCAUCUUUUGAGCAGCAGAUGCAACUUUGCCACUGCCUCUCGCCAGCCAGGAUUUGGAUUGCAUUGCCAAGAAAUGACACUGGCCCCAUUGAAUGUAAAUUCCUGAGAAUAUUUCUAAUGAUCACAUUUUAGAUAGAAAUGCAAGGUUGUGGGACAAGAUAAUGCACAUCAUCCCCCUAAACGUGCAUCAUGCUGAAAGUAAUACAGUGUGGACAAACAACAUCCACUUCACGAAAUACCGUAAAUGUGAGAAUUUAGCUCAGCAUUAAAAUGGAUUCUGCAAAGAUUGCCAAAUCAUAGUACUAAGGGAAAUGUUAGGAAGACGGAGGGUUUCACGAAACAGGAUUUUACACAUAAGACUUUAAGAGGAACUGGAAGGGCUUGUGUAUAUUGAAGUUGUCACUUUUACGAAGCCGUUGCGAGUGAUGUAUUUGCCACUUACUUUAGCCAAUGUAUUUCUCCGGCAAUAGAGAGGCAGCAAAUUUCACUUGAAUAUUUUCAUCUUGCUUCCUCUUGCUGUCAAGGUGACAGCCUCUCUCUUAGGCUCGCCUUCAAAGACCUGCUCUCUGCUGAUCCUAACAGAAAAUGAGAACGAGAAGCGAAAGUGGGUUGGAAUCCUAGAGGGGCUGCAAUCUAUUCUGCACAAAAAUAAACUCAAAAACCAAGUUGUACAUAUUCCACAGGAAGCCUAUGAUAGCACACUUCCUCUCAUUAAAGCCAGUUUAGCUGCUACUAUUAUAGGUAUGUUGAAUAUAAUGAGACAUUUGAAUGUUUGCUGUUACAGCUGCAGAUGGAGCUAAUGCGUUGCUUGUGCUGCCAUCCUCGUGCAUUUUUCCUCAUCUGCAUAUGUGCCCAGAGAAGCUUAGUAGUGUGAAAUUUACUAAUUGAUUUUUAAAAGCUAAUUAUGAUUAACUCUGUUUGCAGUAGGCAUCUGCAGUGCUUGAAUGAAUCGUCUUAUUCUUAUGCCCAUUGCUUUUUGGCUUAAGGAAAAACAGCUAGCUCAUACACUAAUGAUGCCUUAAAAUGCAAUUGUGCAUAUUUUCCCCACAGGCCUUCUCAUUUGGGGGUAUUAUUUAUUUUCAUAUUUAUAGCCUGCCUCUUGGACAAUGGGCCUCAGGGCAGCUACCAAAAUUAUCACAAUGGCACCACAUAAAAAAACAGUUUUGGAGCAAUAAAUAAGAUGCAAUAUUAAGAGCAGCUUAAAACCAUAGAGCGUAUAGCUGUAGCAAUGUAAUUUGCCAGGCUGGUUAAAACAAUAAUCCUCUUCACCCUCUGAAUGCUUGCUGGGAUAGAAAUUUCUUCCUUGCUUCAGAAAGUGAAGAUGAGACCAGCCUGGUAAAGGGGGAGGGCACUGCUACAGAAAAAAGCCUUCUCCCCACCAAUCUAAAUUAGAGAAGGAAUUUAGAGUAGAACAUCCUCUAGUGACUUCUGUGUCCAUGGAGUCUGGUACAGAAAUGUUAGUUCCAUUAGAUAAACUGGCCACUGGAGAUUUUAAAGGUUAGAAUAAUUUCUUUUCAUUGGUGCCCAGAAAUAAAUUGGGGAGCCGGUACAGUUGUGAACUCCUUCCAGCUCACUAUCACUAUCAAAUGGGUCCCUUCCAUUACAACAGCAGAAGCUCGCAAUUUUCAAACCUGUUUAUAUUAAUAGUGGUUUCCUCCCCCCUCUCCCCACUACCAUUAGAUCGAGAUAGAAUAGCAAUUGGUGCUGAAGAAGGCCUCUAUGUUGUAGACGUGACCCGUGAUGGUAAGUGAAGUUCUUUCUACAAUCAGCUUUUUUAAAAAUAUUAUUGAACCCCAUCACUUAAAAGUUCCGUUUUAAAGUUGGUUACACAGCAGUCCAUCCUGUACAGAAAACUUGUUUAUCAGACAAAAGCUGGUCACUCUCAGUUGCCUUUUUGGCAGAAGAGAAUCUCAUUGGUCAUCUUACCACUGAAGGCAGGUAAGGACUGUUUGCAGUUCCCCAUAGACACCUUAGAAGUCCCUUUCAGUGCAUUUCCAAACUCCCUAAAUGCAAAGGCACUCCUGCAGUACUAAGCAUUCACAUGCCCCUGGCAGCUGACACCCUAGAAGAAUGAUCAUCCAAGGAUUCCCCAUACAGUUUGCACAGAUGAGCUUUCAGCUAUGAAAGAGGGGCCAGAAAAGGUAUCUACUAUUUUGCCUCUUUCUGCACACUUCCAUGCUCAUGCUAGCAUUGAAACCAAAAUAUGCAGGAGCGUAAUACAGUUUAAGAAUGUAACUGUGAUCGACUCCUGUGCUAACGCUGGGCAUGUUUGCCAUGCAGGGCUUCGUUGCACACGAAGCAAAAGUUCUAAAAGUUUGCAGACCUGCUUUAUUGCUACAUAUUAUAGCAAAUAGAGCACACACACGUAUCACCGGUGAAAGGGGAAUGAAGUGGUGGUGAUAAAGACUUUAAUGGAGGCUUGCACCAUGCCCAUCAACACCUACCAGCUAUAUAUUGUAACCUGCCAGGUAUUGCUCUCACACACCAUUUUUGUAAUCUCAGGCAGGCAGCAAAACCAGAAGAUUUAUUGAGCCCUUUGUGAAACCAUAGAUGUCAGCCGUAUGAUGUUGUUUUUGUGAGUCACAAGUUGUCCAGGCCAUCUCUGCUGAGUUCACCCAGCAUUGAUUGCUAGUGCCAUGGAGUAAACAUGACUUUUGAAAGCAUGUUAAAUGUCAGUGAAAUUUGCGGGCUGUUUGCUCCAUGUACACUCUUGAUAGACUUGAGUAAUUGGAAACAGGUACAAUUUUCUCUGGGUUACAGGAAUAAUGAUUCUUUUUUCUCACUUGGCUGUCUGAAGGCAGUGGUGAUUUUCAGACAAAUAUUUCUCCUCUCAUGCUCUCAUUUAUUACAGUAGAAGUGAAAAAUCUUUAUGGCUUGUCAACGAGCUUUCAGAAAACUAACUAUCUCAAAUGAAUAACUAGUCUGUAGACAUCAGUAUCUAUUCUUCCCUGGUUAGAGGCUAUUUUAUUUUAUUUUAAUUUUAUGGGUACAUCUUGUGGCCAUAUUCUGCAUGUCAAUGUGACUCUCCUUAUUCUAACAGUCUCAUUAAAUACUAGAAUUAAUUAGUGAGAGUGUGUUUAUGUAUGCACCUUGCAUGCCCCUGAGGAAAAUAAUUGUAUGAUGCACCAUGUUUUCUGGCAAACUAAUGAAUAGCAAAGUAUAAGCUCUAUCACAUUUUUCUCUCUACCAAAGAAAAGUAGAAUACUUUCCUGAGCCUCACUCAAGAGAACCAUUCUGGCUUCUCUGCAUGUGAUUAAACUGAACAAUAGCAGUGUCAUGCUACUGCUGCAAUGGAAUUGUAUAGGUUUGCUUCUGUUAUCAAGGAAGUGAGUUGUACAAAAAACAGAACCAGCAGAAUGAAAUUUAUGGCAGUAUUUAUAACGCUAGACAGAGAGAGUAAGAAAAACCAGAAAGUUACCUUUUAGCUCAGUCACUGUGAAGAAGUGGCUAUAAUUUUGUUAGUUGUUAACAAAGGAAGAUUUUAUCAGCCCUUCUUGACUGAUAAAAACUAACAGGGAGGGGACAGUUGGCUGGGCCGGGGAGGUGAUUAAUGCCUCCUGCGGGUGGGUGGUCCCUCCUGCUUAAAGGCAGCAGGGAUAAAACUGCUCUUCAAGAAACCCCUCAUGGAUCUGGAAAAUUUAAGUAACUACCAGCCAGUUGCCAAUCUCCCCUUCUUGGGCAGAGUUAUUGAUCAGAUGGUUGCAGUUCCUGACCCAACUGUACUGACUGCUGAUUAGUUUUUGGACCCAAUUCAAAGUGCUGGUUUUGACCUAUAAAGCUGUAAAUGGCUCAGGACCUCAAUACCUCAAGGACCACCUCUCCCCCUAUGAACUGACCCAGAUUCUGCAAUCAUAAUCUGGGGCCUUAAUUUGUGUGCCUCCUCCACAAGGGGUCUGGAGGGUGGCAACGCAAGAACAGGCCUUUUCUUCAGUGGCUCCCCAUUUGGGGAAUGUUCUUCCCAAUGUUUGCAUUACUAGAAUAUAUGUUCAGAAUGGUACAAAUAGUUCAGACCUAAAUUGUUUGCAUUUAGCUUUCAUGGGAUUCACUGACAUUCACAUUGCAUCUGGCCAGUUUUAGUAUUUAAUAUAUUGUAAUUGCAGAAUAUUUUAUUUGAAGCUCAGUGUAAUGUUGAACUCCAUCCUAUCUUUCAGUCUUCACUUUUUCUGCACUCAGUGUGUAUGCCUGCUGUCAGACCCCUCCAACUAGGUCAAAGAAUUGUUUUUUUCCUUCAUGCUGCAUCAUCCUCACCUAUCUUAGCAUUUCCCAAUAUCUUUCUUCCCCGUUCCAUUUGUUCAUUAAUAAUGAAAAACCUUUUCUUUAUAAAAAAUGAGUUAUUAAUAGAAUAAUAACUUAUGUGUGUUGACCUUUAAAAUAUAAUGUAAAGUGCACUUGGCGUUUCCCUGGAUAUAAGAAAAUAGGAAGGUUUUGUCUGUUGGCGCUGGGUACCUUAAAAAUAUGUUCACUCUACAUCAGGGAUGAUUGAUUGGAAGGCCACUAACUAAUUUAUGGUGGACAGCAUAGUACUAUGUUACCUACAAAAAUACUGGAUUGAAUGGGCUAAUCCAGAAAGGGAAAUAUAGGACCAUUUGACACAGUUUGGUUAUACCUUAUUGUUAAAAGAUGAGAGUAUGUACCUCCUGCUUUGUAUGUUUAAAACAUACCAGUGGUCCAUGGAAAUUGCAUUUUUUUUUUUAAGAGGUCAAAAUAUUCUUUCUCUGUAAUAUUGCAAUAUUGGUGUACGGUUUUAAGGGAAAGUUGAGAGUGGGACUGGGUCAAAACUAUGUCUUCCUACCAUCAGCCUCCCAUAACCCGUGGCCCUCCAAAAGUUGAGGACUAGAACACCCAUCAUCACUAUCCAUUGGCCAUGCUACAUGGAACUGGUGAGUGUUGUAGACCACAACAUCCAGAGGGCAUCAGAUUGAGGAAGGCUGCUAUCACUAUGGAAAUAUGCAUAUAUCCUAAGUAAUUACAUUGCUGACACUUAAAAUGGCUCAGCCUGUCUGCACUCCUAUCACUUACUCACAUUGACCUGUUGUUUUCACAGUGAUCGUCCGAGCUGCUGACUGCAAGAAGGUCUACCAGAUAGAGCUGGCUCCCAAAGAGAAAAUCAUUAUCCUUAUCUGUGGCCGGAAUCAUCACGUUCACUUGUAUCCCUGGUCCUCUCUGGAUGGAUCUGAAGGCAGUCUUGAUGUUAAGCUUCCUGAAACUAAAGGCUGCCAGUUCAUUACAACUGGGACACUGAAGAAGAGCUCUUCAACAAGUUUGUUUGUGGCAGUCAAACGGCAGGUUCUGUGCUAUGAAAUUCAUAGGACUAAACCUUUCCAUAAAAAGUUCAGUGAAAUCCAGGCACCUGGCAGCAUACAGUGGAUGACAGUGUUCAAAGACAGGCUUUGUGUUGGCUACCCAUCUGGUUUCUCUCUGUUGAACAUCCAGGGUGAUGGACAAUCUAUAAACCUGGUAAAUUCCAAUGACCCAUCGCUUGCAUUCCUCUCACAGCAGCCUCUUGACGCCCUUUGUGCUGUGGAGCUCAGCAAUGAGGAAUACCUGCUUUGCUUCAGCCUUUUGGGAGUGUACGUUGAUGCGCAAGGUCGAAGGUCACGCAUGCAAGAGCUAAUGUGGCCUGCAACUCCUGCUGCCUGUAGUAUGUAUAUGUUUUUUUUCUGUUGCUGCUUCACUUGUCUGAAAAAUAAUCGGCAAAUAACUGUUUUAACCAUCAUAGUUUUAAAUCGCGCUAUACCACCAUUGUUUUUGAUGGACCUAUACAUGUUGAAUAGGGCUUUCAGUGCCUACUAAUUAUGACAGCUAAGUGAAGGCUGUAUUGCUCUACAUACCAGCUGCUAGGUGGCUGGGUGAGAGGAAACCUUCAUUACCGACCAGUUACCAAUCUUCUCUUCUUGGGCAAGGUUCUUGAGCAGGUGUUCACAGACCAAAUCCAGGUGCUCUUGGAGAACACUGAUUUUGUAGUAAAGGCUUAAUUGUAAGAUAUGAGCCACCCCCUAAAACAUGUACUUCUCAUGUUGAUAACCAAUAGUUUAGUUCAGUCAACUUCAAGCAUAGUGUGUAAAUGUGUAUUCCCUAAAACAUCUGGCUGACCUUUUCAAAUGUCUUGUUCUAAAAGGCAGAUUUUAACCCAUCUUCUCCUAAUCACUGUACAGUCAUACCUUGGGAUGAAUACACUUCAGGUUAAGCAUUUUUGGGUUGCACUUCGCCGCUUGCGCAUGCGCAGACGCUCAAAAUGAUGGCAUGCGCGGAAGCGGUGAAACGUGACUCGCAGCGCAUUACGUUCGCUUUAGGAUGCAAACAGGGCUCCGGAACGGAUCCUGUUUGCAUCCAGAGGUACCACUGUACUGUGUGAAUGUGUACCCUGUUGUGUUGAUAGUGCUAGUGCACAGAGGGGGUACUCCCUGCCCUCCCACAUUUUUGCAAACCUUUGUUAGCCUUGUCCGUGGGCCUUUUUUAUGGCAUGCUUAGUCCUGUAUGGGCUUGUUCUCUUGCAGUUUGCUUGCCCUCACAACUGCGAUCUGUAGCAACCACUUCCAACAAAGCGGGCUCACAUAACAUCAUGGAAGUUAUUCCGGGGCGGGGGGGGGGGGGGAUUAAACACUUGAAACAUAGAAACGUUUAAGAAAUGUGAGUAAGGCAGUCAACAAAACUAAAGAGUGGCUUAGACUUGCCACGUCUUUUCCUUUUUCUCCCUUAAAAAAACAGCACCACCUGAGUUUUCUGUGCUUUAAGCAGCUGUAUGGCAAACAUAGCUGCAGCAGCUAUACCUUUUCCAGUAAUGGGAAAUACUUCAGCUGGUGCACAUCUCAUUCAUUCAACGAUUUAAGGCACAGGAGCUUGUCCUUAACAAAAGUGCCAUCCCUGCAGUAGUUGCUAGCUGUGAUGGUUCCAGCUAGAGGCUGGGGGUGGGUGGGGGGAAAUAGGAGAGCUGUUGCUAUCAGGCGCUCCAUUUUGAAAGACCAUUGGUAAAGACCAUUGCACAUUGGAACAAUGGGGGAGGGCUCUUUUUCACGAGGAACCCAACCACGCAUUGGGAGAAAUGAUCUGUUGUGUUUCCUCUGAAUCACUUCUGAAAGGGGUUUUCUUGUAUAGGCAACUUCCUAUGACCAUAGCACACCACACUUCCCUUUGGGAAAACCCCAUAGCUUCUGGAGUUCACCUCAUCCUCAUUCAGCGACUGAGUGCAAUGACCUUUCUAUUCCCCUCACUACCAGGUGCAGCAGAAGAGAUUAUGCCACACUCCUCCUCCUCGCUUCUCCCCCCCCCCCUUUUCUUUCUUCCAGAGCAGUUGGAAAUUCUGUUUAAACUUUCUAACAUACCCAGAAUGCCUUCCUCUGAGGAAGGUCCCCCUUGCCCCUUCCUCGGAGCAAGGCAUGGCAGAGGGGCUGAGGCGGAGAGCCCAGGGGAAGCCAUUCCUCCUUCCCUCAGCUUGCCUCUUGGAAGUGACAGCCCUGCCCACGUCUUUCCUUCUUCCUCUGUAUUUACGCAGAUAAUCUUGCCAGUGGAAUAGGUAUUUCUGCCUUGCUACCGUGUAAAAGGACUUGUCAGUCUUGUUCUUCUUUGCAGGUGUCUUUUAUACAGCAGAAAGCAAGUCAAAUGCAUCUCCCAGAAAGUGUGUCGUAGCCAGCUGGUGUUUGGAAACCAUAAAUCAAAACACCUACUCAGGCAAAGGGCUGUAUUUUCCCAAAAAGGCAGAAAUGAAGGCGUGUAGCGUAGCUACACCUCUAACUGAUUUUUUUUACAUAUUUUUCUCAUUCUAGAUAUGUUGCUAGACAUAUCUAGUACUGUGCCUUUAAAAGCACCUUCUGAAGCAAUCUUGGCUUUCCUGUAGCCUUCCAGUCUCUCUCAGAAAAAUAAGACUCUCCUCCCAUCUUCAAAGAAUUAACCCUUUGAAGGCAUAGCUGGUAGAUAGCAGGGUGGCUUGUUAGGCUGGGCCAAGGAGAAAUCUUCCAGCUUCCAUUUUCUGUCUUUAAAUGGGAAGGAUGACCUGCCUUGCAGGCUGGUGGAGAGGGGCUAUUGGAAAAGACCCUGCAGAUUUAAACUGCUGAUGAUCUAUAAUGAAAUACUUGCAACAAAAUUGCUUGCUCCAGAGAGGCCUGAUCUACAACCUACUUCACAACCUUUUUUCUGUAUGGUCUGUGGCAACAGAGGAAAGGCCUUUCGCAGCACUGGUCCCCCAACUAUGGUAUAUAGUAUAGCCACAUUGCUAUCUUUUUUGUGCCCCCUUAAAAAAAAUUGUCCACCUGCUCAUUUUUUGUGCAUUUUUUAUUAUUGUCAUUGAUGGUUUUAUCUAUUUUGUCAUUGUAUUUGUGUUGCAAUAUAACUGAUGGCACACUGUGCUGAAAAUCUAUAUAGAAUGAUGGGAGGUAUAAAAAGGGUUUCAAAUAGACAAAUACCUAAAUAGGAAUCUGUCUAGGCUGUACCAAUGCAGGAUGGGAGGGGGAGGGUGUUCUCAUGAUGGAAUGCUCCCUUUACAAUAAAUCUUUCCCACACGAAAAGCUAAAUGUCAGGAAGAAGAGUUCUUAAUAUGCUGACUGCCAGAAUCAAUGCCUUUUCAUUUACUUACAUCAGCGAGAACUAGACCUGAGAGAUGGCUUGAGAAACAGUAACAGUUGAAAUAAUGAUGGUGCUCAGUUUUAUCUCAGAAGUAUGCAGCCAUAACCAGCUUUCGUAUUUUCUCUCUAGGCUGCAGUCCAUUCUAUUUAACGGUCUACAGUGAAUACGGUGUUGAUGUAUUUAAUGUCAGCACCAUGGAAUGGGUUCAGACUAUCGGCUUAAGAAAGGUAAGUAGCUUGCCCGUACUGUAAAACACAGUGCCUUAUUCGUUUACUGCAAACUUCUUGGCAGUGUGUUGAGGAUGAAUUUUAAGCUUCCCUUACUUUGUCUCCAUAACAGAUCAGACCCCUAAAUGUGAUGGGCACACUGAAUCUCCUUAACUGUGAACCUCCUCGACUGAUCUAUUUCAAGAACAAGUUUUCAGGUUAGUGCGUUCAGUCGGGGUGGGGGGGGGGGGGACAUACAAAGGAAAAGGGAUAAAGAAGAGUGGUUGUAAUGUGUUGGUGAUGCAGGGAAGGCAAGUAGAGUCUGUGUAAAAUUACAGCCAUGUGUAAAAAAUUACAGAGGCAGCCAUGGGUGACUAGCCUCCUUCGCCCCAAGGGCCACAUUCAGCCUUGGCCUGCCCUCUAGGGGCUGCAUGCAGGUAGUGGAUGUGGUUAGCCCACACUCCCCACAUGUGUGCAUGCAGGGCACAACUCUGUAGAUCAGAUAAGAGAGAGCUGUAACCCUGCCUCACUCAGCAAAGAGUCCACCUGAUGCUUUGUAAAUUCCUAGGUUCCUCUGCAAAAAGAGCUUAAGGAUUCCACAAAGGUCUCCUGCAUGAGUCUCCUUCACUGCAGCAGGGCUUGUACAGACCUUCUGCCUAACCUACCUCAGGGCCGUUCUGUUGUGAGGAUAUACUAAAGAGGGGAAGAACCCGUAUAAACUGCAUUAUGUCUUUUUACAGCAGGAGCCGCCCUUAGCGUGCCGGAGACAUCCGACAACAGCAAGAAGCAAAUGCUUCGCACCAGAAGCAAGAGAAGAUUUGUCUUUAAAGUCCCCGAAGAAGAAAGAAUACAACAAAGAAGGUGUGGCUUUACUAUUUCUCUUCUCUCUCUCUCUCUCUCUCUCUCUCUCUCACACACACACACACACACACACACACACACAGUAAAGGAGGCUCUACUUAUGCAAACCCAUCAUUUAAUGUCUUUGUUGGUUUAGGGAGAUGCUCCGAGACCCUGAACUCCGAUCCAAAAUGAUUUCCAAUCCGACCAAUUUCAACCACGUGGCUCAUAUGGGACCAGGAGAUGGGAUGCAAGUGCUCAUGGAUCUCCCACUGGUAAAACUUCUUGUUCCUAGGGAAAGCAGAUAGGCAGGCCUAUGCUCAGCCACAACCCGCAAAUCUUGGGAACAAGUUGGCAGAAGAACUUUAUAGCUUGAGCAGAGUGGCUGUUCAUUUUCUAAGGGGCAGCUGCAAUGUUUAAUCAAGCCUAAUAUACGUCUUGGAAGGGAUCAGGAGGAGGCCUUAGCCAUGCCUGCUCUCUCCCUACUUUUCUUCGGCUCGCUUCACUGUAGGGUGAUGCGAAUGACAGGAUAGUUAUUCAGUUGUAGAAUGUCUUCUAACCCUGGGAACUCCCUUUUAAAAGGGGUUGUAUCUCCUAGGAACCCCCCAGGUCUUUCCAUAGUGAGAGGAGCAAGCAUGCCAGCCCAACCCCUGCGACAAAUCUUAUCCAGGAGGGGAAGGGGAGGGGAGGCAGAUGCCUGAGCAGGCUGUGUGAAAACUCUCUUUGAGAAUGCCAGCACACACACAUGGCACUGAAAGUAAGCAGGCAUCACUGCCAAGAGUGCAAUAGUGUUUUCUAAAUAACUAUUCUCUCCUCCUUCCUUUUUCUUGUUUGUCUUGUCUAAAAUAACAGAACGAAUUUCCUUCCCCUUCACUCUCCCGACAUUCUGCUCUGAUAUCACCUCCAACAGGCUUUGAGCACGUCUAUCACAUGAGCCCUAUCUCUGCUGAAAUCUUUCUCCAGAGUGACCAUUCUUCCUCACUGCUUUCCUCCUCUUCCUGUCCCUCCUCUGCUUCUGUAGCAAGGGUAGGAGCAGCUCUUUAGGAACUGGAUAGUGACGGUGGGCAUUAUGCCUCUCUGCCAACAUUAAAGAAAAGUUGGGAGGGGGCACUAGCAGUUUGCAGGGAAUUACUAACCUGUAUGUAUAUAUAAACUAGUGCUUGCUGCUCUGAAUCCUACACUCGAGUUAGCAGGUUGUCCUGCUAAACCCCUACACAGACUAGAUCAUGGUCCUUCCAACAGCAGGUGGCAAAGGGAAAGCUCACUGGAGAAUGCUUUGAAAGCAGUAUUUACUGUUCCAGGUGUCAAAUAUACCAUAGCUCAAAAACAAUUUUCAUAUGUUUGUAAUUGGAAAAAACCUUGAGGCAUGAUUUGCAGUCAAACUCCAUUCUUUUCUUUUACACAGUCUGGUUUACUGGUGAGUUCUGUUAUCCUGCCUCCAGCACUUGGAAGGAACUUAGACUGAUGACUCAGUUUUGUUUCGCUUGCUUUUUGGGAGGCGGAGGGGGGGAGGAGGGAUAAAUUGUCCCCUUGUCGGUUAUUUGAAUGAUGUGCCUUUGUGUUAAAUGGCCCUCUUUAGCAAGAGAAGCUUAGUUUGUAAAAAAUACCACCAUACAAUAGCUCUGAAAGCAGUAUUCCUUCGGUGUUUAAAAAAAACUCUGCUAAAUGUUUCACUGAAAAAGUGUCUUGUCUAAUUGUCUGUGGCUACAUUUCUGCUGCAGAGUGUCUUACCUCCUUCACAAGAUGAAAAGGCUUGUCCUCCCACGACCAACAUUUCACGCCAAGCACCUCAGAGAAACAAAAGCUACAUUUCGUGGCCAUCUUCAGGUAACAGUAGAAAUGGGUCUAUUUAUAACCUGCAGUUUUGUAAACCUAUCGGAGUGGAGAGUCUCAAACAUAUUUGCUUUACAGGUGGCAGUGACCUAGGAGCAGCUAUGCCCUUGAGGAGUAUGUCUGAUCCAGACCAGGAGUUUGACAAAGAGGUGAGAUCUAUCUGUAGACACCUUUUGGUUUCCUCAUAUUGGUGCAUAGCUCUCUCUGCAGUCUGGAAAGAGCCUUCUACAUAUACACAGCUGUUUGGUUAUUUGAGUAUAUCUCAAGUGCCAGAUCUCAGGUUUCAUAGACCUUCAGGAAUCUUGAUUCUAGAAGACUCCUUCACUACAAAAUACUAGGGAGAAAUGUUUUGAAAGCUCUGAUUCCCAAGAAACACACGCUCAAACACUUUGUGGGUGUCUUGGCAACAGUUCAUAACUGAGGAUCCAAAAUAGGUGAUAAGCUUUAGAACAGUGUUUCCCAAACUUGGGUCUCCAGCUGUUUUUGGACUACAACUCCCAUCAUCCCUAGCUAGCAGAGGAUGGGAACUGUAGUUCAAAAACAGCUGGAGACCCAAGUUUUGCAAGCACUGCUUUAGAAGAACACAGCCUGGAUUCCUUAUCCAAGCACUCUUGCCAGCAAGUUGGUCUGUCACCUUGCAUAAACUUUUAGCAAUGUUCCUGGAGUGUUAGAGAGAUUAUCAAACAGUACCAACUGCAUUUUUGAAAUUGGUUCCUAAUUCAUCAAAGCCCAGGAGCUGCCACGGCCGAUUUUAAUGACAUGUACAAGGAACAUAAGAGGUUGCUUUGUACUGAGUGAGUCCACUGGCUAAUCUGCUCUAUAUCGUCUGCACUCAUUGGCAGUAGCUCUCCAGGAUUCAGUCAAGUUUUUCCAAGCCCUGCUUGGAGUUGCCGGGGAUUGAACCUGGGACCUUCUGCAUGCAAAGUGUGUGUUCUACCCUUAGCUACAGCCCUUUCUAAUCAAAGGAAAACAAUUUUCCUAGCGGAGGAUGUCUCUGAGACUGAAAUCAGGAGCAAACAUAGCCAUGCACUGGUUUCCUAAUUUGUGGGUUCGCACAAAUGCUUUCCUUCCAUCUCUUGCAAAAUUAUUUUUGCAGUUGUAUCAUAGAAUGCUAAUCCAGCCAUUGCUGGAUGGCAGGACCUUUUUAAGAAGCCUGCAGCUUUUAAAUCUGUUCUUCUCCUCCUCCGAUACCCUCUAGCACUGUUAGCAGUGGCAGAGACGAGGCUGUUUUAUGAAUAUGUAGUGAUUGUAGCCUCUUUGUUAGUGAAGGAGCCAUUGGGGACUAAAGUAACGGCCAAUAGUAAACAAAAUUUAAGGUAGUAUAUUUAUAUGUCAGUUUUCAAUUGUAGACAUGAAAGUGCUUUAUAGUAUUUAUAAAAUGCAGGGUACGCCACAAAUGACAUGUUCAAAGUAAAACAGACAGGCUGGAGCAGGAGCUGGCAUCUUAUGUUCCAGUUUACCCAUGGCGGAGGAGGCAGUCCAGUUGCAUCAGGCUCUGAGGGUCAUGUUUGCCAUCUGCUUCCCUCACCCUCCUAUUCCUUCCCACCUGUUCCUUCCAUUAAUGGAGGGGCUUCCAGUUUUGAGAGAGGUGGAAUAAAAAAUACCUUUAAAUAUACAAUAGUGCCUGGUGGGUGUCGUGGAGGAAAGAAGCAUGUGUUGGGAAGGUGCAUAUGAAAGGGUGAAAGUGAGCUUCAAAGCAUCUACUAAAAACUCCCCAAAUAUCUGUUGACCCUUGCCACUUUCCUACUGAAUACUGCACUAGAGAGAGCUGCAUUUGUGGAAAGAUCCAGCACCCUUUGGGCUGUGGGCUGUCACUGGUAUGUGGUUGUUGUUGUUUUUUUAAAUUUCUGCCAUCUGCACCUUGGGUCAGCAUUCUGUUGAUUUUGCCCCAUGAGGACUGCAGAAACCACACGGCUGCAGACUCCAUCCAUGGCGGCCCAAAUAAGAGGCGAAGCUUGCAGCUGUAGCCCUGAGAAUUGCCCAGCAGGUUGCCAUAAGUGUCAGGUUUUGAGGUGCCAUUUUCAGUUUAUGCUUACAAUAGUUAAGAUCAGAGCAUGUGAGCUAUUGCCUGUAUAUCAACAGUGUGCUAUGAAACUCGGGGUCAUUCUGCUUGGUGGCUCCUUGCCUUGUCACAGCUCUCCCUUAACAGAUCUUGCCUAAAUGAUUGUCUGAAGUUGCUGUUUACACCCACAGCAAAACCUUGCUGAUGGUAUCUCUCAGUGAUAUCGCCUUUUAAUCUGUUGGCUAAAUAUAAAUUCUUCUUCCCCCAAUUAAAUGGGCUGGCGCAGCAACAGUUCUGCUGUACUUUGCAAAGAGCUAACUGCAUUCCAAAAUGCUGGGAAAAUGUCCAAGCAAAUGGCUGAAGUGAAAAGGGAAGGGCUACACCACAGAGCCAUCAGCAACAAAUCUAGAAAAUAACGCUGGCUGGAUAGGCGCAACUGACUGUCCAGUGAAUUCCUCAUUUUGGGCUGCCAUUUGUGUCUUCCCUGACACCAUUUGCAGUCAGAAACCUUCAGUUUCUUUUUUUUUAUUGUCAAGGAUAUAACAUAAAUAACCGAUGGACAAAUUCAUCAGGGGUUUUACAUAACGGUCUUUGCCCCUGCUUUUCCAAGCUACUCACUACUCACAACUGAGUGAUCCUUUCCCCUAUCUGGGGUUUGUGGUGGUAGGGUGUUGCUGUUGUUGCUUUUAAUGUAAAACAGCCAUCCAAGGCUGCUGUCAGGAGCAGGAAGAGAGAUGGGAGUGGAUACACUGCCUUUAAUACUGUCCAGUCCUGCCCCACUCCUUUCCCACCUGUGGGGGUGAAUGUAUGCCCAUUAUGUUUUCUCCCUGUGGAUGAAAGAGGUGCUGCUAUGCCCCCCCCCCCAGAGAGAGAGAGAGAGAGAGAGAGAGAGAGAGACUAAUCCAAGUUCCAUAACAAGCUGAGGCCCAAACUACAUUUGCUGCUUAUCACAUGCAUGGCUUGGACCCCGAGAGAAGUUCAAGCAACGGAAGGAAGGCUUCUCAUCCUCUCCUCUCCUUUCCAGCAAUCUCUGACCCUUGAGAAGCCUCUCCGGAAGCAUCCCACGUUGUUCACCAUCCUGAACAACGUGGGAUGGAGUUCUGGGGGAGAAAGAGACAGGAAACUUUCCUUCCAUGAGCUUCCUUAAUUUACCGUAUUUUUCGCUCUAUAAGACGCACUUUCCCCCUCCUAAGAAGUAAGGGGAAAUGUGUGUGCGUCUUAUGGAGCAAAUGCAGGCUCCAUGGCUUCAGCGAAAGCAACGCGAAGCCUCCAGAGCGCAGCCAGGAGAAGCCAGGAGAGCAAGAGGGGUCGGUGCGCACCGAUCCCUCUUGUUCUCCUGGCUUCGCUUCGCUGGAGAGGUGCUGCGCAGCUUUCCCUCUCUGCGCAGCACCCCUUCAGCGAAGCAGGAGGAGAAAAGGAAGGGGCUCUGUUUCUCCCGCCGCUUCGCUGAAGGGGCGCUGCGCAGAGAGGGAGAGAAUAUUUUUUUCUUGUUCUCCCCCUCUAAAACUAGGUGCAUCUUAUGGUUGGGUGCGUUUUAUAGAGCGAAAAAUACGGUAAUUUGUCUUAGGAUCCAAGCCUGCCUCUUCAAGUGACUUUGCCUCAAACUUUUCUAAAGUAGGAAGGCUGCAGCACAAAGCACAGAAGGAUCUAUGGAGGGUGUUUGUGCUGAACACUCCUCACCCCGCCGUUUCUCUUUCCCUCUGCAGCCGCUUCCUAGGACACUUUUUCUCCCAUUUUGGCUCCAUGUUUAUCAAGACAGCAGGCUGGAUGCUCUCUGUGCAAGGACUUGGGAAAUGAUGAGCUCUGGCUUCUGACUGAAGACGGUUUAAUGCAUAGAAACCUACAGGGCAGCUGUUUGAACUAGAGAUGGGCUAGUCUUUCAAAGCUCUCCUCAGGUUGGGUUGAGGGUCCCCUGCCCCAAAUCCAGAAAUUCUGGGAAAUUUCCCCCAGGAAAUGGCUCACAAGAUUUGCUCUCAGACAGCCCCUGGGAACACCACACUUCCUUGGCAGGGCCUUCCGCAAUAGGACUAUGCUGAGAAGAAAGACAGGCUUUCUUUUCAUCCUUCCUCCUCUUCCUGUCUCUCCCUUCCCUCUUAUCACACUGUCAGCCAGUUGUCCACACUAAUAGGUGCAAUUUGGGCCCGGUUCUUUCGGGAGCUCUUGCUGCACUGCCUCUGCCUCCCAUCAGAAGCAUCCUAAUGGUUUCAGGCGCUUGACAUGCAGUAUUUUUCCUUUCCUUUCCUUUUUUUUUUUUUUUUUUUUUUUUGCAGCCUGACUCAGAUUCUACCAAACACUCGACUCCUUCCAACAGCUCGAACCCAAGCGGGCCCCCAAGUCCCAACUCCCCACAUAGGAAUCAGCUGACGCUAGACGGAUUGGACCAGUCGACCUGCGAUGCAUAACACUACGGCUCCCCCCUCCCUCCCCAAAUCCUGUUCGGGACCAUCGGCAUCAGGAGCAGCUACUCCACGGAGUAUUCAAGAGCAGGAGGCCCGUCUCCAACAACUGUGCCAAGACUUGAUACUGAAUUUCUAGUGUUGCACAAAAGCAAAUUCUAUAGUUAGAGGUGUAGAUUUGGGAGAAUAAAAAAAGGAGGAGCGAGUUCUUUAUUACGACACGGAUCAAGUUGUUACUGUUUUUUAUGCAAAACUGUUUGUUCUUAACCCUAUGGUGGAUCAAUUUCUGCACAGACGUGAUAUUAAUGUGACAUACACUACAGGCUUUUGGUAAACAGUCUUCAUAUUUAAGUUGGAAAGAAAAUAGAGAAGAGUCGCUGGUAGUUUUUUUUUUACUACAGUGCGGUGUCAGGAAUAUUUUUCUAUAGGAUGAUGUAAUGUCUCGUUAACAGGAAAUCCUUUUGGGGGGGAAAUGGUCCUUUUGAGUGGGAAGUAAAAAGCAGGCUAUAAAAGCAGGCUAGUUGCAUCCUUGGCUAAAUAUAUUCUAAAUAUAUUCUGGUUGUGUGUUUUUUCAAGUUUUAGGAGAAUGAUAGGAAGCUUUAGGGCCAUUCCCAGCAUCAGUAGAAAUAUGUCAGGAAGUUGAAAACCGAGGUUCUAGUUUGUGGCCUUUUAACUUAUUUAGCCAUUACAUACAUUCUCAGCUUUGUAAAUGUCCUCCUCCCAACUUUUUAGUCAUGUACAUAUUGCCGGUAACAUUUUAUCCUUACCCUGCUUUUUUAGACCUCUUCAGUUCAUCAUUAGCUGGGGCAGGGCUUUAAAAAAAGAAGAAAAGAAAAAAAGACUGCUGUGAAACAGGUUUUACUUUGCUUUUCCUGCUACCACCUUCGCGGACGUUCUUGUAAUUCCUCUUUUUGUUUUGCUUUUGUUCCAGUGUUAAAGAUACACUACAUUAAAAUAAAAUAAAAUAAAAUACGCUAGGGAGCGUUCUCUUGGGAUGGCUCCCUUGAAGGCUGCUUAUGCGACGGGAUUGUGUAGUAGUACUUAAACCAUCGGUCUAUCUUGAUUGGUAACCAAAGUGGAAACGUUGAAGGAUGUGUAUAUGAGGGUGCCUCAUCUUCUCCCCACCACCACCUACCCCAGUUCAUUGUAUCCUUGCCUGCAUGAAGACCCCAUGAUUGCUAAUCAAAAGUAUUGAUCAUGUAGAGAAAAAAGAAAAAAUGCACAGCACACUCCUGUAUAUUUUGCUACGGCCCAUGUGCAGCGGUGACAUAUUGCGUGUAUAUUUAAUCUCAUGCUCCCAUGUAUUAUACAUUUAGUAAUUUUCCCUCUUCCCCACCUCCACCUCUCCACACCCCCUUCCCGGGGGGCGGGGGGAAUUGUGAUCAUGUUUCAUUUAAAAAAGCGUGUGUAAUUAAUUCUGUGGCUGGCAUAUCCAGUUUGUCAUUGUCACAUUAGUGUGCCUUCUGUGCCAAUUUGAUGACAGUUGGAUGUCAAUUGUUUUUAAAAAAAAAUCUGGUUUCUAUGGGCUAAUGCUAUACCAAUGGCUAAUACUCUUUCCUGAAACACUGUAUAGGACAUGCACUUAUCCCUAGUUUUAAAUCAAGUGGCUCUAGUCAACAUUUAAUCCUGUUACAUUAAGUGUUUGACAAUACUUGCUCUUUUCUCAGAUUCUUGAUCAAUGAAGCUCAAUUUGAGCUGGACACUACUGCUUUUGGGGUUUUCUGGUUUUUACACCUUUUUUUUUAAAUGUAAGUCUGAAGUCUUUGUAAUUAUUGAAUUGUGAGAACAUUUUUGAACAAUUUACUUGUCAAUAAAGCAGAAGAGGAAGGUUUUAAAAAGUA